CUUGUGUGUGUUGACACCGGCCAUCCAGCACAGAGCAGCCCCGACUGCCGUAUUCACAGAUCCCAGCUCUCCCUGUUCCUGCCUCUGAUUUUCUGGAGCCACAAAUCUCGGCUGCCGCUGCGUCACACCCAGCCUCCCGCAGCCCCGGUUGGAUGCCGCUGGAUGCCGGAGUACCAUGCCGAGGUAGGGGUGAUAAUAACCGUACUUGCAUGGCGGAAAUAUAGGAGCGACGGAGGCAGCGCUCAAACCUUCGAUUCCCCCCUCCCUCCCUCCCGCUACAUCCCGGCCUGUUGACUGCGCCGCUGCUGGGAUGACGGCGGUGACCGAAUAGCGGUAACGGUACUGGGUGAUUCCUGGUCCCCGCUGUGUUCGCCGUUCGUUCGGCCGGUUUGAACGGGCUGGACCGUUACUCGGAGGGCACGCGACAUCCUUUAAAAACCGCCCGCGUUCUCCUUUGUUGUUCAAACUGAGUCCGUGUAACGGUUGCGGCAGUUAGCUUGAAUCUCAGAGCCGCAUUUCUAUCUGCUCCCCCCCAGCAGUUUAAAACAAACGGGUGGUGUGUUGUGGUUAAAUUUGUUACCCUAGUUAACCGCUGAAGACAUCACCAUUGCUUGGACGCGAGUAGCCUGUAAGCUAGCUGUCUGUCUGUCUCUCUAUAUGUGUGUGUGUGUGUGCGGUUGUUUCUGCUUGUCGCUUAAUGACAGGAAAAUGCGUUUGACCUCCACCCUCCACGCUCAUAUAACAGACACAUGACACGCAGCAGGUCGGCGGUUUUACACCCUUAUUUUGUGAUUUUUGACCGGUGUUGUGUUUGAAUGUGUCACGAGCAGACAAAGCGACUGCCUGUGUUUCAGCAUCAGUGCACCGCUGCCACGAUCAGACAUCGCUUUGUAAUAAUCGCCACAGCCAGGCGUGCGUUUGUUUUCAGCAUGUGGAGGUGUGGUUAACGUGUAGUGAUAAUAAUAAUAAGGCCUUCUGCUGUGUGAUUAUGAAAUUAGACGGCUCAGCUAGAGUCCUCGCAGCCUUCAUCAUUACAUCAGAGCCGUCCCAGUCCCCCCCCUCCUCACACACUCUUUACAUAGCUGGAGAUGAGAUAGAUGGCAGCAGAAACAUACACAGACAGUGGAUGGAGAGGCUGGAGUCAUGGCUGGUGGAGCUAGCAGCGUGGGUCGUCCAUUAGAAGAUGCAAGACUUCACAGUGAUGUAGAAAUGACAUUUAAAUGUCUUGGGAGAUAAAGAAUAGCAUUGCAUCACUUGGUAUGGCAUUAUGUGUGGAUACAUGGACCCCAACUGUUUGUAUAACCAGUUUAUGUAGAAUUGGAAUAAGUUGACUUGAAUUUGGAGAAGUUACAGUGCUCCAAAUACCUGUGGUAGUACAGAAGUGCAUUUGCAUUUAGUGAAGCUGGACGAUGGAGCCCGCCAAACAAGUUCAGUUAGGUUUGAUUUAUGCCUGCUCCUCUCUCAAGAGUCCUAUUUUGUUGUACUAAUAGGGCUGGGCAAUAAAACUAGAAUGACAUAUAUUGAAAAUUAAUUUCCCUCAAUAUCAAUAUCAUAGACUGUAUAUACUCUGGACAACUUGGUUCCGCUUCCCGCCUGUAUAUGGAUUUGAAGUCAAAAUCAGGUGUCAGGUAUCAACCAUAGAAAACAUGAACCCUCUAAUAACUUUUAAAAAUGUAGCUGUACAGAAAAAAGAGGACUUGAACACAAACCAGUCUGACAGUAACUACAUGUCAACAUCACAACCAGGGGGGAGAAACAUUUAUGUUUCACCAGAGAGGAGGCAGACGGCAUCCGAUCUAUAUACAGUCUAUGAUCAAUAUAAAACAUGGUCAAUAUGCUUCUCAAUAGUCAGUGUUCUGCCAUGUUUUGGUAGACUAUACGAAUAGCCAAUGAAAAGGGGACUUUCUCCGGGUCGACUUGGCACUGAACCAAUCAUGUGCUGAAUUAGAACCAAGUAGCAAACAACUGUAGUAGCAGGUUGCAGCUACAUGCAACCAUAACACUUAAACAGCGCAAUGCUUCAUGACAAAGACCUCACAGAUGCAGUAGCUUAUUGUAUUGCAAAAGACAUGCUACCAAUAAGCACUGCUAAAUUUCAUAAUUUUCUGAUAGGAAAAAAUAUAUUGCGAUAAUUUUUUUCCCAUAUCGCCCAGCCCUAAGUAAUAAUAAAACUAUUUAGCACAUAUUAUCAUUGCACUAAGCAUAUUGUAUUACUCAAAGCUGCAGGAACAACCAUGUAAUUCAAGUAUUGAGAUGAUAUAGCAAAGUCAGGCCUUUUGUCAUUUCCACUACAACGCUCCUAGUUUAUGAGUAGGUGUAAAAAUUUCACAAAAUCAUAAAUAAAUGUGUCAAAUCAUGUCCAGCUGAGCAGCUGAUGUGACAGAUUUAAUGAAGAAAAAGUGCAAUUCCAGCUUAUUGCUAUUAAAUGACAUCCAUUUGUGGUUGGUUUUUCCCACUAAUUUCUCCAGCUAAUAUUAAAAGAUAUAUGUCAUCUCUGUCAGUUUAUUGUUUGACAGUAAAUUACAGGCUCAUACGGUGUUGUGUAGUGUCACAAUUAUCCCCAAGUCUGGAUCAAUUUGCAGCCAAUAUCCAUUGUGUUCUCAUUUGAAUUGUAGUUGCUGACAGGGGAGAAACGCAACACCAGUGGACGACUAAUGCAUGAUUAAUGUUAUCUAAUAAAGUCAGCCUUGGUAACUGGAAGGGGAUUGAUUGAGUUAGUAGCCUUAACCCUUUCAUGAAUAAGUAAACAGCCACAUAUAUUGCUGCUGUGACAGCAGUAGUCCAUGCUAUAGGAGACACACGAGGCGGUCCGUCUUGGAUAUUAGCUGUGAGGAAGGGUCCUACUUCUGAUGGAUGCAUGUUUGAAUCCAAAUUGUUCUUAACUGUCAGAGGCUAAUUAUUUUACAUAAAGCAAAGUGAGUCAUGCUUUGGCAGCAAACUGCUGUGAUCUUGGCUACGCCAUCUAUGAAACAGAUAGGCAUAGCCAUGGGUGGACCCGGUUAUUUCAGCCAAGUGAUUACAUUAAAGCGGCUCACUUCAGUGCUGUGUAAUUUUUGAUGAAAUACUUAAAUAAAAUAGUAGUGAUAACACUCAAACUAACCCUCGAAAUUGACUUGGCAGGUCUGAAGUUAUUUUAGCAGAAUGUCUCCCAGAUUGUGUUGUUUCUGCUUUUUGAGCUGAUGGCUUCAGACAAAUGCUGCAUUUGCUCCCAUGUAGCUGCUGCAACACAUGAUACUGCAUCUAUAAUACAGGAGAGAGGGUGCUUUCUAGAGAAGUAACCCUCCCUCCCCUCCUCUAAGCCAGUCUAUUUUCUCUCCAUCCUGUUCCUCCCUUCCCCUCCUUCUCUCUCUCUCUCUUUCUGCCCUUUGUGCUUCCACCUUCCUUGCCUCAUGCCACUGUCUGUCUUCAUUUUUGACUAAUGACUUCAUUAAACAUAUUAGUGUUGCUCUGCCAAAGAGGUUAGAUGCAGUGUGUGCAGAGGAAAAAUGGGCGGUGACUCAUUUCAUACUUUUAUCUGUAUUAAACACAGUGCACAUUUGUCACGUGGCAGGCUCCAUUUCUCUGUUUGGUUUAGCACAGCAAGCUUCUGCCGAGUGGAGUUUUAUUUAAAAUAGCAGUCGGAUUUGUUUUUCAUUCCAAUUCUUGCCUGCAAUAGCAGCCUGUCACCUGCACAGCAAGUGCCUCUGUUUGCAUGAAAAGCCAUUCUAAUUUCAAGCAUCACAGUGUUUUUGGCGCUCAGUACAGUGUGUGUAUAAUGCUUGAUAUUGGCUUCACUGUGCUGUUUUUACAUCCCCUCUUUCUGCACACUGUUGUUGUCCCAGAUAUAUCCCUGUUUUCUGGAAAUGUCAGGUGGAUGAGAAGAAGAGGAGGCUGAACUGAGGAAACAAACAUCACAUUUUGAAGACAUGUCCCCUGUUUGGGUGGGGGGGGGGGGCUCCUGCUAUAAAAACUCAAAGAAUAUAGACGUGAAGAAGAGGCUAUGUGAGACAAGGACACGCUCGUUGCGAGCUGCAGUAACAAUGCAACCCGAAGAGGACGGCUCAUCUGGAGGCAUUGUUUAGCGGGUAUUGUUAAUCUCUGUGCAGAUUCAGGACAAUAUACUGUAAAUAGAACAGAAGAAGCUGUUUUCUCUGUUGUUUCUGCUUUGAGGAAAGAGAUGACUAGAAUGACUGCGUAUGGAAACAUAUUUGUCGAGUUAGAGUAUCAAAGAUUUGGUUUGUCAAAACAAGAAAGCGUAGUUUAGGAUGUCUAUUGUUGACAUGUGGAGUUUUUGAUGUGAGACUCAGGUGUGUCAAGAGUUGAGAUAAAAGGAAAAGGCGUCCAUAACUUUGUUCAGAAUCUUAGUGAUGUUGUUUUUCUGCAUUAAAGCAGUGACUUUAAAUCCGCCCAACUGCUUACAAUUCGCAGGAACACACCUGUAGUCUUUAGUUCCUGCUACAGUUGCUGAAUGCAGCCUUUCUAAAGGGCAAAAUCUGCAGGGAAAAAAAAAAAACCUUUCUGCAAUCACUCUUCUCCUGCUCUCAUCCUACCGGAGGGCCAUUAUUAUCUGUAUUGUAAGACAGAGUGUCUGUCUUGUGAUUGUAAGAGCCUAUCACAGGCCGAGCGAGGGGCAGGUUUCCAUGGAGAAAAGCGGGCCAGGCCAUGAGGUGGCUGGAGCUCGGCUAGAGCGGCGUAGCUUGAUCUGAGCUGAUAGCAUUCUCCUGCAGCAGGCGGAGAAAAGGCCCCAGCAGGCCUGGUCUGCCUGCUGUCUGUCCCAGUGUCUCACUGCGUGCCUACCUGUCUUACUCAGCUGAAUGUUCAAAGACAGGGGGGACUUCUGAAUCGGGAUUCAGUCAGACAGGCACAAUAGGAGCGUGGCCCGAUGGCCAUGCAGCAUCAGAUUGGAUUUGUGUAGGCGCUGGAUCUAGUUCACAUAAAGCCGAAGCCUCGACCGACUCUGGUGGGUUUGGAGCGUGUGAGGAUGUGUGUCAGGUUUGGGUUGAGGGGUAGACCAGUCAGAGUUCCUGACCUGGAAUCCCCCCUCGAAGAGUGUGCGGCCCCAGCUCUGUUUGGCCCUGCAGGGAGGCAGCCCAGCCUGCAGUACACUCACAUUUGAAAGGGUGUGUGUGUGUCUGUGUGUGUGCAGUUUUGUGUGCUUCUUUGCUGUAUCUCGGGGAGUUAUUGCAGCCUCAGCCUGAGCUGGGAAGUAGGUCUGACGACAUUUCUUCUCGGCUCAUUGGAGCUGUCCAGAACAGAGUGUGGACCUCUUUUUUACUUUUUUUGUCCUUUUCUAGAGGAGAAGCUGAACUUCCCAUUAUGGCCUUUGUGUUUAAUUGCAUCUCUUUACACAAACAUGUAUUUCUUUUAUUUUUUGAUAAAUAUCUGAACUCUGAGCACCGAGACAAGAAGAGGACAGUGAGGUUUGCGGCUCAUCUUCAUGAGGAACUGAACCCACGUGGCUAUGACACACACUGACAAUUUUUAGCUUACCAGAAGUUGCCGAGGGACUCACUACUGGACAUAAACAACCCCACCACCACUCUCCCUGCCAACCACUCACCCACCCACCCACCCACCCACCUACAAAGUCCCUCAAUGCUCAGUGCCCAUGGCCCAUCAAACAGCCUCGUCAGGCCCUCAGAGUCCACAGCUCAGACCAGGAUCAGAGCAGACAUGAAGGGCUGGAGGGAUUCAGGGAUGCUGCUAAAAAUUCUCCACCACUUGACAAGAUACUGUUCAGUCUAGACCUUUAGCGCCCCACUGCGCCAAACUUAAAACAAGAUCAAAACCAGCUCCGGUCAGCAAAGAGCUCUUUCAGGCCUCUGAAAGUACAAACAUGAACCACUAGUGGCAUCUUCUCCUUCUUCUUCGGGUUCGAUGGGACGGAGAUUUGAAGUGUGGGAGAGGCAGAUGGGUACUAUGGGGGAAAUUAGGAGAGAAAAGAGAGGUAGUAAUUGGGACAGCUGUGCAGCUUGAGGCGUAAGCAGUCAGAUCACCCACCUCACUCCCAACCCCCGCCUCCACCAGCCCUCUCCUCCCCCCCCGAAAUGAAAAACAGUGCCAGAGAGCCAGAUGCUGGCCAUUAGGAUCUUAGUGACAAUAGCCCAAAUUCACUUUGCAGCCAGAACACAGAAUACUAGGCCCACAAGGACACACACACACGCUCACACACAGAGACACGCACACAGGGAAAGAAAAGAUCAUGAGCUCAUCUGACAGAAUGGGUGCAUUUCCCACACUCGGUUAGAAAGGUUGUGUGACAGGCCUGCCUCUGCACAGAGGUUUGUGGAUGUUAUUCUGUUUUCAGCUACAAGCCCAAGUUUCCCGCAGACACUCCACCUCCAUUCAGACGCUAAAGGACUAAUGAAUGGCAUCCAUUUAGUCAGUGCGAUCUGAUCCUCUGUUAGGUGGCCUGUGUGUGACCUUAACACGGGUCUAGAGAGAGUCCAACCCCAGGCACCUGUGAAGUGGAACCUGGACCGCGAUGAAAGGCCGGCAUUAUCUCGUUUACAGGCAGGGGGGCUAUUCAUAUCACCGGUGCCAGUCCUGCUUCCUGGGGGGCUUGUUUGUCAUGGUGAAGGAGGGAGUGUUUGUUGAUAUUUCUGCCGUUACGGUAUUGAUCCCCCAAGGGUUAAAUUCAUCACGGUGACCUCCGUCGAAGGGUCAGAACGCAGGGUCAGCUUUGCUGCUAGUCCUCGGAGCUGGAAGGGAUUCUGCGUUUAAGCCCCUGAUGUUUGCGCCGAGUUCACGGGUGGUGAGGCGGUUAAUGUGCAAGUGUCCAUCUCUAUAUCUAUCAGGGCUUGGCGUGCGCGGCGUACGCAGUGUUUAUUACAGACAGUCGGUGGUGUUGGGCGGCGGCUGAGGGGAUUGUAAAGGAUCGUAGAGGAUUGGCCUGAUUGGAUUUCCAUUUGCAGGAGUCUUGUCACCCAGCAUGGAGCUCUGCAGAAGACAGCGUGAUAGCAAUUAGACGGCGAGAACGCUGAAUGUUCACAAAAUCUGAGAACAUCUGCCGUAUAUGAUCUGGAAAUAUCCUGAUGAUUCAAACCAAACACCAAUUACGUUUUUUCUGCAGAUCUGUUUGACAUGCAAUAUCUUCUGUCCCUGAAUCUGAGAAAUGUUUUAGAGAAAGAAAAGAUUCUACUUAAAAUAAGGUAAAUGUGAGGGAAACACAGGAAGAGCAACACCGUAGAGCUUCAUCCACCAGAACUGACAGACGGUUGAUGUUGUCGAUACAGAGCAGGCAGCAACCUCUGAAGUUAAAAAAGCCGCCUGUGCAGAAGUGCUUCACGCCGCACUUCCACCUGAGGCCGACUCCAAAGAAAUCCGUAUUAACCGCCAUAUUAAAUUGUCAAUUUUUACAGCAGGAUUCAACAUUUUUCAAUGACGCCGAGAGCUUUUCAGAGCAGCGAGCACCGGGGAGACACGGGUGGGGGUUUGAGUGGAAUUUAAUGGGAACAAUUUUAGUUUCUUAAGAAAAUGAAGAGUUGAAAAAUUUAUAAUUAUAAAAUAGAAACAGGAAAGUGUAAAAAAGAAUAAUGAGAUAUUCUUUUAUAAUGAUGGCAGUAUUUUUAAUCUUUUUCUUCAUUAAGUCUUUCCCUGCACAGCUGAUGGGAUUGGAAAAAAGUAGCAUGUGCAGCACAUAAAUUUGACAUUUCAUAGUCAUUUCAGACUCAAAAACGACUAAACAUGUCAAAAAAUCUUUGCAUCAACUGAAAAUUUCAACCUUUAGAGCCAGCACUGUUUCCUCUGGCCCUCUAAGUGUUUCCAUCGUCCUGAAACCAAAAUACGACGUGUUGUUGACGGAGAAUAAUUUUGACUCCUGCAGCCUUCCUACAUAAAAGCAGAAACUGUCUGAAGGUUACAUAACUCAGACUUUGGUUAACUUGACACAUAACAAUGAGCUUCCUUCAAAAACUGAGUGUUUAUUACAUCAGUCCUUCAGCUUAUUAGCGAGCUAACUGUCAUACCUGCAGACAGACAGAGGUGAGGCGCUUCAGACAUGAGACAAAGAUGAACCUCCAUGAGUUAGGACAAAGAACAGAUGGCGGUGUUUACACAUUCAUAAAACUUUAUAUAAUUAUGUAUUAACUAGUAUAGUCAGGUGACACACAGAUAAAGCUUAAUUUACGGUGCGUUCUGUUUGAUCUUGGAAGUCGGAAAUUAUGAGACGUCUGUUCGAUUUGUAACCUGGGACGCCGCCCAGAGUCUGGACUCACGACUCAGAAACUCUGGAACCAAAUCCAAGACAGUUGCCCCACAUCGAAUGUAAAACAGCUGUUCUUUUAAUGGUGUUUUACAUGAUUUAAUCAAUCAAACUGAUAGCAUUGUUCAGGUUUUAUGUGGGGGCGUAUAUCCAGUUAAGAGUCCUGCUAUAAUGAGGUGUCAUUACAGGAACAUCGUAACUGUUAGCCAGGAGAAUAAAGGGCCGGCCUAUUUGUGUCGUGAUGGGUCGACUGAAAGUUAUACUGGGUCAUGCUAUUAUUGGACCAUUGUUACAUCACUAAGACCAUGGCCAUGCUGUAUACAGACUGUGGUACAGACUACGGUACAGUGUUGGGUGAUCUGAAGGCUGAACUAGUAAAGGAAAAUGAAACAAGAGACAAAAGAGCGAGAUAAGGACAUCAUACACACUAAAGUUAAAAGGUUGAAAUAUAAGAAUAAGAAGAACUUUAUUGAACUUCGAAGGGAAAUUCAAUUGUCUGUUGUCUCAUGUAAUAUGUCUCUAAAAGUUAUCUAUUAUUUACACAAGAGUUAUAAAGCCUAAUGUCUGUUGGUACAAAAGAUCUUCUGAAUCUUUCUGUCCUGCAGCAAAGAGAGGAGCCGUCCACCACCAUUGGUCCUUUGGUCCAUCAAGGUGUUGUGAAGUGGGUGAUCCAUGUUCUUGAGAGUAGUCUCCACCUUCCUCAGUGUAGAUCUCUCCACCACAUCCUCCACUGCUUGAGUCCAACCACAGAGCCAGCCUUUUUCACCAGUUUGUUAAGACGUCUUACAUCUUUGUGUUUGAUGUUUCCUCUGGUCGCCAAAGAAAUCAGAAACAUCUAGAAGAAGGAUCCUGCUGCCAGUCCAGCCAAAUUAAAGGGUUAGAGUUCGACAAAAGGCCAUAGAGCAUAAGAAGAAUCCAAAAGUGAAUGACAGUCGGGUUAAAGUGUAACUUUAAAGACUUCAACAGAGUAAAACUGCUGUGGGCAGGAAUGUUAUUCAAGAAGAAGAAGAAGAAAGGAUGAAAAGCAGGAAUUUCUUAAGUCAUCUGAAGCACCUUAAAGUCUGAUCAGACAUAGAUAUACCACUUAAUACCAAGAACUUUAAAGAAGCUGCUGCCAAGUCCUUGAUUCUUCUUUUAGGAGGUGUUGGAUAGAAAAUGUUCCUUUUAAGGACAAACUCCAACCAAAGACAAUUCAACCCAGUAAGGAUUAAGCUAACCCUCCAUUGCUUGGUGGUAUUUUUCCACUCCUGAGGACUGGAUUUGUUUUGGGUGGGUGUCAGGAAAGAUUUUUCUUUUUCCACAACUUUGACAUCAGUUUGACCAGCCGUUCACAAGGUCUGCAGUGAUCAUAAAUAAACAGGCUGGCAGUAAACACACUCAGAAGAACGUGUGUUUAGUCCUGAAUCCUUCAGCAACAAGACAAAACCGUCCUCGAAAUGAGCCCUUGACUUCAACAAAGCCCUGAUGUGUUCACUAUUUUCUCCUUACACGCGUAGAUCUAUAACCUACAGCUGAAUAGAAACACAGCUCCAUUGAGCUUGCAAGGCUUUUUCUGAAAAGCAUUCUGGGUAAUAUAGGAAAUCACUAACUGAAGUCAAAUUAGGAGAGAAAUGCUGAAAGAAAGUGGGUACAACAAAAAUAGUAAUUAUUCCAAUCAGAGAAUAACUUCAGGAAUGUAUUGUUCAGCACAUAUCGACGAUUUUCGUCAGAACACGAGUCUUGGAGCAUGGAGCGUGCUUUUCUGUUCUCUCCAAAAAGAUGGAGGAGGAAUUCAUGAAGGACACGAGCGAAGGAUCAGGAUGUUAAUGUUAAACUGUGAAACUGGUAGAUCGGCCUGAACAUUGAAGGUCUCGUUGGUGGAGUGAGAUGGAUCUGGUCUUAAUAGCAGUUCUGGUGGACCGGUCUUGUGUUUCUCCGUUUAAUCACUGAUCAAAGCGGCGGACGUGUCCACAUUUCCAUUCGAACAGAGGGAUCAAAGAGGCGUUAGAGCGAGGAUGAAACCUCCAUCCUCCUGAUAUGACAUCACGCCUGAACUAGUUUCCUCCUGGAGGACUGAUGAAGGCGCCGCAGAGCUGGAAGUGCAAAGUGCAGAUAAAACAUCACAUCAGCAUUAUUGUGACAUAUAUUACAGCUCUGAUGCAUUUAAAGAAUAGAUAUAAAGCUGCAUUAGCUUAAUAGAUGUGACUUGAAUCGUUUCCAGGAGCCUCUUCUGCAGAUGACUGUGGGAAUGUGUCCCGUCGGACCUCUUACUCAUGUCCAAUCACUUGUUUCCUGAUGAAAUUUCUGGCUAAUAAGGAUUUUUUUGUGCCAGAAAAGCCUCACUCUCAGUGUUUCAGUUAUUGAUCGAGUUAUAAAAUGAAUUUUUAAUGCUUAUGUUGCAGGCUUUACAUUACAAUAAGCGCUCUCUUUUAUACCCUAACAUCAGUAUAGAUUUUCAGCAUGUUUACACUGCAGACUUCUGGGGCUUGUUCAUUGCACAGGCAGCUCAUAUAAGUAAUGUACAUGUCCUGUGAAAAUAACAUGUAUUGCUCUCCAGAAAGCACAGAGCUCAUAGGCUGCCAGGGGGUUUCUAUCGAAUAUGGGUAAAUUGAUUUUUCAGCAACACAUUGCCUCUGAAAUAAAUAUGAGCAACGACGACUGCGAGCUGGAGCUGCACUGAGUUCACACUUGACAUGUACCAUUUCUACAAUCACUCGGCUAAUAUGUUCUCCCAGUUUCUCAGUCUGUUGAAGUUGUAAAGUGUCUGAUCUCUCCUGUUUACCUGUCAUCUGUGCUAAACUCUCAGACCUGCUAACUCCUCAGCAGCUACGCACCAACUCUAACAAGAGAGUCCUGGAUAACUUCAUCGCUCUUUUCAUUUCUUCAUGUAAAAUAAAUCACUAUGUACAUUUCACAAACAUUGAUUAGCCAGUUUAUCGUUGUCCUGACAUUUGUGAAACAGGUUUCAAUCUGCAGUCCCAGAUAUUAAUAUUUUAAUUGGAAAAAAAGUAUAUAUAUAUAUAUUAAGGGCUGCAUGAUUAAUCGAUUUUAAAUCAUAAUCCGAUUAUUUAAUUAUGACAAUGUUAAAAAAAGGUUUCAUGUCAUGUCUCGCGCCUCCAGGCCACCGUAGCUCCUCCUUCCUGUGGGAGCGCUCCCCAGUUUCCACACACACCAGUGUAAACAAACAUGGCGUUUGCAAAAGAAGGCGAUAAUUUCGUGGUUAAAUAGGACAAGAGCAAGUCAGUCGUGUGGAAUUAGUACGACUUCGCAGUUUCAGACGAAGAGCAAACCACUCCCCGCUGUAAAGUCUGUCUGAAGGCGGUACAAAACAAAUUCAGGAGUAAAGUUUUAUGUUGUAUCGGCGUUUCAUCCAGACCGAAAACAGCAUUUCGGGUGAUUAUAAACGGAACUUUUUUGAAAAUAGGACUCACUUUGAUACUCCUUAAUGACUGCUAUGAGCUGGUGACAUAAAUGAGACGAUGAAUGCUUCUUAUUGAGCCAAAGAAAGAGCAGAUAGAUGAUGAGUACAGCAGGAUUAAGUUUUAAAGUGGUUAAUACAAGUUAAGAGAUACUCCUGCGACUUUUAAAGACCAAAAUGAACAAAGACAGAAAAACUUUUUCCAGCUGUCUUUGCUAAGAUGAGAGGAGUGAUGAAGGAUGCACUCAGGUCUGCAGAGACAGUUUCACUCACCUACAGGUGGACUUCAUGAGCUUUAGAGUAGUACUCAACAAUUACAGCUCAUUUAAUAGGCUGUCAGUGAGGCCUGCAUUCAUAGUGGCAUUUAUAGACUUACAGAAGAGUUUAACUGAAGGCUGCUGAGGAACGAGAGCUAGCUUAAAAAGACUGAAAUACACCUGCUGUAUUGGACUGGUGUGUUUGAGCUCCAGCUCAGCGUUCCUGUGUGAGGUUACUGUCAUUUGCAAAUGGCCAAGUGUUAACCGGACUGGAUUUAUUUUCUUUAACUUGUAAGAACCACAAGAGACAUGAAGUGGUGACCUAGUGGAACAGAGAAACCAACAGCAGGACAGUGUCUAAUGAUCGGUUCAGUGACAGAUUGAGAGUUGUCUUAGUUUUAAGCAGAUACAGUAUCUGUAGCUCAGCUGGUCACAUGCAGAGAGUAGUCUGAUUCCUCUAGUGUGAUCCUGAGUAUGAGCUGCAGGUGAAAAGUGGGAUCUUUUAUCAAUCCUGUCCUUUUUUGACGCUCCUUGAAGCUUCACAAUCCCAAGGAAAAAACACCCAAGUGUCUUUAAUCACAGCCGAGUUUUCCUUUGUUCCAGUUCCUGUUGUUAUUGUCUCUAUCCCUGUCUUCUUUGUUAGGUUUGGUUGGUAGGGCCGGUUGUUUUGAAGGUGAGGAGAGCAGUAGCCAACAUGGUCGUUUUAAAAUACUUCUGUGAUAAUCCUAUUUUAAUAGUUGCUCUUGCCAAAAGUACUUGAUCAGAAAACUGAAUUCUUGUGUGGUAAUGAGGUCUAAUUUAGCUUCUUUUUACUUAAAAGUUUGGAACAGAAACUCUCAGUAAAUCUCCUCUAAAGCACCUGAAGAAAAACAGUCCAAGGUCCGCUCUUAGAGUUUAGCCUCUGACGUUACAUCCCCCCCGAUCAGCAGUUUUCUGUCACGCUCCCCGCCGUCUCUACAAGCCUGUCGAUGCCCCUCAGUCCUCCCUUAGUGAUCGUUGGAGUGGCAGCGUUGGCAUUCACCUGUGGCAGAGCCCAUAGCAAACCAGCGUGAGACCAUUUGCAUACCUGACAUGCCUGUCAUGUACCCCCAGGAGGGCCAGCGUCCCACCGUGUUACCUCCUCCCCUUCCUUUCUUUUUAUGUUAGCCCCGUACCUCCCACCACCACAACCCCUUAGCUCCUCACUGCCAGGGCCAUCAAUGCUGCAGAGACUUAAAAGGGCCUGCUUGGCAGAGCUAUUCCUCAGUUUUAGCUGUGGUCUGGGAGAGCAAUAACAACAUGCCAGUCAGAUAUAAGAGCCCCUAAUAGGACUCAAUGAGAUGACACAGCAGUCCAAGGCCUAUUAUGCUGUUAGAGCUGUGGGACAGAUGGUGUGAGGAGAGGACGCACUGAGACACAUCACAUAUACAAAAGAGAGAAAAGAAGAUCCAUAAGGGAUUUGAUUUACUGGGUGGAGGUAGUUUUAACCAGUAUGAAGAGUGCACUCAUUCUGCAGGUGACCCGGGAGCAGUUCUGACAGAACCAGGAGGCGGUCCGGGUUUACUAGUCCACGUAAGGCUGCGUGACAAGCUGCCCCAGAAAGAGAAAGCAGCCUCUGUGGCCCGGUUCUGUACUUUCUUUGAUCUGGGGACAACAGCGCAGAAUUGAAGUUGGCACGUCGACUCAGUGAAAACAGCCGGAGAAGACUCUGCCUGCCUCCUCGCUUUGAUUGGUGGCGUAAACGAAGGAUUAUUACAGAUGAAUCCGGUGUUAUGGUUGUCCUCCAACUCUUGAUGUUCAAACAAAAACUAAAGGAGUGUCAACACCUGAACUGAAGAGGAGGAACGAGACAAGCUGGGACUCUGCGUGGCGUACUUACUCAUCAUUAUUCCACACAGUCCCGUCGACAUCUGUGAUACGAGGAGUCAGAGUUAGAAAAGAGAUGAUCAUAUAUGAGCUGUUUGAGUGUUUCUCCCGGUGAAUGAGGAAGUCUUUGCGGCACGGAGAGGGUCGAGCCCGGUCAAGGUCAAGUUGUGAGGUCAUCCUGACAUUUAAGGGCUGACCCAUCCACUCAGCUGAGAUAACAAAACCCCCUCCACUGCUCUUUUUUCUGUCGUUUGUUCACGGCAGCGUUGGCCUCACUCGCUCUUUGCUCUCUUUUGGCAAUCGGUGCCCUAAUUGAGGCACUCUUGAGCCAUGUUUAUCACCGUAGCAACAUUGCCUCGCAGAUAAUCAUUGUCUCGUGGAUUAGCAUAACAACAGAGGAGAGGCUUUGCUUUAAUUCCACUAACACUGGACCAAGCUCCUUUGUGUCAGCUCGCCUGCCGGGCUUGUCUUAACAGGGAUUAGGAACAUGCGCCCACCAGGCCCCCACAUCGCGCUCUGCACCCCUGCCAGCGUUCGUGAGUGAACCCCCUUCUUACCUUCGGAUGUUUCCUGGAGGACAAUUUGGAAAAUUGCAGUUUUCAUCUCAUUUUGAUAUUCUGAACCCCACUUGGAUGUUACAGAGCGUAAUCUAAAGAGAUUAGCUCAUCGUUAACUGCUUAUGUGUGUUGACCUAAAGACAACAACGCGUUCGGUCCAAGCCUCAAAGGAUUGAAGAAAACACGCAGAAGGUCUUUUCUUUUAUAGAGAAGACAGAAGAAGAAGCGUGUGGCGGCCUUGUCUCGUCACUUUGUAGCAACCAAUUGAUCACUCCGCAUUAUGAUCUACUCAAGAAGACACUUUCAUUUGGGUUGAUGUACUUUUUACUCCCGACAUAUUACCUCUAACCACAUCAAACCACCACCCGUGAUCAAUUAACUCGAUUAGCUGUUGUUGCCUUCUUCCCUUUGGAUCAGAUAACCUUCAGGCCUGAUACCUGAUCUGCAUGUGAUGAGAGAGAGGUCCUUCAGUAAAUCCCCCCCGUUAAUACACUGAUGUGUGACGUUUCAUGGUAAAUAUGCACAUUAUAACCGCUGCUUUGAAGGUUACCUGCAGAUUUCCCCCACGCACUAUCUUAACUGUGGAUUGGUUGGAAACAAUAAAUCAUGCAAACAUGGAUCACCUGCUCAGAUAUUGUCUUAUAAAACGUAGAGGAUGAAUUUUUGGGAUCAUGUGACAUACUUUCAGUCUCUCUAUGAGGGCGUUUAUUUCUCUGAACUUUGUUGUAACACAGAAAAGUGACAGAACCAGUCAUUUCCUCGGCUCUACACUCCGAACCAAAGUGGGGUUGUUAUUUGGAUUGUCAGUUUUUUAAAAGUUGCAGCAUUAGUCUCUUUAACUUUGACUUUCGAAGGUUAUGGAGGAGGCGAUUUCAGGUGCUGCAGGAUGAAGCAUUUUUAUUCAAGGCAUACCGAAGCUUUCAUCUUUGCUGGUAAUCAUAAACUAUUAGACGCCUACUGUAACACACACACAAAAAAAAACUUGAAUAAUGCCCCUCUCUAUUAUUAAUGAAAAUCAUAAUACAUUAAACUGGCGUGCAGAAGUGCUCGGCCGGUUUGAUGAGAAGUGAGUCACUGAGAGUGGGUUUUCAGUUGGCGGCAGGUGCAGGGACAUGCAGGAGAAAAGGAGAUAUGAUGGCGUGUUCGAGGCGAGAUGAUCCCGACUUCCAAAAGUUUAAUAAAAAAACACAAAAAAGAAGGGGUAUCUCAGAUAUUUAACAUUAAAAUGUAAGGUUCUCAGACUAAAAUUGAUAGAUGGAUAGAUUAUUGAAAGAUUAGAUGGAUGAAUACAAAGACGGAUGCUAGGGUACAAGGUACAAAAAAAGGUACAAGGAUGAAAGGAAGGGUUCAUGGAUGAAGAGCGUGGUACAAGUAUGGAUAGAAGGGUACAAGUAUGGAUAGAAGGGUACAUAGAAGAAUCAAAGGAUACAAAAAUAGAUUUAAGGAUGGAUAACAGGAGAAAAGGAUGGAUAAGGGGGGCAUUGUUGGGUGUAAGGAUUGAUCGAGGGAUACAAGGAUGGAUGCAAGGAUGAAUGGAAGGGCACAAGGAUGAAAAGAAAGGUACAAGGAUGAAUGGAAGGGUUCAUGGAUGAAUCAAAGGGUUCAUGGAUAAAUAGCAUGGUACAAGGAUGAAUAGAACAAUACAAUAAUUAAUAGAAGUUCACAGGUAUGGAUAGAAGAGUACAAGGAUAAAUAGAAGUGUGCAAGUAUGGAUAGAAGUAUACAAGUAUGGAUAGAAUUGUAGAUAGCUGAAUAGAAGUGAACAAGUAUGGACAGAAGAGUACAAGUAUGGAUAGAAAGGUACGAGUAUGGAUAGAAGGGUACAAGUAUGAAUAGAAGGGUACAAGGAUGAAAAGAAGUGUACAAGGAUGGACAGAAUUGUACAAGGAUAAAUAGAAGGGUACUUAAAAGGGUACAUUGAUAAAUUAAGGAUAUAAAAAUGGAUGCCAGGAUGGAUGGAAGGAUGCAUAAAAGGAGGAAAGGAUGGAUGAGGGAGGCUUUGUUGGAUGCAUGGACUGAUGGGGGGGAUAGAAGGAUGGAUGCAAGGAUGAAUGGAAGGGUACAAGGAUGAACAGAAGGGUACAUGGAUCGAUGGAAGGCCAGGAAGAUGGAUGGCGUGUGGCCUGAGCGAGCCAUGCUGUCCUGCAUUAAACCGUGCUUGUGGUUGCAGAGCGGCAGGAGCACCAUGGGGCACUGGGCAUGUGCACGUGUCUGAUUCUGCAGGCAGAAGGAAGGAGGGAGGGAGAGAGAAAGAGAGAGAGAGAGAAGGGUGGAGGGGGGGUAACCACUGACCCCGAAAGAACACGCCAUUAAGAGGAAUAAUAAAAAGGGGUCUUGGCACUGCUUCACUAAUAUGCGUGGUAAUUUGAUAGACACUCUGAGAAGAAAUGUCAGUGAUGUGUGGGUGAGCAAAUUUUAUUUGUGCAUGUGUGUGUGUGUGUGUGAGUGUAUAUGUGUGUGUGUGUGUGUGUGAGACAGAGAGAUGCUCACAUUAACUCUCUCCAUGUAAAACGUCUGUGGUGGAGCGUUGUGUGCUUCUCAAGCAAACAAGUGGCGAAGCGUGCAAAAGGAAUUUCAGGCCCUUUCAGAAAGAUGACCACACUGGUAUAAGGGAGCUCCUUUGAAAGAUGAUCACAGCCUCCAUGCUUUAACACAAACAGAAAAACCCUCCUUGUCUCGCAGCUGAUUUAUUUGGAGGGAUUGUGGUUUCACACUUUUUCAAGUAGCUGACAUUAUCUAAGGAUGUUUUCCUUUGCCAGCCUUCUUUCCGGAGCUAAUGUGCUGUGUUUAAAGCUACCAACCCCGGCAGCCAGCAGUGUUUAUUCAGCUGAACUUACUGUGAAGGAAACUCGGCAAGGCCACGCUUCUGUGACAUAGCCAGCAGCUCUGGAUAACAUUUCCCUGAUUUAAUCUGAGGGACAUUUUUGGACCCUUGCGAUCGUUCUCUGACCCAUGUUUGAAUCUUAUUUUCCAAACAAAACAACAUAAUAGAAACCAAAUACUUAACAACACUGUGAGGCUGCUCAUGUCCGCCUCCCUCCUCCUGUGUGCUUGUGCUGUUUACAAGUAGGCGAGUGGUGGGGGGAGGGUAGGGGAGGGCGGAGGAGGGUGGUCGUGAGUGGUAGUGUGGCAGGCAGACUGCAGGAGCAGGUGACAUCUGUGACCCGGCACUACAGCAGUGGAUGCUGCUGGACACAUGCUCCUUCCUCAAAGGCUACUGGCACCCUUUCGCCUCAUUGGGCUCAUGCCCACAUGCGCAGACUGGAACACACACCAACGCACAGACACACUUGAAAUACUCCAUCUCUCCAUCUCUGUACAUGAUUUCAUCUCUGUAAAACCAUCGUGAUUCAGCGUACCUUCAAGAGAAAUGACCCCUCUCGUUGUGUUAUCCAUUUUUGGUGAGAUAUUUCCUUUUUUUUUCUUUCCUUUCAGACUCUUGACCUACUCUCUCUCCAAGCCGCUAACGGAUACAGCGUGAACAUGACAGUCUGCUGAACGCCAGGAUCAACGGCGUACAGAAAUGACCUCCUGAUAUGACCAUCUAGAGCCGAUACCAGGUCAGAUUUUACUCUUUUAACCAAAAACUCUCCUUUUUCUGCUUCUCUCACACAAACUCACACACUUUACAUACAUGCAGGCAUUGACACUACCUUUUUUCAUCAAGGAGCUCACAAAGAACUUCAGGGGCACAAUGAAAACUGAUCAAAUAAUGUGUGUCUUAUUGGUCGACAUAAGUACUAUUAUUCGAAAUCAAUUUUAGGUCUUUUGGUCACAUGACAUGGAAGCUAUUGAAGGAAAACAGACUUUUCUGAGAACAUCAACCGGUAAUUUAUUGACGGUCCCUUAUUCAACACCAGACGUUAACAGUGAGGGUGACGGGUAGAUUCGAAUGUCCAACCUAAAACUAACUUCACCCCUAAAUGCACUGUCGAACCCUGAUACAGUACAACCCACCGACAGAACACAUGCGAAUUUUGAACAUCCCCCGACGUGACAAAUUGACAAUCAGAUGAUUGAUCUUUCUUGCUGCGUUAUUAACCUAUUAUAUUAACCAAGCCAUUAACUCCACAUUAAUUGAACUGUUAAUUAAAACAAAGGCCUUCGUUUCCCCCCCAAUCAGACUCUCCCUGCUGUGCUGUAGACCAUUAUAUACAGCUGAGAGACAAAUAUUACAGGAAAGGACAGAAUGGGAAUGUAUUCUCCCUCCAUUUCCACUCUCCCAUAAUCCAAUUUUCUUGUUUUUUUCCUGAUAUUUAGUUUAAUUUUCUCUCCGUGCAGCUGCUUGAAUUCUUGUAUAAUACAGUUUUACAUCAGCUCUCCUCCUCCUCCCUACUGCCCGGUCCCUCUCCUCUCCUUCUCUCUCUCUCUCUCUCUCUCUGGAGGGAGUGUGUUCCUCCUGUUUUUUUCUCGUUGCAGACGCUCCCUCUGAUGCCUCUUAUCUCCUCUCAUCUCCUGCAGUAAAGACGCUCUCUGUUUGUUUUAUGCUUCCUGCCAGUCCUUCCCUUUUCUCCUCUGUUUUUUCUCCCCGCUCGCUCUUUUUAAGGUGACGCCCAGAGCCUCCUCUCAGUGCUGUGUGCAAUGGAUCAAAAUUGUCAGAAUAACUUAAUGGCGCGCUGACCUGCCUCCUGACCCCCGCUGUUUAUCAAAUUCCAUCAUAAACUGUAAAGCCAGAUACCCCCUCACCCCCCUCUGCCUUCCCUUCUUUUCUGUGAGGGGUAUAGAUUUGUUGCUCCGUAUCUCUGGCUGUGCAGCACUCGGCUUGCUCACUGCUGUUGACAGAGAGUGUGUCCGGUGCAGGCCACGCUUGGCUGCAUCGGCGUAAUGCUGAUAGGCUAGCUCAGAUCCAACAAACAAACAACCUAUAUUACAUUGGAGGCAGGGAAAGACGAGGUUUUUAGCCACAGGGCGGGCCUCUCUCUGCGUGUUUGUGUGCAGACUUUUACAUUUUUGUGUGUGAUUGUGUUUGUGUGUGUGUGUGCAUUGACCUAUAAUCUGGGCAAGACUGCAAGACCCAGACCGGAUUAAGACCUGCUUGGACCGGGCUUUAGGCAGUGUGGAAAUGAGAGUAAAGUGGAGUCAAACCCAGGACAGAGGACAGAUCUGUGCACAGUUAGUGGUGUUUGUUUAUGUGUACUGUAACAGGGGUUUAAAGGGAUUAAGGUCAGUGAUGAUGUGCAUAUUUUAGCUUCUGAAUCCGUGAUUUCUUUUUAAAAUAAUUCGGUGUAAUAAUGUUUUAUUUGAUUCUAAAGUACAGUUUAGUUUUCAUACAUUUCAGUACAAUUCCCAGUUAAUAGGUAACUUGAAAGCUCUUUUCUACCUCCUCAGUUUCAUGGUCACACUGAAGCAUUUUGUUUGAGCUGUAUUUUUGAAGUAGACAAGUGGGUCUACAUGGCACUUUUUUAAAUUUGUAUUUACAUUUAACGAAGACACUGUAUUAAGUUGGUCUACAAGGUCAAAAAGGAAAUUCUGUUCAUCUGAUUCCCAAUUAGACUCUGGUAAGAAAUACUUAACAUUAUGAGCCUAAAAGUACCUUAAAUGCAUUAUAACAGAGUUUUUAACAUUCAAUUCAAACCAUGAUUAAUCGCAGCUGACAUGAAGAUUCUGCGAUUAAUCGCGAUUAAAAAAUUAAUCGUUUGACAGCCCUACCAAUUAUAAAUAAUUAAAUGUCAGAUAGUGCAAGAAAGUACAAAUUUUUCCAUGUGUUUAAAGAUUAUUUUGAAAUUUUGGUCCAGUAGUUUGAACAUCCAGAAAAGUCAGAGAGGCACAACAGUAAUCCAAAGACUUUUAUUUUGAAGGGAUGCAGUCGUAGCGACCGCAGACCCAUGAAACCAGUACAAAGGAAUCACAACUGAGCAUGGUUUAUUAAACACAGUCUGCAGAGUGUGGCUAAUGUUAGCAGAGCCAGCCUCGGAGGUCAUGCAGCAACUGUGCGGUGGUGCCAGUUUAUUCAGACACAUCCUACGUACAGCUCAGUCUCGAGUUUUUCAGAUUAAAAUACUCCGCCAAAAUGCACCAUGCUGCGAUACGCCAUCUGUUCGUCUGUGACUGUUUGCAUCCAGGUCGUAGAGAGUAAAACUAGAGCAUUUACACCGUGACGUUAUAUAAUCAGAUUAAGGCCAAUAUGAGAAGGUUAAGAUAUCUUUUCACCAAGCGAAGCAAAUAAAGUCUGUAAAUGACUCCAGAAUAAAAGCAGAGAGAAGAGAGAGAAGAGAAGAGAGAGCUCUGAACCUGAAAAAACAAAGUCCAAACUGUCUCUUUGAAGUAAAGCAGCGUUUUCUUUGAAUUUCAUGAAGGUGUAAAUUAUCCGUAAAAUCAAUGUGAUUAUUAAAGAAAUAGACCGGUCAGCUUUCUAGAGGUCAAGUUGUGUUUUUAAAUCUGAAUUAUAUUAACUUAUUCCACUGCUCACUUUUCUUAGUAAUUUAAGACCUGAGGAGGAGGAGGAGGAGGGAGGAGCCGAUCAAAGAGCGCGUCAUAAAAGGUUCCCGCUCAGGUAUCUGAAACAGCAACGUUUCCUUCAGGUGUGAAGUCGAAGGUGCUUCAUCAGCGCUGUUACUGAUCUAACAGAUGGUGCACCAGCACACACAGACAUGCAGUAUCUCUGUAAUCUCAGUAAUAUGACCGAACAAGAGACAUUAUAAAAACCAUUAUGAUUAUUCACCGGACAUCUGUAGGCAUUCGUCAGAGUGAAAUCUCAAAGGUGUCUUUUUUAUUGCUGUAAAUACUCCGUUGAGGUCAUGAUAGCGUUCCUCUGACUGUACUCCCAUUGGCCAACUCUUAUCUAAGGAUUUUACUGGUGGAGCCUCCUCCCUGCUCCGUCCACUCUGUGAAGACUCCCUCUAACCCCAACGCAAACGUCUCCUUCUGUCUACAAGAAACCAGCUGAAAUGACGUCUCGCUGUGCGUUUACCGUGGGCUUUAGUGUGGAUGAACCCCGCUCAGAGGUGAACAGAUUUAAUUCAUCAUUUUUAUUCUGAUAUCUUACACAGUUAUUCCAGAGACACACCCUUUUUCACUUCCAGGAUAUUGCUCACACACACAGACACACACACUGGCCUGUGAUCAGCCGUGUGUGUGUGUGUGUGUGUGUGUGUGUGUGUGUGUGUGUGUGUGUGUCUACGGUGGCAGUCUGCUCUCACUGUUAGGUCCUCAGCUCCCACCAGCUCUCCAGAUGGUCAUGGUGUUAGCACCACGCCUCGUGCCCACACGACACUCGUUCCACCUCCUUCCAGCCCCUCGCUCAUGUCCACAUCCCCCCUCCGCUCCUUGUUACACAGUACGCCGUUACAAAUGAAGUGAAGGAUGUCUCAUUAGCACGGAUCGCGCCGUGAUUACAGUUCAGGGAGUUCUGGUAAAACCUCUGAGCUUUCGCGGCGAAGGAGGACGGAAACACUGAAGUUCUGUCUAUACUUUGGAUGAUAACGACUUAAUCUAGAUCCCUUUAAUUAGCUUGAAGUAAAGUUCUACUAUUUCCAAAUGUAUCCUGCGUUUGAUUUUGUCUUUUAAAAGCACAAAUAAGAAUAGAUUAGACAUAAACAGAUUAAACAAACAGGGAGUCUGUGCGGUUCACUCAUCAUUUUUCAACCGCUGCGUCUUUUAAAGAACUCAAAAGACGGCUUGAACCAAGAAAACGCUGUUUCUGUAUUAAUCAAAUCUUAUUUUCAGCUGCGUUCAGAGCUGACUAAAAGUGUACUCAAAAAGAAUAAUCACCUGCGGUUUCUUUCUUGUGAUUUUUACCUGUGGAGUACCUGCCAGUCGCUUAUUUGUCUUAUGAGAGAAAUAAAAGCGCCCUCACAAAGUGGAUUUCUCUAACGUCGGAUAAAUCAGCUACAGAAAAUGGAAAAACAGACGUUUAUUUCUUAAAACGCAGAUCAUUAAAUUAUUCAGUGGAAGUUUGCCGAGGAUGUGCGCCCUUUUUCUGAAAUAUGUUUUUUUUUUAUUCUGACAUUCACACAACAAUUUUAAUUUGCUUGCUCUGCAGGAAAGAAAACUACAGGUUUGUUUUGUUCUGGAGCUUCACCGGAGCAGAUUGGACAGCAUGUGCUCUGGUUGUGGGUGCAUGUGGGUGUCGAGGAACAGAGGGAGGUGUCCUCAGCCGGGCCACUUCUAGUCACAAUAUCAUCCUGGUCUUUUAAUUCUGUCUGCCGUCAUUAUUGCUGCGAGGUUGAGCUGUUGAAAAGCCGUAUCCCCGUUCGCUCUCUGAGCCUCUUUUCAUUAACGUGCUUCAUUCACUCGGAGAUGUUCUCUAUUAAUACAUUCUUCCCUUCACCCCCGGGUGGAUUCCUCUCUACUGUACGUAUAAACAGCACAUUCGUUGUCCCUAUCAUGAUCGUUCCUCCCUGCCCUCCCCACCGUCUCUCCCUUCUCUUCCCUCCCUUUUCAAUCUUUCUUCUCAUCACCAUGUGCUCCCCCUCCUCUUCCUCUCCUUGCAUUUCUGUCUCUCCCCGCCCGCCCGCCUGCCUCCGUCCUCACUGCAGGGUUGAAUCAUCCCCGUUUCUGCUUGCCUUGUCACGUUUGGCCCCCUCCCUCCCCGCACGUCCGUCCAGGCCUCAUCACACGGCGAUGGCGCUCGCCAGGCUGACAUCUCGCCACAGCGCUGAGGGCCUUUGAUGUCCCUGACGCUAGCUACUGACCUGUCCCUCACUCCUCAAAGCACUGACAUCAUCAAAGUGGGACACGGCUCUGCCCCGGGGGCUACUAAUUGCCAAGUAUGGUAUGAGCCACAUUUUCAUCCAUGACAUUUCCAGAUAAGAAGAGGAAGGAGAGGGUGGAUUUUUUUUUUUUCUUUUUUACAUCUUUGUCUCCUUUUUCUGUUCCUGCUAUCAAAGACACGUUCGAGCUGGCUGCAGAUUCUCUCUCUCCUUUCAUAAAGUUUGGACCCUCCCGUCUCCUCGCUCCUCGACAUUAUCAGGCUGUCGUCAGAGAGAGAGAGAGAGAGAGAGAGCGGUACCACAUCAGCACUAUUCUCUUCAGAGCGUCCUCUCACUUCCUCACACACUCACUCAGCUUUAAGCGCGCACACGUCCGAAAAAAGCAGAACCUCACACAAAUGAAAGACCCCGCAUCCUCCCUCUGUGGUGGAAAAUUGAGUCAUGGUCCCUCCGCUCGCGCCGACCGGCAGAGUAGCCAUGCGAAAAAAUGGAGUCAAAGUGUCCCUGUAUUGGGGAGAGUGUAGGCAGGAGCGGCGGCAGCAGCACAGUGCGGCGGUUCUAUAACAAGCACAUGCAAAUCCAGUCCAACAAACCCCGGGCUCAUUAAAUAAAACAUGGCCGAGGACAAAAGCCUGCUUCUACUGUAACCUUGAAUAUUCAUAAUGAGUGCUCUGUCUUGGUGUGGAGCGGGAAGAUGUUGACAUUACGUGACUUCUCGGGUAUGCGCCGCUGUUCUGCUUCACUGAAAGCUCGCCGUGUCUCCACGCAUCGAAAGCGAGAACGGGUGGACUUAUGUCACCCUUAAUUGUGACCCUGCGUGGUCCUGAAACACCGAGGUGUCUCUCAGGGUUGAUCUGUUGAUCUCAUUAAGGAAGCACCAAGGAUCUCGGCUGCCCUGAAUCAUCAAAUCUUCAUUUUGUGUCGGUUCCAUGUCCAGAUCUUGGUUCAAUGCUGGGAUUUGCAGUGAAAUUUCAUCCAGAACAGCUCCUAAAGAGGUGAUUUUGGGCGUCCAACAAUUCCUACCGGAUCUGUUUGUGAGGCGAAUUUCGUGGCGUGUUACGGACAGCGUUAAUCGCGAGAACCCACAGAUUCACGUGAAAUCGCACGAUAAUGAGUCGUUUCUACAAAGACAGACACAUAGACAUAUAAGCAGUAGAUUGUGUCCUUCCAGAGGAGGAAAUCUACUUCUAGACUUCUAGAAUCAGCAUCUCCUCAUUAUGUCAAAUUACGUCUAAAAACCUUUGACUUUCAAUCGUCUCCGCCCAUUUGCAUGUUGCGAAUUAUUUUGAAAAGAAGCCGGAUGUUUUAUUUUGUGCUGAAUUUAUCCGGCAUGCUCCAGCGUCCGGACAAAAUAGAACUCUUGCGAUCAGCUGUGGAGUCCAGCGAUCCGCAGAGGAACGGAAAGAAGGCGGUGGAAAUUGACACGUUAACUUGAACGGUUACGAUCAACUACGAUUGGCGGAUAUGGCGGAAAUUGGGGGCACCAUGGACAAAAAAACAUUAGUUUCCUUUCUCUUAUAUUGGAUCAGGUCACCGCAGUCUCAGCCAGUCCACCCAGACCUCCCUCUCUCUAACAACUCUCUCCAGCUCUUCAUGUGACUCCUCAUGGGGGUGUUGUAGACCACCCAUCCAGUCUAUAUCUGGGCCGUGUCUUACAGCUGUGCGACUUUCAAAUGUAGAGAGAGGUUUCUUUUCCCCUUAAGAUGACUCUGUCCCAGCUUGGUCACAGACAUGCACGGUCACGAACGCUCUUACAGCUUCCACCACGACCCACUGCAUGCAACCUGACACCAAUAAAAACGGCCCCCGGCUGUUUGACUCAAAAGACUCCUCAGUCCAAGGCCUUGAGUGACCUGUGGGGGGAAGGCGACAGAACUCAAGGGGAAUUGGUUGCUGGUGAUUGGUCCACAUAAACCUCACAGAUAUGUUGGUGUAGGUUAGGCUGGACCAGUAACUAGCUGUACGGCAAACUCCACAUGGCAAAAGCAGAUGGUGCUGGAAAGAGCUUCACAGCUGCACACGGAGUACAUACCUACAAAUCCACCAAAACAGCCAACGUCUCUCAUACUCUCAUAUUUUUGCACAUUUUGUCAUCAUUUUUUUUAACUCAACAAUAUUUUUAUUAGUUUUAUACAGAUUAAUACAGUACAGUUCUUGAAAGAUACAAGGGAAACAUUAAUCACAAACACCACCUUUCACUCACAACCCUGUCCAAUGCUGGAUAUUCCUAUUACUGCGCUUCAAUAACAAAUUCUGUAAGUGCUGUAAUUCGGGUUUUAUAGACCCUGAAAUGUAAGACAUUGAGAAAUAAAAAGUAAAAAGAAAAAGAGUGAAAUGAACAACCGUACGUUAAGAGAAAUACAGCCGUAGACAAGUCACUGAAAACUGAAAAAGUCAAUAAAAGAGAUAAAAGUUUAAACUGUACGAUUAUAAAACAUCACAGAUAUAUAUUUCAAAACGAAAACAACUAGAAGAGAAGAAGAGUGCUGUUUUUCGUCAUUACCUGCGACCAAAUAACGAAUCUCCUCAAGGUCUAAACAAGACGUAAGGUCUUUCGAAACAUCAUUUUUAGGUAAAUCUGAAAAUUAAUGCACAUAAUAAAAUCCAUUUACAUCCAGUUUAAACCUUCAUUGGCUUAUUGACAAAGAAUGGUGAUUAAAGUGCAGGUAGCUGCGUCUUUAGUCGUAAAAAUAAAAAAUAAAAACUUGGCUUUUAAACCAAAACUGCAUCGAUUUUUAUUUGAAUCCCUCUGAGAAGGUUUAUCAAAUUCUGAUCCAAGACUGAUCAAAGUUCACUUUGGUCCUGAUUUCGAUUCAAACACUUCCAAGGUAGUCGUAAACUCUCGAGGGAGAUCUCUGCACUGAUCUGGGUGAUCCUUGUCCAAUAGAGCAGACGAGGAGGAGAGAGAGAGAGAGAGAGAGAGAGAGAGGGAAAAAAAGAGAGAGAGACCAUUUAGAUGAGACCACGCUGAUCCAUCGCCUGGAGUGACGGGUAUGAGCUGUGCAAAGAGGACCAGGACUGUGACAGGCAGUGUUCAUUAACGCUCCAGCCUCGGCUGUAGGGUCCAAUCAAGGGGCUCCACACACACACACAAGCACCCUCAAACACCCUCUCACACACACACACACACACACACACACACAUUCACACAUAUGGCUAUCCAAGCAAUGAGACAGGCGGAUCUAAGCGUGGGCACUGAUGGCUUCACUGCCUCAAUUGAUGGGUGCUUAGAGGGGGAGUGAAAAAGGAGCGCUGGAGAUGUGGGUGGGGGUGCGAGUGAGUCUGAGUGGUGGGGUCUGCUCCCGUUGAUGGCUCUCUGAUAGCUUUUGCUUUAGCACCACUUCUGCUCAACAUGCAAAGCCGGCGCUUUAACCCACAUGACGCCCAGCUGUUUCCAUUAAACGCCGCCGUCCUGAAAAUCUCUUAAGCUGUCACAGAUACACUACAACCCCUAAUAAAGCCCCCUCACUCCCAGGUGCCGAAUUUUCCCGCUAAAGAGCUGCGCGAUGUUUCACAGAGAUCAGGCGUUUAGCCAGAGCGUGUAUCCAGGGUGAGUCACAGCGAGGGCAGCCAUACACUCGGUUUAUAGUUGUAAAUUUCAAACAUUAGAGGAAACCAAUAUUGCAUGACUCUACAAAGAGCUGGCAUGGCUGCGCGGUGGCAGAGCGUGAUCUACAGUUGCAGCUGUGCGAACGACUCGACCAGGCGUGGAGAUGUGUCUGUUUGGACUGUCAUUCAAAUGUUUACCUCCCAAAUACCCAUCGGAAAUGUAAUCAGCAGUGUGUGCAUUGAUCGUAAGCCUGUUUGGUGGCGUGAUUGACUCAAACGCUGGACAAACAGCCGCCGGUGUGCCUGCGAGCUUCUACCUUAGAUAGAAAUAAAAGGACGAACGCUGACCGGAGCGGGCGUGUUGGUUCAGAUCUGUCCUUGACCCGAGGAGGAGAAAACAGAUGACGGUUAAAAGAGACGAUUUUAGAGGACUUUUCUUCCCAGCUUAAUACUUCAGAUUGUUUUCUAAAUACUAUCAAGGUUUAAAUCCAGUUGUUCUCUUAUUUAGUGAUAUUUCCCCCCAAGUGUUUUAAUCAUUUAAAAUUAUGUUGUAUUAACUUCUGUAUUAAAGAGGAAAGCUGAAGCUAAUUUAAGACACAAAUUAGAGAAUAAUGUCAAUAUUUUACAUCCAUUUGUGAGGAAAUGUGAAAUGUGAUGUUUUCUAAGCUGGUCUUAUUAACCCCAACUGUUCAGAGUAUUGUUCUGUUUUGAUUUUGAUAAUUAUGGCCCACAGCUAGGGCUGGGCGAUACGGCCUGAAAUCAAUACCACUCGAUAACGAUAAAUGGACAAUAACUACUCCACAAGCUGCUCACCCCCUCCCACAUUAACUUCGUCUACUUCAGCCGCUCCAACUUUCUCUCCGUCCUCCAUCUCCUCACCUGUCUUUCCCUCUUUGUUACAGACUGGAUGGGGUGGAGUCACGUCUCUGACGUAGGACAGCGUCUUAAAGGGACAUGAGACCAUAGUCUACCUACACACAUCUAAAACCAACUUUGAUUGAUGUAUUUAUUUGACACAGAAUAUACAGACAUGGGCAAAAUGACGUCAGUUAUUGUCGUAAAAUUGAUAUUGGUAAAUUUUCGGUUUAUCGCCCAGCCCUACGGACAGCUCAUAAGAAAAGAAGAACCAAUCUCUUAUCACCAUUUCAGGUUUAGACAGUUACUAUUUCAGUUGUGUAAAUACGGUGUAUUUCUUAGUUCAGUUCAGUUCACAGGACCACAAUCAUGGAGGAGCCUGUUCACACUCAAAGCUGUCCAGAAGUCAAUCAUAGUCACCCUCCACAGGAGUGUAAGUCACUCAGGGUCAGCGCUGAAAAAGUUGGAUGAAGUGAAGCGUGUUCGUCCAAAGUUGUGGAGGGAAAAGGAUUGUAAGCGCGAGAGGAGAGAGACCACCGGCAGAGAGGAUUGUCAAAAACAGGCGAUUGGAGAGCUUGGUGGAGCUUUGUGGGGAUUGGGCUGAGGCUGGUGUCAGCGCAGGAAGAGCCACCAGACACAGACGUCUUCAGGAAAGGGACUACAACUGUCACAUACCUAAUCUCAAACCACCUGAAGAAAAAACGAAGAACUGGACCGGUUCUCACCGGUCUAAAGUAAAUUUUUCAGUUUAUUUGGAAACAAAGAUCCUGGAGUCUGAAUGAUGAAAGUAAAGAGAGUAGUUUGAAGUUUCUGCAGUCUGAGAUGAUUUAGAGCGUCCUAUCAUCUGCUGGAGUUGCUCUGCUGUGUUUAGUCAAAUCAAACAUCACUGCGUCUCCACCUGUCAGCAAAUUUUAGAGCAUUUCAAGCUUCCCUUCGCUGACAGGUUUUAGGGAGAUGCUGAUUUCCUUUUCCAGGAGGGCUUAAUAUCUGCCCUCAGCACCAAACUAACAAAAUAAAAGUACUGCGCCUGAUUGGUCAGCUAGCUAGAUUUUUGGCGAGGGAACCCAACCAUUUCUCAGAGAUUUGAUCUUUCUGUAUUUAAGUCCUUUUUUAUAUGAUAUUCUAAUCAUUUCAUAUAAAAGCUUAUGGCCAAAAUCAUUCAAUUCAAAACAAAAAUAGUCUUUAAAUAUCUCCCUUUACACGUGACUCAUGUUUAAGCAUGCCUCUGUCCUUGAACGAGAAGUUGGGGUGUAAAAAAAAACACUUAAAGUCCUCUUAGAGAAAGAAACAGGAACAAGGACACUUCCUCUCCUCUCCUUUUAGCUCAGUGUCCACAUCCAUGUGAAACUGAAGCUGCAGCCGGCCUCAGAUGUGCCGGCUCUUAAUACUUUUACCAAAAUGGAUUUCUGAUGGCGGCGCCUUCAAUCAGCCAAAUGUUAAAUCGAAGCAAACGCUCAAAUCUUUGCUCAAUUCUCAGGAAGCGUUUUAUUCCCCGGAGAACUUUUACUGCCUCCAGAAUAGUUCUGAUCCUGCUCAAACCGCUGCCUCCUCUCGGUGAAUAAAACAAGACAAUUAUUCCAUUGAUCUAAUCGGUGUCAUUAAAAUGAACGAUAUUCAAAGAGGUUUGUUUGUUGGCUCCUCACUGUCACACACUCAUCCUCUCGGUUCAGCUCGUGUUUUCUUGCUCCUCUCAGAUCGUGUUCCUCAGUCGAGAGUUUGCGGGUGAUCACAGGAGACAGCAGGAAGCAGGGACAGGACGGAUCAGAGUCAUGUGAUCUCCUGCAUGAAAGACUGAGAGCGGUUUAAAGUGUUUGUUUGACAUGUCACAUCCAACAUGUCUGUUUCCCCCACACUGAGUCCCUGUGAGGAGCGACAAACACAGAUCCGGUUUUGCUCCACCAGGAGAGCGGCGUGGAGCUGGGGUAAUGAAUUCCAGGAGGCUGAGCAUGCUAACAAGUUCAUUAUUCCAACUCGAUUUAGGAGUAAUUACCAUUUUGCAUCCAGAGCCAUUCAAGUCUGGGUUUCUCUUGUCAAAUUAAGCCGAGUGUGAACCCAGAUAAAUAUUUGCAUAAGCGAAAAUGCACGGGGUGCUCCUCUGUGACAGGAAGAGAUUGGUGAAGCCAUAUUGGAUUUUUUUUUUCCCUCUCACCGUCUGUGUUGGUGGUAGUUUACUGGAAUUCACACAUAUCCAGCAGCUGAGCAGCAGCAGCAGCAGCAAGGACAACUCUGAUUAACUCUCCGGGUUCUGGAUCUAAUGGGUAGAAACUCACUGGGAGGCCUGACAUGAACUUAUGACACCCUCUUUUCAUGCUAGUCUGCUUUUUAGCUCUCCGACUCUCUCUCUCGCAGGUCAUUUUCACAUUUUUGCUGGAGAUUGAUGUGACAUGAUCUUUAUACGCAGCCAUGCAUAGAGCCUACAUCAGAUCAGCCAUCUCAUUUAGGUCUCAGAAGAACAUCAUCAAUUAUAAAACAGCCUCUGGUUGUCUGAGUUGGUACACUUACUCUCUGGUUUCUCUGAGAGCGCAGUCACAUGGGUGAAUAUGCAAAUGUAAGAGAACCUUCCUCUGCAUCAUUAAACCAUUUUACUCUGAAGCUGUCCAACGGACUUAAAGGAGGAGACACAUUAGAUAUUUAAAGGAAAGCUGAAAGAGGCACAGUCCCGCCUUUUACACCAAUCAACACUUACAAAUAUUAACUUUGCUCUAUCAUACACAGAGUGCGUAGUCCGGAGGGUUGGUUGAUUAAUCGGUUGAUAAGGGCUGUGUCCGAAAUGGAUCCCUAACCCUUAUAUAGGCGACUAUAUGGGGGUUAGCGCCAUUUUAAGGGGUGUCCGAUACCUGAGUGAACAAUUCCAACGCCCCAUAUAGGCGACUCAAAAUCUGAUCUGUUUUAUCCUUAAGUGAUAUGGUCUUAAAAACAACAUCAAUUAUAGGGCCGCACAAUUAAUCGCUUAAAAAUGAUUAAUCGUUUUUAAUCGAUUAAUUGGAUUAUUUAAUUAUGACGAUGUUUAAAAAAAUUUAAUCGUCAAAUCCAUUUUCCUCUCUAUCAUGUCUCGCACCUCCAGGCCACCAUAGGCUCCUCCCCCUUCCUGCAGGAGCGCUGCUCCCCAGUUCCCACACACACCAGUGUAAACAAACAUGGCGUUUUCAAAAGAAGCGAUAAUUUCGUGGUUAAAUUGGACAAGAGCGAGUCAGUCGUGUGGAAUUGGUACGACUUCACAGUUUCAGACGAAGAGUAAACCACUCCCCAGUGCAAAGUCUGUCUGAAGGCGGUAUCAACCCGUCACCACGGAAACGGCGUUUCGGGUGACUGUAAACCGUACUUUGUGAAAAUGGGUCAGAGAGUGUAUAAAUCCAUAAACGACUACCAUUUCAUCUUUUAUGGAGCCUGAGUGUGUCCGGCCAAAACAACCUUUGUACUCUGUACUCUUCUUCUGUCUUUUGUGCAUUUCCUCUGCAGCGUCACAGCGCCACUUACUGGCUUGGCAUAUGAACCACAUCAUUUUCGGUGGUUUAGUUUUGAGAGAUGAUAGAAAAAGUUUUUAUUAAAAUGAAGUUUGGUGAAGUCACUGAUUAAAAAUUUGUGCAACCCUAAUUGAUAAUAAUAAAAGUAUUUAGGUGUGUACUCAUUUAUUGUUUAAUCAAUCAUAUGGAUUAUUAAAUAGAGACCAUGCUCAGAUGCUCUGCCUGUUUGUCUAGUAUUGCACCCGUAUUCGUUCUCAUAAUCUUAAAUAGUUAGUCUGUGUUAACUAGUAAUUGACUCCCUUCAAAGUUUAAUUCUUCCAUUUAAUUUUCUCUUUUUGUUGUUUUUUCUUUUAUUCUGCUAAAGGAACAUUUUCAUCGCAAACGUAUCUGUGACUGUACGAAGCUAAAGUACACAUGAGAGCUAUGAUUACGUGUCAUUAUCUCUUACAAUUUACAAUAGUUUGUCCCUACUUUGCAUAAAGCCCAUUACUGUGGUACCCAUUAUUAAAGUAAAUAAUGCCCACGCAGCUGUUAUUAACAGAUAAACAGUGCAGCAGGAAAGAAACUCGCUGCUGCUGCUGCUCAGAGGGACGGAAAAAUGAGACGUUUCGCCUCGGCAUUCGUUUUUUUGUUGUUAACAAUCCACAUCGAGACUUUAACAGCAGAAUUAGUGGCUCUGCUGUCACUGGUAUGAGACACAAACUCUGCGAUGUUGACUGUGUGCAUUGUGAGUCUCCACCCUAUGGUGUUUAUCACAGAGGACCUUUGUUGUCUUGAAUAAAUAGACAUAUUAGUGCGAGUCCAGAGUUCAGCCCACGCAGCCGUCCAGCCACAGGCACAUGCUCAGUCUUCAAGGGAAAAAUGUUCUCACUGCUCCAGCUUUUGGACAGGACCACCAUGAGUCAUCUGAAAUAUGAAAGCAACGGAAAGACAUUAGGACUAAAAGUUUCCUCGCAGCCAUAUUUCAAAAACGACGCCUGCUUUAGCGGCGGGUCGAGUCAGUAAUUGUACUUUCUCCAGAGUUAAAUGCUGAGGAAAGCGUGCCGAGAUACAAUCAGUUAUUCUCAAAAGCUGCAAAUUCAAAUUUCAUCUCUCUAAUUCCUGUUCGGACGACUUCCUCGGUACAUAAUGUGAAAUAGGGCGUGAGUUUCCCUGCACUCAGUGGUUAUUAACAAAGUCCCAGUCCUACAUCUGCUUGGAAAAUACCUGUGGUGUCUCCAUCACACCCUCCCUCUGGAGAUGUGACAGUGGGCUGAGCUUUUUAUUUCAAGAGCUCACCACCACCGCCGCCGCCGCCGCUGCACCAGUGGGAUUUGUAAAGUCGAAAUCACAAAGAUAUCUUCUUCUUCUUCUUCUUCUUCUCCCCCCUCAGAAAUAUGAAACUCAGAAAGAAAUAAUAAUCUGGAGGAUUUCUGCAGGGUGAAUAUUUUAGUUGCCAGGCAACAGUUGUUGGCAUUCAACUGAAACCCCUCAAGUAAAAGGAAAAACGGCGAGAGAGGCGAAAGGGUUGUGGGGCGCGUUUGUGGCAAAAACGUCGGAGUGAGUGGAUCAAAAAUAGGCUGUAUGGACAAAAUGGCAAUUUCCCCUCUAUGCCUGGAGUGGGUUUGCUGUUUUGAUAAAUUGGCCCACAAGCAGGACAGUUGUUUACCAAACCAAGGCCGUCUGAAACAGCAGGCGCCACGAUUACUGGGAUCAGAGAUGACUCUUAACUUUCAUUUCUUCUCUCUAAAUUUCCGACAGUGUGUUUUUUAAAUGUUGUAAAGCUGCCGUUGAUCGCUAAAACACAGGGAGUCUGUCAUUUUCUGCUCUUCACACGGUUCGUUGUGAUGUGGCGUCCUCACACAAACAAACACCCUCCACCCUAACCUUCUCUCACCGCCUCAGUUUUGUUUCGCUUUGCUUGUCCGUCUUUCGCUCUCCUCGGCCAUUAGCCCGCCUCUCUCUGCCCUCUGGCGACACGGUGAAGAAGUCCGUGACAUUGAUGCAGGAUUUUCCUAACACGGAUCCCCAUCUAAGCCCAUUUUCCUCCUCAGAUUGGAAGUUGGGAUAUUUAUAAUCUCGGGGCACCAGCUAAUGGUAUUUGCAGAGCGAAAUCAGUUUAGUGCGUGUUUCCCGUAAUGGCCUCGCCUGCGUGGCAUUGCCGGCGGCUCUGUCUUGAACGGUGGAGGGAUGGCCCUAAUUUGGGCUAAUGGGUGACUCAGCCGUCAUCAUCAUGUGUCCCUUCGGUGGGCUGCAGAUGGCUGGUGAGGCAUGGGUGCAGCGGCGGAGCCCCCGCCGUACACACCCAGAACAAUACGAUGCAUCAAGUCAGUGACACAUGCAGCAAACACAAACGUUUGGAGAGUGGCGCCGAGCCGGCAGAGAGCGAGGAACGCGAGUAGUCGGGGUAUGAGUGCACAAAAAAGAGAGGAAGAGGUUAAUGAGCGGCCACGCUAAUCGAAUCAUUUGUCAUCAGAUUAGAUUAAUGCAUUGAACUUCCCCUCGGGCGCUCAUCUAGAGAGAUAACCACGACUGUGCGAGGCCCAGGUAUCAAAUAGCUGUGAAAUGAUAAUGCAUGCUAAGUGACUGCUCGCUUUUGUUCAAACUCCGCUUAUCAGCACAUGCUUGAAAAUACAGACGGGGCGAGCAAAUCACCGUGGAAACUGGAACUCAAGGUGGGUGCUACCCCCGCCCAGGUGUGCGAGAUGCCUGGAUCUCUGGAUAUGCAAAUGUGGCGAGCGAGUCGGUGGAUCCCCCGGCGGGGCAGCAUCUGACUGAGGCCGGGCUGGAGGAGUGCUGCAGUGGCUAGUUUACAUUCCACAGAGUCGGCUAAGCUUCACCACCUCUGCUGUGCUUAGACUUGCACACACUAACACACACAGACACACACAGACACACACAUGCAUAAGCUGAUACAUUUGCAGUUUCUCUGAAAAACAGUGAUUUCCUCCACUAUUACCAAAUUCAGGUACCUCCACGGCUCCGUCACUACACACAUAACAAGGACACAAUCAUAUCUCAUCUCCCAUCAGACAUGCAGGCAGAUAAACAAACCACCUCAUCUGUACCACCUAACCCACCCACCCCCCCUUCAAUCCCCAAGUAACCUUGGCAACAGCGUCACUUUGCUUCAUUGCAGUGGAGGACAGCGGAGGAGGAGAGAGAGAGAGGGAGGGAGGGAGGGGAGGUGAUGAGAGGUUGCAGUGCGGAGGAGUUGGUCCCUGGGGAGGAGCCAGCCAGUUUACAACAGUGGAGAGGAGAAUAGCCCCCCCAACACCCCCACCCCCCCCUCCAGAGACCCAUUACCAGAGGUCAGAGCGCUGGUCUCAGGAUGGCUCUGCACAGGCAUCUGCGUGCAACCUGUCAAAAGAUGGUCUUCGUGACCUGAGUACAUAUGGAGGGCACGCCUGAAUGGCGAGGAGCUCACUGGUGUCCACUGGUGUAUGAGGGACAGGAAGGUUAAGGACAGAUCUUUGCAGAUUCUGCAUUUUUUAUAUCUUUAUUUGAACGGAGCAGCUGGACCAGGUUUAUCCAAGACCCCCGAGAGUCUGGGUUUGAUUCAGCGGCGAUGCAGCACACCUCGUUGUUGUUCCUCAAACGUGCUUUGACUUGUUUUUGUUAUUUUUCUCAAUCAUCAGCUGACUUUAAAUUGAAACAUCCCCCCAUGUUGUUAAUAACUUUAUUUAUAAAGUACUUUUAAAAACAGAAGUUUACUAAGUGCUUUGACAACAGUCGUUAAGCUCAGAACAUCAGCACAUGAAAAUAAAAAGAAAAGCUCAGUUAAAAACAAGACAGUUUCAUUUUUCAUAAGAAACUCAGACAAUACAAGAACCCUACAACAUAAAAUGAAACCAUGAGGACCAAAUAAAAACAUAAAAUAGGUAAGAAGAAGAAGAAUGAAAUAGAAAAGGAGGGCAGAAAGCAGGAAACAGGAUAGUAAAUAUAAAAGAGGAUAAUAAUAAUGAUGAUACAAUCAUAAUAAAAUAAUAAUGAUCGUAAUAUUAAUGAUCAAUAAAGGACCUAAAAGGUAAAAUAAGAAAAGAUUAUAAGUAAAGCAAAGGCUGAAAGGAUAGUAUAAAAAAAGUGAGUUUUUAAAUUUGACUUAAAAGAAGCGACUGUCUCUGCUGUUCGCCUUAUCUCUUCUGGCAGGUCGUUCCAAAGUCGAGGAGCUCUGAUGGAGAAAACUCUAUCGCCUUUCGUUUUGAGCCUCGACUUUGGAACGACCAGGAGGCCUUCGCCAGAGGAUCUGAGGCUGCGAGUCGGCUCAUAAGGUAUUAAAAGCUCUGAAAUGUAGCACGGAGCGAGUCCUUUAAGCGUCCUUUAUUCUCAGUAACAACAUUAUAUCACCCCAAUGCAUGAGAGGUGAAGGUCAGCUCACCUUCUAUAGAGAGGCGUCUUGGUCACCAUCUUGGAAACGCUCAGUUCACCCGCCUUACCGUGCGCCUAGCAACAGCCAAAGAAGUGGCCCAUCGGUCAGCUCGGCCAUAUUCCUCAUUAAAGUCUCAUUAAUGACACACUUGGCAUUAAUUAGCGGUAAAGUUGCUGUUUUAAUAAUUAACAAGGUAAACAUGGAUCACGCUGAAUUAAAAAAAUAGAUUUACAGAGAUACAAAGAAACGGAAAAUUAUUGCUGUCCUCACUCAGAAGUUACCAUGGUAACUGUUGGAUGGAGGCCUGAGUGUUAUGGCAGUGCUUCACACACACACACACACACACACACACACACACACACACACACACGCACAAUAUAAACUCAUAUAUAUUUGUUUCUUCCCCAAAUGAUUAUUACAUAAAAACACAGCAAAUUGCGUUUAUAUGAUUAAACUACAAAUCCUGUUUUAUGGCCAAAAUGAAGUUUAUAAAAUGAAACAGAUGGGAAUAUCCGUUUAUUAUAAUAAUAAUAAUAUAAAACAAAGCAACAUGACGUACUGUUUGAACCCCAGAAAUCAGAUAGUGUUGUUGUUUGUUUAUAUGAAAUAAUGGACGUGUAUUCUUCACAGACGGUAUGUGACAGUGAGCAUCCGUUGCUACGCGUUACAGUGUUUGAUCCUCUGUCCACACAGUGUCGUUAAUGAAUCUUCGUAUUCAGAGCAGCGGGAUCCGAUGUUCUUUAUAUGUAAGCCUGCGCAGAUUCAAAGGCAAACACGCUCCCUGGUACAUUUCAUUUGUUAUGGGGGUGGACACAGUCGUAAACAAUAUUAAAGCUCCACAUUAAAUCCCAGAAUUCACAUCUUUGCUUAUUUUUCUGUCUGACCCAGAGAGAUGCUGAUCCAACUCUGCAGCGUACAUCUGGUAUUUGAUCAGAAAACGGCUCAUUCUUGAUGAUAUAACGGAGUCCAGUUCAACACUAUUGAGUUUUUCACUGCAGAACUGACUCAGUACCUGUAAUGCAACCUUCACUGAAGCAGACGUAUUGCAGGGUUGUUGCAUUCGGUUGCAUUAGAUAUCACAGAUUGCGCUCGCCUCCUGACAACCUUGAAUCAUAAUAUUUGACUGUGCGACGUGGAUGAUUCUCUUUGUUUCACACGACUGGAAAUGAUCAGUUUGAAGUUAAUUGGCAAGUUAGGUUGAGUUUAGUUUGAGAUGAGAUAUUGAGUCGACUGAAUGAAAUGUCAGCCCACUUUAAUACGGACACACAAGCAGGAAAGUGGAGGUGGGCGGAGGAUGUACGAGUAUUUACGAGCCAUUACUAAAUACAUCCCACAUCUGCAUCCUCUCAGAUUAAUGUUGACGGCUGAGAUGAAGAGAACGGUGCAUAUACUUAAAGCUUUAUCCUUAUGUUUGCUCAGCUUCAGUGAAAAUAAAGCAGCCUGUGCCACAGCGCUCGCAUGUGUGCAUGUGCUCAGGAUGAUGUAUGUUAUUGUGAUCAUGUGUGGUCUGAGCCGCGCACGCCUGAGUACACAUGGGCUGCGCGGCGAGUCCUGCCUUCCCUCCCUCUCCCUCGUUCGUUCGUUUCGCCCCCGGCUUUUCCGAUGGAGCCACUGGAAUCAAAUCAAAUCAAGUCAAACUCAUUUCAUGCCCCCCCAGUGCACACCUCACUCAACAUCCCCACCCUCCGAGGAAUCCCACUGACGUCUGCGGCACCAACAGAAAUAUAAGAUGACAUUUAGGGAGCGUGUAAACAUCCAGCUGAGAGCACAGGAGGACGACACAGAACACAUGCACACACAAACACACGCACAAACACACACACAAGCGUUUCUAUGUAAAGAUAAUUCAAAGCUGUGGCAAAUGACAGGUCGUGCACAUUAUGUUCCUUCCUCCCUACCCCUGUGGUCCCACAAUGCCUAGUUGAAAGGACCUGUAGCCCAGCAUGUACAUCCUUCUUUUCUUUCCCCAGGAGACAGCAUAUAAUGAGAAAGCCCCAUUAUGGGUCCAGCAGGAGCCUGUGUCUCUGCUGCAUCUGCUGCCGCCGCCGCUGCUGCUGCUGCUACAAAAGUUACCCGUGAGGUCUCUCUUUUUGUUAGUUAAGGGGAAGAGCAGCGGCAGUCGUUCCUGGCUCCCUGCUUGUUAGCCAGCAGUAAUGACUAGGCUGUGGGGAGCCAGGCUACCGGGCCAAGGCGCUGGGAGUCUGUUCCCCUCUGCUGGCCCUCAGCUCAGCGACAGGAAGGGGAAUACAAGCAGACACCACAGAGGACACAGUGGGUGGAUCAGAUCCGACAGACUGAGGAGGGAAAGAGGAAGCGGGGUGGGGGUGGGAAGGGUUUUACCUCAGGAUGGACCAGACUGGACCAGAAAGAUCCUGCUAGACUUUCCUGUUUAUAGAUCUGGCAUCACAUCAAUGCGGACUUGGUACAAGACGUGCCUCUGAGGUUUCUGAGGUUCUCCAGUGUUAAGAAUAUCCGAGCCAAGCCGUCGUACGAACCAGGAAAUUUUGGAAAAGGCGAGGUCCUCCUCACUCGGGAUUCUCCUCACAAAAUCGAAAAGACAAAAUACGUCAAGAUUUCCUCAAACAAAUGAGUUUCACAGUCGAGCCGUCUCCAUGAUUUCACAUGUUGGUUCAUGUCCAGAUGGUUUCUGAUUAUCUCUGAUUGCCAUGAUGUCUGUUCAUUCUGUAUGUUAAUGCGUGAGCAGAUCUGCAAUUCAGAGGGGGACGCAGGAGCCACCUGAAUCACAAAGAGCACUCUGCUACAGUGGUUUAAAGACGGGUCAUGAGGAGAACCAGUGUGGACGUCAGGAGCUGAGAACUGUGGAUAAAGAUGUUAAAAAACCUGAUUCUGAUUGGUCAGAAUUCAGUGUACAUUGAGUGUAUUAGAGACCCACCAAUCCAAUCCAAUACUGAUACCUGGGUUGAGCGUAUCGGCCGAUAUCCGAUACCAAUCCAAUACUACUGUUGAAUGGCUUGACAUUAGCCUUGUUUAAAAAGGUAACAAAUUUAAGGUCCUUACACACCGGGGCCGACGCAAAUAUAGAAUGCGAAAUUACAAAAUUUUCCCUGGAAAAGUCCCGCCUCCUUCGCCUCAGAUUGGCUAGAAAAACUGGAAAUGUCAUCACACACUCAAGCCAAACGGUCAGCACUUAUAGCCAAUCAGAGGCGAUAAGAUAAACGCACGGUAACAACCGUUAGCUUACGUUAGCACAGACGAAAGUUAAAACAAAGACGUUUAUCAAACUGUUAAAGCUCACAAACCAUCGUCAUAUGAGAAAUUCGACGCUACGACUCUCUUGUAGCGUCGGUUUAGUAACUCUCCACAAGUCGUCCUUCAGGUCGUUAUCUUUGUAAUGUUUGUGUCUUUUAUCAAAAAUCACUCUGUUCUCCGACCUGUAAACAAUCAGCCGGUCGGCCAUGUUGGAUAUACCGGUGAAUAAGACGUCGCAACAACACGCAAUCUGAUUGGUCAGAAGUGGACACACAGUAUGCGAAACUUUAGAAAAAUGAUCAUGAUCCGAAAAAAUGAAUGCUGCAAUAUCGCAGGACGGGAAGAAGUCGCUGAUGUGAACGCUUGUAUUGACAGGAUCGUCCGAAAUAAUGCAUGACAGAAAUGGUCCCGCUGUGAAAGGACCUUAACACAGAUAUAAAUUUACUUCAAAUUAUUUAUUAACAAAUAACAAAUUACACAUUAGCACACAGCGAAAAGAAGUGAGACUUCCAUGUAUUAAAAGAAAAAUUAAUGAAAAGAGAAAAAAGACUGGAUCGGAACGCUGGAUCGGCGUCAAUCAUUUGUCAAUAUCAGAGCCGAUAUCUGAUCCAAAUAUUGAAUCGGUGCAUCCCUACAGUGUACUGUUUAUGAUUUCCCUUUUUACUGUUAAUAAUGAGACCAAAUCUUACCCCGGGGCAGCAUGGGUGAACAUUAUUGGGGUGUUUUCAUUUUGAACAUCUGACCUGCUCUUCAUUUGUUUUAAUUUGCAUCAUGAACGGCGAGGAAAGGCCUCUUAGCGACCACGGUCCAAAGGAAGAGCCAUUAGGAGAACCCUUGUACAUGUCAGGUGGUAAUUACCGCGCAGAUAAAGAUGCUAUAUGGAGAGUUAAUGUGCAGCGAGGCUCAUGAACAAUACUCAGUAUGACGGACUGAAUCUCCAGGACACGAGUGCAGUUUGGUCCUCAGAGCCGAUUAUGAAACCAUCAAUGCCGCCUGAGGGUCAGAUUAGCAGCGGUUGAAGCGUUUGUUGCUCAGCUCGGCGUGUAUCAAUAGAUGUGACGGGAAAGUUACUGCGAGCCACGGCGAGAAGGCUAAAGGUCGGCGUGCGAAGAAAGGAGCGGUUUGCAUCAGAGUGAAUCUGUCUAAUGAAAUGAGAGCUGGAGGAGAUGGAGAUGGUUGUUAUCUGUUAUUAUUAAACCACCAUUCGCUCUCUAGUGCUUCAGCUCGCUGCUACAGUCUCCAUCCUUUUUCAUGGACCGUAUGUGGAGAGCACUAUUGUGUGAAGACUUACAAACAACAUCUGCAGCGGUGGUGACCAGGCACUCCCUCAGUGCCUCGUUCUCCUGCCAAGCCCGCCCACGCUCCCUCUCAUCUGCUCAGGCCAUCAUCCCUGCGCCUCCUUCCUCGCUGUUUCCACUGUCGUUGCCUCGCAGAAGACCCAUCUUUUAUCUGGGCUGUUGACUUAGCGCAGACCUUGCCGUUCUGGCACCGUGGAUCCAGUCUCGUGGAGCAGAGCUAACUGCGAUGCCCAAACACAAAAGGCGGUGCAUUAUUGAUUGUGUUUAUGAUCUAACCUUGGUGCUCAGGAGGAGCUCUCCUUCUCUCUCCUCUUCCCCGUACCCAUGCAUAAUUUCUCUUUUUCCUUCUUCUGGAAACUUUGAGAGUUUUUCAAUCGCUCUGGCUACACCGUCCAAGUCCAGCUAAUCAUGGAUUCUGGUUCAGGGCCCUGUCGAAGGCCAGUACUGAAGACGUAGACGAUGUCUGUGCUGGAGUGAAAAGACAGAGUCCUCUUAUAAAUAGAUCCCAUCAAUCAAGGGAGUGUCCUUCACUCGGCGUGCAUUUGUCCCUCCAGUCCUGGAGAGAGAAAUGCAUAUUCAGUCUCGAACAAUGAGUGUCAGUCACGCCGCUGUCAGACAGACACAUGACAGCUGGGCACAGUGGCUGGUUACACACUUGUAGAAAAGACGCUGCGAGCAAGUAAGUAAGUACGGGGUUGAAAGCCCCGUCCUAGCAUGAGGGAACCAAACAGGUCCUUUCCAGGAGGUGGAUUAUUGGAUUUCCCUGCAGAGUCCAGACAAGAUCUUUGAGACAGCGGACAAGAUGUGCAUGAAAAACAGCCUACUGUGCCUGAUAUACUGCUAUAACGUCCAAUAGAGAAAAAUGGUGGACGUUUGGUGUCCUAGGGCGAGAUGAAGGACACGGUCGUCCCCAUAGGACUUCUCUCAGCUGGUCCUCUCAACCAGAAGGAAUACUGUGUGUCAUUGGCGUGUUAUUGAGACAAAGAUACAGCUGCUCCCAGUUGGAUCACGGCGCUCCACCACCACCGGUUGAAGCGUUUAGUCUCUCCUCUCACUUUCAGCUUUCGCAAAGUCACGUCAUUUCAUGUAAACUCCUGUGCAGACUGCGCCGAGUAUAAACAAGAGAGAAGCGCUCCCGUUUUGGAGCGAUGCAUGAUUUCAUUUCUCUGUUUCCCUGUGUGGGAGACGGAGUAGUAAACGGAGGGAUUGUGUUUGCAGGCGUGAUUGCAUCAGCUAAGCGGUAGCACAGCCUGGCACACAUUGUAUUGAGUUUUUUCAUCUGCUGUUAGUCAAUGUGAUUUGGGCAACAGGUCCUGCUUAGUGGCAAAGGGCUUGUAAAGGAGCAGAGCGGUGGCUGUUUUUUUCUUUUUUGAGGAUCUGUUGAUAAUAUCCAGGAGAGACAUUGUGCCGGCGUUUUCUCUUAAUCACAUUAAGGUCACUUCAUUCCCCCGAAGUGAGUCUGUGUUUUUGUCUGAAUGAGAUUUAAUCUGUGUUUUAUUUUUCCAACUUAUUGUCCUCCAGAGGAAUGCAGAGUUGAGCCAUUUAGGACCGAGUCCACGUGACUGCUCUAAAAAAAACCCUGGUUAUGGAAAACCACAGAGGGAACGUUUGCUCUGUAGCCUGUAAUUUUCAGUUUCAUUACAAUAACAACCAACGGUAUCUGAGAAAGUGGAGGCUGAAUGUAGUGAAUGGGAUUAGUGUUUUUGUCAAAGAAGGAAACUCUCGAAGAAGAAGAAGAUCGGAUUGUUUCCCGCAGCAAGAGAAGUAACUCUAGUUGAACUCCCUCGACAGUUCACAUAUUUACAGUCAUAUAAAAGAUGUUCUCAAUGAACUACAUUUAUUCAAAAGGCACAGAAACUUCAGGAGACAACGGUGAAAAGAGUCCAAUUUAUUUAACAUGAAUAAAUAGGGCUGGGCGAUAUGGCCUCAAAUCAAUAUCAGGAUAUAUUGAUCAGUUCACUUCCACUAUGAUAAAUGGACAAUAACUUCUCCACAAGCUGCUCACCCCCUCCCACAUUAACUUCGUCUACUUCAGCCGCUCCAACUUUUGAACCGUCCUCCAUCUCCUCACCUGUCUUUCCCUCUUUGUUACAGACUGGAUGGGGUGGAGUCACGUCUCUGACGUAGGACAGCCUCUUAAAGGGACAUGAGACCAUAGCUUACCUACACACAUCCAAAAACAACUUUGAUUUAUUUAUUUUUUUUGGCACAUAAAAUAUUGACAUUGGCAAAAUGAUGUCGGUUAUUGUCGUAAAUUUAGGUAUCGGUAAAUUUUCAGUUUAUCACCCAGCCCUAUGGCUAAGCAUGGGAUCAGAUCAGAAUAUUGUGCUUAUUAACAUCUGUGUAGUCCUGCAUUUUGGCUCUAUGUAAACAACCACUGAUGGAGCUAUAACCUCAGCUAGGGCUGGGUGAUAAACCGAAAAUUUACUGAUACCGACAUUUACGACAAAAACCAACAUCAUUUUGCCCAUAUCUGUAUAUUCGGUGUGAAAUAAAUAAACAAAUCAAAGUUGGUUUUGGAUGUGUGUAGUUAGGCUAUGGUCUCAUGUCCCUUUAAGACGCUGUCCUACAUCAGAGACGUGACUCCACCCCAUCCAGUCCAUAACAAAGAGGGAAAGACAGGUGAAGAGAUGGACGGUUCAAAAGUUGUAGCGGCUGAAGUAGACGAAGUUAAUGUGGGAGGGGGUGAGCAGCUUGUGGAGUAGUUAUCGUCCAUGUAUCGUUAUCGAGGUGAACUGAUCAAUAUAUCGUGAUAUCGAUUUGAAGCCAUAUCGCCCAGCCCUAGCUUAGACACAACAUUUCACAGCCAUUUCAGUCCUACAUUAAUAAAAACCAACUAGUAAUAAUGGUGAUAACUUUAAGUGCUGAAAAGAUUAACACUCAGGUCACAUCAGGUCUGAAGAUCCAGAAAUUAAAGGCAGAAGAAGAGGUGCGAAGCUUUAACCAACGUAUUUUAACUUGAAAAGCUGAGUUAAAACUCUAGUAAUGUCUGACUAAUCUCCCACCAAACUCUGUUUCAUCUAAUCCCCCUUGAAUCCCAAACAUCACUAAGUAAUUUCUCAUUAAGUGAGAGCAAGAGUAUUUAACGAUUUCAAACAAUCCUGACCUAAAGCAAAGCAAUUAAACGGAAAAUUCAGUGCGAGCUCGCCCCCUGUCUGUUCCAGGCAGGUCCCUGUGGGUUCGGGGCUUUAAUGUCAAGCUCUAACAAAAAUUUGUAAAGAUGGGGAAGAGGAAACGGAGUUAAAAGGAAGGCAGGCGAAGGCAGAAUAAAGCAAUCGAAAGUGGAACAGAGAGUUGAGAGGAGGACAGCAGCCAGGCAGGAGCAGGGCCACAAAAACACCCAUCUCAAGUUGUCAAUUAUUAAUUUCGUAGUUGGCUUUAGUGUUAUUCGUGCGAGUCGCCGCUCCAUCAGAGAGGCCAAUACGGACAGACCAUCGCAUGCAGCUGUGGGCAAUUUCCAGUUUCUCAUUUCAUCUCACAUGCACGUCUUUGGAGUGUGGGAGGAAACUGGAGCACCUGGAGGAAACUCAAAGAGAAGAGCAAACACAGAGGGCGAGGACGAUACGGAGAAGAACAGAGCUGGGAGUCAGGGGGUUUCUCGCUGGAAGGCUGACUAUCGCUGAGCAGCCAGACCCGGCGCCCCAAGAGUUGUCUUUUGAACGCAAUAAAGCGAGGACAAAGAGGAGCUUUAAAGCGAGAGAAAGGAGCGUUUUAAAAACACAAUGAUGAACGGAGCGUUUAUUAAGAGGGGGGUUGUUGUUUUUAAGGCCGUUUUAAUUCUUCUCGGAUCAAAAGUGAACCUGCAGUAGGAGGAGAAACAUGUCGCCUGUUUCUGCUGAUGUGUUUCUGCAGGAAUUUAAGGUCACGGAGCAAAAGCUGGAAGACGAGAAGAGAGAGAGAGGGAGAGACUACUGCUGUUUAUAGAACUCCCUCUCUGUAUUAGUCAGGACUCGGGCCCUCGGGGAACACUCUACAUCACUCCUUCUGUCUGUGUCUACAGCCGCCAUCUUUCUUCCCAUUACCACCACUCUGCUCCGCACUCGUCCUCUCUCUCUCUAUUUUUUACUUCUUCUUCUCUUUUCUCGGUUUUCUUGUCAUCCAUUGUGCCGUUUUAUUCCCCCCCUUUUCCCUUCAUCGUUCACGCUUGGCCUCGGAGAGGACACUUUGACUUGUGGCGGCGGCGGCGGCGGGGGGGCUACUCUCGCCUUGAGCCACGCUUUAAUGGGAGUUAAGCGCCGCCCGUAAAUUCUGUGGCGGAAGAUGAGUGAAGUAGGGAGUGUUGACGAGUUGAGGUGCGCCGCUUAUUGUGUUGGAAACGUAACUUAUUGCACGAGAGACCGCCGAGCCCCCGCUGUUCUCGUCAAUCUCUGCUUUUAUUGGUCGAUUGCAGAGGGACGUCAGGAUAAUUUUUUUAUCGCUGUCUUCCUCCGUCGCUCGUGUCCCUUAACUGCCGGCUCCAACCUCAGACAGUUUCCGUGUCUCCUCUCACUGCAGUGCCAUCUCUGACUCUCUGCCAGGACCAUCACUCCCUCUGUGGUUACGCUCGCUGCCAUUUCGGCGCGAUAUCUGAUACCUGAACAAAGACCUGAUUCAUGAGUCCAAGCUGCCGGGCAUCCAGGCUGAACCUAGGAAUGCGUAUCGUGUCUGCGAUAGGUGAACUAACUAGACAAUCCAGCGUCUCAUCAUCAUCAUCAUCAUCAUCAUCUGUCUCGUGGUUUUCACUGAAAUGACAGAAUUGUAAUCAGGAUCUGAGUCUGACCACGUCCAACUUUCACAGGUCUGAUUGUAAUCUGAGCAGAAUCUAUAUUCAGUGGAUCUAGGCCUAUCACAUCAUGCGCUGGUGCAUAUUUCUAUGAUAAAAAUCUCACAAUUUAGCACAGUCUAACACACACACACACACACACCUCUCAACGUCUCAUUUUCUUCCAUCAUCCCUUUCUCUCUCUCUCUCUCUUUUCCUCCCUGGUGUUCGGUCGGUCAGUCAUUAAGGCCUCUUUUAAGUGACUGAGUAAAGGUCGACACCCUCUGUAUGGGGUCACCUCAAGACCCCCAACCCUCCCUCCCUCCCUACCUUCUCUUCUUGAGCUCAUCCCGAGCAACCCGGGCCGUGAAAGGUCAGCCGUCAUUGGGACUCAUUACGAGGAAGUGAAACUGGAACAGACAAAGAGUGUGUGUGUGUGUUUCUGUCUGUCUGAGUGUGUGUGUGUGUGUGUUUCUGUGUGUGUGUGUGUAUCCAGGUAGAUGGAUAACUCAGACCUUGAGCGUCUCCUUCUCUGUUUCUGGCGAAUAAUGAUGGUCACGCUUCUCUUUAGCUCGCUCUCUCUCAGGCGUUCUCCUCACCACUGCUGUGAAUAAAACAAAUGAUCAAUUUGUAAUGAUGCUUAGUGCCACAGUGUCCCCCUCACACACACACACACACGCACACACACACACUCGGACACUUAAUGUCCCUUUGGCUGUGGGCAUGAUGCAUGCAGCUGCUUGAGUGGCAUUGACUCUUGCUCUUUUCUCGAACACGCACACACUCGCCGUCGCAGAGCCAGUUCAUCACCCUCACUGACACGCUGAAUUUACAACGCCGUCCUUGACCAGGACUGAGUCCCCGACACCCACCUUCACUCAUCAGGAGACAGAUUGGGUCAGCAGGUGGGGUCCCAGGUCCGCCCCGGCCCCCUUCUGAUUUCAUUUGGACAUAAAAAGUCAUAAAGGAGCGACCCGAUUGGUUCCUUUUUACUGCUAAUCAUGUGUCCCUCCGCCCCAAUUAAAAACUUGUUUGCAUAAACCGCCAGUGCAAACAUCCUCACACACACACUCUGGGCUGGUAAGGUGUGUGUGUGUAAGUGUGCAGUUCUUUUUUUGUGCGUGCGCGUGCGUGUGUGUAUCCUGCUGUCAGCGAAUUCUCCACAGAGAUAACCUUGAAGGAGAGGCGGUGUGCUUAGCCCUGAUACCGAAUGCCAAGCUGCAGCAGGCUCAGCUUUUGCACGCCUAGAACUUCUCUUAGACCUUUAGCCACUCCUGCGAGACUUAAUCCCAAAGUUGUGAUGAUGUGGGCUGACUCCGGCGCUCAGGUGGCGGCGGCGGCGGCGGCGCUCAGAUAGUUGCUACUCAAUAAUGAAAGUGUGACACGGUGUACACACACAGCUCUCUUUGAAAAGAGCUGACAGGUAUUUGAUUUUUAUACUCUCUGGUCGCCAUGAUUUAUAGAUCCUCCUCAAGUCCUUUAUUUCGGCGCUCUUCUGUUCAUCCUCGGUUAGAGUCAGAAACCUGAGCCGUGUAAGGACAUCAUAACUGACAUGUUUGAGUUGGAAAUAAACAACUGAAUUAACAUUUAAUUAACUUGACCUGAAUUAACAUCUAGUGAGGUUGCUGUAGGUUCUCAUCCCUCCAGGUCAUGGUGAUUUAAUUCUGUAUUAAAUAGAAUAGAAUAGAAUAGAAUAUUCCUUUAUUGAUCCCCCAUGGGGGAAAUUUUUUUGUCAAAUUUUUUGUUAAAAGGGCGAAUGUUCUUGUUUGAGGUUCUUGAAGAUGUUUCUUCUCUCUUCUUCUUCAGUUUUUACAAGACUGGAGACAAAGUUGGACAUUUAUGACCUCUGUUGGCGUCCACCCGGGCAUCGUUAGCAGGGAGCACUUCUUAUAAUUCAGCUUUAGAUUCUACGCUUUCAGGCUGGAUCACAGGCUCUUACAUCAUGCAGGUACAGCCAACCUGAGGAGGCUCAGGAGGUCACGCCCCUCAGGUGAAACUAGGUCAAUAACUCUGUAAACAGCAAUGCGUGUUUAUUGGACCAUUAUUAUUGUUUUUAUCCCGAGACAGUUAAAAAGUCGGGGUACAAAAGUGACAAAUCUGUGAGAUGAAAAUGAACUGUGAUACCUUCUUCAAACAGCAGAGGGCACUCUUUUGUUCACUAUUAACAUUUUCUUAAUAAUAGAGGCGCGAGUGAGCGUCCAAAGUAGCAUGUUCUUUUUUAUUCAUGUACAAUUUCAAUUUUUUUUUACUAAACUAGUCAGAGUUUGUGCGUCUCGUAUCCCCAGGAGUGUCCCGAUACAACUUUUUGACUUCCGAUACGAUACCGAUAUUGUAGCCUUCAAUAUUGACAGAUACCGAUAUUGAUCCGAUAUUGGCACAAACUUGUGCUUUACAAGUUUUUCACUCAGCUGUAACGUCUUUUUUGGACUUUAACGAAAAAUACCACCACACAGCCGACAUCACUCCUACUCCUCUCUGCUUUGUUCGUACCUUUGUACACUCUGUUGUUGUGAUCACGUGGUUUCUGCAUGCUGGAUCCAGGUGCUGCUAAAAAGAGGUGCCGGAGUGGAGUCUGGAAUGGACUGCUUGUAUCGCAGUGCUGAAAUUUGAGAUUUUAGAUGCCGGCCGAUAUAAUCUGCUCUUCGAUUAUUGGCUGAUAUCAGACAGAUAUCUGAUAUCAAUAUCGUAUCAGGACACACCUAUCUGCAGGUAACAGAGACACUAAGAGUGAUCAUGUAACUUCUUAUCUUGGCAUUUUUAUUGACGAACAUAACCGAAUGAUCAUGUCGAGUUAUCUGUUCUGCUUAUCGAAGUAACCUAAAACCAAAAUGUCUAAAAAGCGACACUUAAGUGAUGAAACUAUAAUUCAAAGUAUUUUUAAAACCUCCAAAAACCUGAUGGAGUUCCUGAACGCAGCUGAACUUUAUCCUGAACGCAGAGUUGACUGAAUCAUUUCAUGGUAAACGUGUGUGAAUGUUUUGGUUUUUAAAAGAGACAUAAAACAGGAUAUAAAUUAAAUUUGUUCUUAGCUCACCUUCAUGCCCUGCUGAUUAUAUAAAUCCAUUUUAAGCUUCUUCUAGUUCUCUUGUUAUUAAAAUAUCGUGGUUAUUCAUGCUGCUCACUGUGACUACAUCUCUUUGUCUUUGUGUGUCGAUAUUAAAUCCUCUCCAUUUAAUUUAAACUCAAACAUUUGAACAAAAGAGAGCGAUGAAGACUUUUCAUGUGUAAUUGGUGUGUUCUCGUAAACGUUCUCUUUAUUUCAGACCAGUUCAACUCUGUAUACUCUCCUCGGGGCUCGACCUUGAUGUCCUCCUCUGAUUUAGUUGUAAUACGUUCGUAUUAAAGUCCUCCACAGUCGCUGCUCUGCUCUCCAUCUCUCCGCUUUCUUCUUCUUCUUCUCCUCCAUUUAGCGUCAGUUAAUGGACUUCUCCACAUUCAGGUUGGAGAUGUUAUGAAGUAAACAGCAGCUCAUGAAAUAUUCACCACUCAGUCAGGGUGUAUGUCACACUCUGCAUGCAUGUGUGUGUGUGUGUGUGUGCAGUCAGGCGUACCUAACCGAGCCAGGUGACUCCCGCGCACACUCGCCCUCAGGUACACACAUGCAUAUGAAAACGCUCGGGGCGCCCCCGGAAAGCAACGGGUGUCUCUGCAUCUCAGCUCUGAGCCAACUGAGAUGUGAAAAGGAGCCGUGGGAGUGGGAGCACUUUGCUGCUGGAUGAGUCAGACACUCGCUGAUAUUCAUAUUGAUUAAAAAAAAACAGAGUAGGACUCGUUUAAUUAGAAUUUUGUUGUUGUUAAGAGUGGAAGGGGAGCAAACAUUUCAGGUUACACUAAUUCAGCCUCCAACAUUCGUCACCGCCGCCGCUGUUUGAUUGAGUCUGUUUUAAAUCCCUGAUCCUCUUGUGGUUCUGGUCUUAGUACUUGUAUUUUGAAACGUGUCCCGCUGUGUUCCCGACUCUCGUGUCAUGUGUCCUCUGAGAACUGGGUUAGAGGCUGUAAGGUUGCAGCUUUGAAUCCCCAGACCAGCUGAGAAAAUAGGCAGGAAAGCAGCUCAUUUUCCAUUGGCUGGAGAGAGAGAGUGGCAGCAGCGGCGGCGGCGGCGGCAGCAGGCUGCUUUCAGGUGGAAAUGAGAGUAGCUUUAUGGCUAUAAAGGCGGCCGUUUAUCAGGAACAGCUUGCUCAGCAAAGCAUCGCUGGAUAAAUAAUGGUUAAAAAUGGCUGCCAGAGUUGAAGUUGAUGUUUUUCCUGCUGAUCUUUUGUAGUUCAAACACCUGCAAACGUCUUCCCCUGAUACUGAGUCAGACUCCUCCGAUAAAACCGCUCGUAUACUAAGAAGAAAAAUUACAGCUAUAAAUAAUGUAAUUUCUCCCAUUGGCAUCCUUGUAAUGCCGCUGAGCGACUCCACCUGAUGCCCCUGCACCUGCUGCUUCCUGCGCCGUGAGGAGGAGGAGGAGGAGGAGGAGGAGGAGGAGGAGGAGAACAUCUUCGAGUUACACCCACUUCUGCAAGAAUGAAGAUGUGAAGUGACACACACAUGUGGUGUAUAUGACGCUCCUGUAACCUAAACUGUCCCGGCUCCAUGCAUAAUGCAGCGGCUGACUUCAUCACUGAGCGUAUUCGCCAGGAGAGCGGAGCGCGUUGAUGAAUGACCUCUGCUGCAGCCUGAGUCACGCUGGGGGAUGAACCAGCAGGACCUGAAGCGGGUCGUCUCUGCUGCCCCCUCAGGGUCCUGCGUGUCGCUGCAGCACAGUCCCACAUGUACCAAAUUACACUCGCCCUCACCUUCCUGUCGCGGCAAGGUGAGGGGCGCCACGGGAGAAGGGCGGUGCUUGAAACACAAGGUCGAGAGGAUGAUUUGGAGAGUACGCUGCGGAGACCAGGUCCAAUUUGUGAGCAGGAAGGUCCUCUUCUUCUUUUCUUUUACAAAGGUUCGAGGUCCUCGAAUUCAAAAGAAGUAAUGACAUAUUUGAUUUUGUCCAGAUUUGUCCAGACCUCACAAUCACGCUCCCACUUAACUCCAAAUCUGAAGAGGAAAAGACAGAAUAAAGAGAGAAAAGCUGUCCCGCCAACUUCUCUGAAACCCCGGUGUCAGCAAAUCUGUCACACAGCCCGACUUAUUGUGCCACAGUGGGACGCUUCUAUAUUUAUUAUAGUGACAUCAUUAUAAUUUCUAUUAUUUAUAAUGCCUGCUCCUGGUGAGUCGGAGGCAGAUAGGAGAGGUUUGAGAAAAUGAAGUAAUUCUUCGCGCUCAUUUUCGCUCCGACUAAAUCUCUGCUGGUUCCUGAAAAAAAAGAAAAAGCGCCGUUGAGAACAAUUUUCUCUUUAAUCAGGCCACUUUCUGCUGACACAGGGCUCAAUGGAUGUCUCCUUUUUCCUUUCUCUCAGUUGUGACACGCAGCAGUCUGAAAAUAUCAAAAGAGAGACCCUGAAAGCAUUGCGGCGAAAAGAAAUCCUCGAUCCUCCUUUAUCCUCGUUCUAAUGUCUGUAAAUGUAAAGACAGUUCUCGUGUUUUGACUCCUUUAAAUAGACGCUCAUCUUCACUAAUGGUUCGCAGUGAUUAACCACAGGUUCUGUUUGCUAACCCCCUCACACUUUCUGUGACCAGAUUAGCUCAAAACGGUUCCACCCAAUAUCAGGCUGUAUUUGCUUUUCCUAUUAAUAGAGCAUUAGGCUGUGCAGCAAUUCCACCCAAAGUGUGAGAUCAGCAGUCUGCGGCGCCAUUUCCAACAAUCGAAAACCCAUAUUCAUGACCUUUAGUGUGACGGAUGGGUUUUUCAGCGGGCCUGCUAUUUUAUACCUGAUUAUGCGGAUCGUUUUGCGUUGCCCUUGAUGCUGAUAGUGUUAGCUUGUGUUUCGAGGCUAUUAAAGGGGCGUUUCAGCAAUUAAGAGUCGGACAGAGAGACUCACACAAGACAAGUUUCAGAUUAGAUUGUCUGUUAAAUGCCCCAUAAUUAAAAAUCCAGGUGUUAGGUGUGUCACCUGGUUCAUGAAUCAAUCAUCAGGGUGAUCAUGUCAGGAGUAGAUUUUAAGACACAAGAUGAUCGCUACAUAAGAGCAAUUAAAGGUGAGGUAGGCAGGAUUUCGUUAAAGAAGCAUCUUUUAUGUGGUAUUUAUACAAAAAAUCUUCUAACAUCAGUCAAUAGUUAUUAGUUAUUGAUGACAUUUGGUAAUAUAUCGAUAUCUCUGUGUUCUCUUAUGUCUGUGUCGUCAACAUUUGAACAUUUUUGAGCGGUCCGCUCUUUCUGACUGUAAACAAAGCCGUUCUCCACCUCCUCUAACCUGAUUGGUUGUGAGGCAGACGCUGCUCCCCCGUGUCGUUCAGGAGCCCAAACAAAGUUAGCGUGCUACAAUAUCGGACAGUAGAAACCAACCAGAAAGUUCGGAAAGUUGUCUGAAUCCUCCUUUGGCCACGACUGCCGACACAAGCAAGAAAACAAAGUAAAUACCGGAGACUCUGGAGGAAUAACGGGCGCUUAAAACGGAGGUAGACCGGACAAGAGCUAAAAAGCCGGGUCAACAUAAACGAUGGGGGACGCUUGGGGAUCUUGGUGACCCUGUAACCUUUCUGCUUGACAGGUAAACCGCUUUAACAAAGUAAGACAAGUGUCUGUAACAGAAGUGUUUCUUGUCAAACGGACCUGCUGUAGCGUGUUGUAGCGCCAUCGCUAAACUGUCCUCCCUCGGGUCCUGGACUAUGUCCCUUUAUCCUCGUUGUAGAAGUCCUGCAAACAUUGUGUUUGCUGGUAGUCUGUUGGCAUCUACAGUAGCACCAAUGCUUUUGACUUUCACCUUGACUGGGCCCCAUUUGUAAUGAUCUGAAGUAUUUAUCUGCAUUAUAUCUGAAUUUAAUUGGAACGAUACGAGCGAGCAGGAGCGUCUGUUUGUGGGCGGGGCUUGAGGGGAGAGGAGGAGCUGAGGGGAAAACUGGUUGGGAGGGGUAGAGUUUACAUUCAAGAUUUCUCUCCUCAGAUCCUAAAUGUGAUCAGUCAAUUCUUGACCUGAUCCCUCGUCAAUAAUCAGUGAUUUUUUUCUGCAGAAGCUCUCAGUGCACCUCUGAGUUGAUGUACAGCUGAAGUUGAUCACUUUCUUCGUCUUUUGCCUCUCUUAUCUGCGAUGAUAUCACUGAGUCGGACAUUAGCAGUGAGGAGUUCAUGUUAAUUUCCCCAGAGUUGUGUUCAUACAUCAGUGAUAUACGACUGGCUUAGCUUGACUUUCAAGUAGAAGCACAACACUGGCCAGAAGUGUUAUCUCCAGAAAACUCUCAUAUCCUAUUUGGCAGCAGUUGCCUCAUCCCACAGUUUUAUAUAUAUAUAUAAAUAUAUAAAUAUAUAUAUAUGUCUCAGUUUUAGUCUACUGAACACAAACCUCAUUACGGCUCCUCAAACACAGUGACAAGGGCUUUUUCUGCCUUUCUCUUAGUAAAGUCCCACUUGUGCAUUAGCCGCUGAGUGCUGCCCUCCUGCAGCUCUUAUUCUCCACAGUGAAACACAGCUCAGCACAUCUCUGUGCCGCAUGCAUAAAGAGCCGUCCCGGUGUCAGCCUCGGUUAGCUGCGACAGGAUCGACGGCGGCGAGGAGGGGACGUCUGUGCAGAUUUUAAUAAUCCUGCAUCAUUUAGUAUAAGGCGAAGGAGCGAUGGUCGCCCCUCGCUGUUUGAGCGGUCUGAGCGUCUGUUUUUUUUAAGUGUGAGGAGUCUCUGUGGAGUUACAGCAACACGCCAUCAUCAGUAAACACCAUGUGCUGCUGUUAACCUACUUCUGUGCCUCAUCAGAAACACUGCCACGUGUCAAUCAACCCCACCGCCACAAAGUUUCCGAUGUUUGGCGUUGUUCCAGCCUCCUGUGGUACACACUCACAGAUGAUAGCGCUCAAACUCACACACACUUAUAGAUGCCGAGCACUGACACACCUGCCAGUCCUCAUCCCGUCACACGACCGGUCUUUGUUGGGGAGCUGACAGUGAAGGUUGCUUCAUAAACCCGGCACGCGUCCAUCCCCGUCUCCCCCGCUGCUCCGCGAUGAAGGGAAGUGAUGAUCCAGGGAUUUUUUUCAUUCCCUCUGCUCCAUUGAGCUCGCCGCAUCACCUUGACAAUGUUGCAUCCUGUCACGAAGGCUUAGGGGAUGGCAGCGGGCACUUUGAGGAGCGGGGAAUGUUCGGGGGAGGUUUAGUCACCUCCUAACAAAUCCAUCAGCUGUUGGACUAAGUCCUGCUUUUACUGUUGGACGUGAGUCUGUGAUGGCUGACAUGAAAUAUAUGUUUAGUUAUGCUGCAUGUGUUUGUGUGUCUGUUGUUCAGGAAGAACACAUCACUUUGUUCAUGUAAAACAGGUUUAUUCUGAUCAGUCCAGUCCAGACCGGGUCAUUAUGAGAGGACCAGUAUCUGUGUCUCGGUCCGCUCUCCGCUCUCUGAUGAACUGUGUUUCAGGCUCGACUCGCCUCCAUACUGGAUUUUUCUGUCAAGUUUGAUUCCUGUCCGAUCGCUUCAGUGGGUCCAGUUUGCUUUAAAGACUGUGGCUGUUGGUUCUGAUGGUUUGAGUCGGGUCAGUCCUAAUGAAAGGUUGUUCGUACGGCUGCAAAGGGGCGGAAAACUUCCAGAAACUUUCCAGAAACUUUCCAUGGGAAGUAAAGCUGGAGAAUUUUGGAAAUAUUCCAAAUUGGAAACUUUUAAUGGGAAUUUUUGGUAGUUGGGGUUAAUUUAAACAAACUGUAUCAUAUUCUAACAUAAAUGUAAAUAUUUUUGUUUUGUCAUGAGGAGACAUCCAUGAAAAAAUAAUACAAUUAAAAAACGUGACACACAUCAGAAUAUCUUACAUUUAGCAACUAUUUUUAUUCAAUUUUCUCAAGUUAAAUAUUAACACUAUUAUAGAUCAAAUAUAUUUACCCCAUAAUAUUAUCAAAACUUACUUGACUUUCUAGAGUUGGUGGACUCAAAUGUCUUGUGCUCUGGGCUCCAAAGUGUGGCCUCCAGGGUUCAAGAAAUCAUCUGCACAUGUGAUGGAGGAACGCACAGUACAUGUAGGGGGUGUGGCCUCAACAGCCCUGCAGUAAACAGUGUGAUCAUGUGAUGGAGGAGUGGACUUGGAUUAUAUCUGGUUGUUUUAGUCAAGAUUAUGCCACAAGAUAUUUUCACCAACUAUAUUUAAGUUCCUGUUGAGGGCCGACCUUCAAUUUUGGACAUUUCAGAUUUAUUCCCAUUAAUUCCUGUGGAAAGUUUCCAACUUUUUUAAAUUUUGAAACCCUAGUUGUUCACAAACUAAACUAUGACUUCAUGGUGUCUGUCUUCACUCCUCUAAUAGCCAAUCAUGAGGAGUCUUCAAAAGUCAAACCUCGAUGUUUAACAUCAUCCUAAAAUCAUGUCUUCUCUGUUCCUUCAGGACACGUCUCUGAUACAAGAACCAUCUGGGACCGAAGGAGACAGCAGGUCUGCGAGGGACGGGUCGGUCAAGAGAGAGCCGGUCGGCGGGGACAGAUCACAAACCCAGUCGUCGUAACACAAGCGUCCAAUCAUGGUGGCCAUGCUUUAGCACGGAGAGGAAACGCCGGUUGAUCGCUGGAGAAACGACCCCCACCAGUUCCUCACACACUCCUGAGCCACAAGCCGACACUCUCAUCCGUCAUUCGCCGUACGACGUCCCUGCAAAGAUGCCGAGGUUGGCACUGUGGCGCUUGUGGUGACGGGGCACAGAGUGUGUGCGCUCAUCCGGCGGGGGCAGGCCGGCAGGUUUGGUGGCUGCGCGGGCACACCAAGACGCGUUUUCAGAGUGGGCGAAGUUGAACCAUGCGGCCCUGGGCGGGUUCAUGGCGCUGGAUUACCCUGGUGCUGUUGGCCUGGGGCACACUCCUCUUCUACAUCGGGGGUCACUUGGUGAGGGACAGCGAGCACCCGGAGCGGUCCAGCAGGGAGCUCUCCAAGAUCUUGGCGAAGCUGGAGCGGCUCAAGCAGCAGAAUGAAGACCUGCGGCGCAUGGCCGAAUCUCUCAGGUAAGAGCUGUGUGCUGACGGUUACUGCUGGCAAACGUAAACAAUGAUGUUUGAUUUUCUGUCUUUUUUCGAUCUACUCAGUCAAAUUCAGGCUUUAAAUGAUUCGCAAACCUUAACCCCCUAAUUUCCACCUUCAUCCUGAACGAAAAGGUCGUAUCCUCCGAUAGUAGCUGAUCGUAACCAUUCAAGUUAACGUGUCAAUGUACAGACUUCUUUCCACUGUGGAUCGCCGAGUUCUAUUUUUUCUGGACGCCGGAGCAUGGCGGAUAAAUUCAGCACAGAUUAACCCAUGCUGGAAAGGAAGUCGGGCACAGACACAAAAUAAAACAUCUGGCUUCUUUUCAAAAUAAAACGAGUGAAAGGUUUUUAGAUGUCAUUUCACCCCGAUGACACCAUGGAUGAGGAGAUGCUGAUUCUAGAAGUCUAGAAGUAGAUUUCCUCCUCUGGAAGGACACAAUCUACUGCUUGUAUGUCUGUGUAUCUGUCUUUAUAGAGACAACUCGUUAUCGUGCAAUUGCGCUUGAAUCCGCAGGUUCUUCUGAGUUCUUGCGAUUACCGCUGUCCAUAAUCCGCCACAAAAUUCGCUGGACGGUGAAAAUCGCCGCCGUUCCAGAUCUGGGCUGUUCCGGAUGUGGUGGAAAUUCGGGGUUAGAUCCUUUUUUGACACGGUGGAAAGACUAGAGAUGGAGACGUCUAAGUGCAAAGACUCAGCACCUAAUCACAGAUGUGCUCAAAGUUACUAAAAGUCUUUACUCCGACCGAUCAAAACAAAAGUAAGACUAAAAAUAAGUUUGUGUUCACGUCGACGUGCUUCACGAAACGUUUGCAGAAUAUUCCAGUGACAAACAUUUCCAAAAGCAGCAGCUGUAGUCCUCAUCCUGAUCUUUGAGGAGAAACCAGGAUCUCCUCUGAACAUCUGCAGAAGCAGCAGAGCCAGCGCUGCGUCACAUCUGAAGUGGUUUUUCUAAAACGCAUCCUUUUGUCUUGACCGCUCUGGCGUGUCUUGGAUGUUGCGCGUCUCUGUGCGGCGAGCUCGGUCAGUGUUCUCGAUGUCGUGCUGGUGCAGUGCAUCACUCUCUUAAAUCUCUGCCAAACCCCGUAAUUAAGUCCACCCUCCAUCCUCCUGCCAGUCCAAUCAGUGUAAUUUUUCAAAUGCCAGAGUUUUUGCAGCGUUUUUGUUCUUCUGCUGAAGUUUCUGUGAAUAUUCAAUCAGCAUCUGAUUAAAUCGGCGUCUUCAGCCUCGUACCGUUAAACAAACAUGCCGCACGCUUUCAUCAAAAGCUGAUCAGCGGCGUCAGAGAUGCUGUGUGUGUGACAGACAGAUGGAUGGACUGUCGCACACCUCACCGGAUUUCAUUGUGUUAUUUUUUUGCAGACAAUAGCACAUUGCAGAGCCCAUUAACCACGCAGCAUCACUCACACAUCCGAGCUAUGUGUAAUCGAGAGACAGAUGGUUCUGUUCUUACCACCGCAUGCUGACAGCAUUUCUCUUAACACAUAAACAUGGGGCCUGUACAUGUGUGUGUCUGUGAGUGUGUGCGCAGUAGUGUGUCCUGCUGCGCUUCACAUUAACAGGAAUCCGAAGCUUCAGACGCCGCCAUCGCCGCUCCUCUGUGAUAUCAGGAUUCACUUUGAUGCGAGGCCCUCAUCAGGACACACCACCCUAAAAAAACACGCGUGUCGCCGCAGACGUCUCGCCCCUGAUUAAAUCCCCGGCUUUUGUAAUUAUUUAGAUUUGGCUCAAAAUUAAAGGUGGAAUCCGUGACGUAAAAAUAGAAGUGCAGCUUUCAGUCCAGAUGGGUCCCCGACACACACUGCAUGCUUGUUGCUUGUUAUUGAGUUUGGUUGUUGAUCUGGGACCGAGGCCUCCGCAGUUGUUUACUAGAGCAGCAGCGCUACACUGCCUUCUCAAGUCCCUGUAAGCCACAGCUAAGUAUCUGCCGCUGCAAGCCCAAGGCGGGCUGCUGAGGUUAGGCUUUAUGAGCUAUCGACAGAGACGGGGCUGGGUUUGUGCUCUGUUCGGUUUACCUGUGUGUGUGUGAGUGUGUGUUUCUGUGUGUGUGUGUGUGUGUGUGAGCGCGGUGGUCAGAUACAAGCCCAGGAGAGAACUCCAGCUCCACCUCAUCAUGUAGUGUCUCUUAUCCUCAUAUUAGAGCUCUAAUAGACACAAAGAGGCUGUUAGUGAGCUGCCCAUCAUUCCUUCCACUUCUGCCGCCCCUCCCUCCCUCCCUCCCUCCCUUCCUCGCCAACACGUUUCACUCCUUCUUCCUCACCUCCCUCCCUCCCUCCCUCCUCCUCCUCCUCAGCCUCAUUCAACCACCAAACUGCUGACAGAGGCAUGGCGCCGGGCCAGGCUCUGGCCUGCAGGUCGUCACUGACUGAAUGACUGACUACAUAACAAGUCAGUAGCACACUGAUCAACGAACUCGCCGCGUGACUGACCCGCUCUUCAGAUUUGGGACAUGAAUCCUUGAAUGAGCUCUUUGAAAUCAUCCGAUGAUAAAAAAGCUGCUAACCUUCACAGUGGCGUAUUCAGCGCUAAUGAGAAACCUCAGAGACACAAUCUUAUUACCACGGCGACUCUUCGAGUUGUUGUACAGUGGAAAUCUGUGCCAGUGUGAUGGAUUUACAGCUCUGUGUGGGAUUUAACUUGUUUAGUGUCCUCUCGCCAAUAAAGGACACGAUGUGUACGACGUUAUUAUGGGGCAGUAUCGUACAUUCAUCAUCGACCCGAGGGGAACCUGUUCAUUUACUCUUGAUGGAGAGUUACAGUCGAGCUGAUGAGAUUCUCAAAGAUUUGUCUUCAUUAUAAACGAUCAAAGUUUGUGUGUCUUCCCUGAGAGGAUCUAGAAACCUGUCCGAUAGAUUCUUGUAGAUCCGAGUCCUGAAUCCUGAACUCAGAGGUAACCUGUGAUUAAUUGAAUUUUAGUCAUGAUUUCUUUUUUGGCUCCCCACUAUCAUAAAAUCACGGUGCGGCGUGUAUGUAAGUUUCUAUGCUGAAAAAACACCUUGACUGCGUCCCUGUUAAGUAGGGCCUGACCGAUUUGGAUUUUUUGGGGCCGAUGCAAGUACAGAUUAUUAGGGGGGAAAAGGUCGUGGAUGAAGAUUGUCAUGAGGUCGCUUUGCCAUCUAUAGGAUAAGAAGGGGAACUUUUCAAACGGCGGAACAUUUCCGAAGUGAAACUGAAUCUUAUUCUCUGCAUUGUAUUUCUGAAAAUAUCUGCGAGUUUUGGCCAAUUACUGAUUAGUCUCAAACGGGAUAAAACUGACCGAUUUAUUGGCGUCGGACCCUACUGUUAAGUGACGUGUGUGGAUCAAUGAUAUGAGGAGCGAGCGAUUGAAAACAUGACAGGAAGGCAGCCUAUGGUUUCUAAGUAAGGUAGGACAACUUAAGGAACAUUUUGGCUUCAAGUUGACGGACGUGGAGCGAAAGGAAAUGGUUUGCAAAGUUUGUCACACUGUCGUGUCUGCUCCCCAAGGAAACACGAGCAACUUCAGGGUUUCCUCGACAUGCAGUUGAUCGUGGCGCACCACCACGGCUGAAUAUAAGCCGCCACGCCAAAAUUUUUUUUAUUUUUUUUUAUUUACACAUCUCCAACUCGGACUCAUAUGUAUUAGUAUAUGUACGCACAUGGGCGCUGCACCGCGGUGCAUGCGUGCGCCGAGUAUCAGCAUUAGCAAGUUAUUGUCUGCAAUCAUCACAGAGCUGAUUUUUUUUUCUUGUUUACUUGUCACUAAUUUAUUUCUGUCUGUUCUUUUAAGUUUUAGUAAAAGUUACGUUCUUGUGGUUCAAUAAAAACUCAAUGAAUAAUCAUGUUUAUUAAUCGUGAUUUCAAUAUCAGUUAAAAUAAUCGUGAUUUAUUAUUUUUGCCAUAAUCGUCCGGCCCUACUUUUCACACACCUAGACUGUUCUUGGUUGUUUCAUAAGCCGUCUUCAUAAGUGUCUGACAAGUCCGGACUGCAGACACUUGGACUCUUCUACUACAGAGCCAUGACUUGACCAUGACGAAGGAGACAUGAUUAAAGUGUCUUUUAUGUGGUCUGAAUAUACACAAAGAUCGUUUGUAUUCAGAGGACUAAAUACUUUGAUUCUUGACGUAUUACUCGUCGUCAUGUUUUACCUUCUUUAUUCUGCGCUCCUGGUUUCUUUGUGGAGGAAGUUUGAGGGGAAAUUAAUCAUUCUUUAAUCAACAUGCACAUUUAAAUAAGUAUCACCUGGCAGGCCCUCAGAUCCAGUCCACUGACUCCAUUAUCCGGGGCUGAUUUGAUUGACAGGCAGCACGCCAACCCACCACUCACCCAGCAGCAAUAAUGAGAGGUGAGCAUCAGGUCGGGUUGCUCAGUCUUCCUGGCUCCGCCCUCUCUGCAGCUGUCAGUCACCCCGGGCGCCCGGCCACGAGCCCCUGCAGAGACAAUGACACGUGGCAGCCUGAUGGUGUGACAUCGGAGGGAGCGAGGGGUUAGAGUGACAGCUGGGCUGAGCGAUGAGGACCUGAUCAAUCCUCCAGGCAUGCCAACAGACGAGGAGAGGGAAGAAGGGGGUGAUGGAGAGGAGGUGAAGAAGAGGAAGGGACUGAUAUGGAUGGUUGAGGAGGAGUGCACCGUGGGAGAAGGAGACAACAUGUUUUCUUUUCUGGAUGCCACCUGGACCGGAGGAUCUAACUUGGACUGGAGGAUCACCUGGUGCCAACAUCUCAAGGACACAGAUACAAACUAAAGGAGGGAAACACAUCUUUCUGAUACUUCUAAAACUGGAAAAUUAAUGUGACAGUAGAUUCAGAACCAUCAAAGUCAACCAAAGAUCAAAAACGGAAAUUAAUACCAACAGUACUUUGAUCAAAAACACAUAAAUCUACAGUGACCUACAGCCUUUUCUCAGCUGAACAUCAUUCUCUGAAGUCUUGGCUAUCAGGAGAAGAAAUAUUGGGAUUGGAACAAACACACAACAGAAACUAUUGACAUAUUUACACUCAUAUUUACAGUUUUUUUCUGCCACUCCUGGGAUGAGACAGAGGACCACAUCAUACUGCUAAGAAUCUCUUCUUUGCUUGUUUCCAAACAUUGAGGACCAAUAUUUCUGAUUUUGAAGACAAGCAGGGAACGUUCUUGUCUCUUGUUGAUCUUUGGUUGCCUCUUAUUGGACACUACUGUCAAGGGAACAAAUAGACGUCAUCAAAACAGCUUGUGAAACCCGGAAGACAGUAGCGGCAUUUAGCGAUAGUGAUCUUUUUUUUUAAUCACAACAAUCUGAUAAAUAAUCCCGUUUUCACCGGUUUUCAUCACUGCGGAUUUACCAUCAAACGUCUCUGAUCAAACACCUGUUUUUGUGGCUGGAUUGUGAACCUUGUGGCAGGUGUAGAAAUGUCUGGAAACCCUCGAUAGAUCGCUAAAAGGGUAAUCUUUUGAACACUUUUCGACCCAUAGAGAUACACAGUAUAGUUCCUGAGAAACUGUAAACAAUAUUCAUGGUGAUCCAGUGGAGUUCGAAGUGUUAACUUGGACUUCUUCUGCUCUCCAAAGCCAGCGUCUCCUUCUGUCCAAAGGGACUUUAUCCAGUAAUGGUCUUAACUCCACGCAGCACCAACCAACAGAUGCUGCUGUCACUCCAGACCUGCGCUCCCGUUGACCCCACCGCCGGUCAGACCAGGCGAAUCAAAGUCUACUCCUGCAGCGGCGUACACUCGCCUCUUUGUGGAGGACAUCUCUGUCAAGUACCCGGGCUCAGAGAGCGUGGCGGCGUGGCUCGCCCUGCCUGCAUGUACUGGAGCAUUAGAGCGUGUGAAGCAAGAACGCGGCAUUCCUAAUCAGUUUAGUUUGAGUCGUGGACGGGCGUUACAUGGAUACAGCAGAGGAAGGAGACAUAGAGAUUAGAUCCAUUUAUUUGAAACAACAGAGAAAUAUUCCCCCGACAAAAACAAACACAUGAUACUGUAACAGUCAGUGGAUAAAAACAGAGCUCUCUUUGUUGUUUCUGUCAGAUUAGUCGGGCCUCACAGGAGCAGGUUUUCAUGGUCAUGCCACAGUUUUCAGUCCUCUCAUUCCUCCAUCAUUCCUCUAAUUUAUAAGCUUGACUUAUUGGAGUCAAGUGGUUUGUGCAACACAUGAUGAUGACUUUCCCAGAAUCCAUUGAGUGAUGCAUCACCAUGAAGUACUGGACACACUGACAAACACGUGCAGAAGGGAGAUGUCCUGAUAGAGUUAGUGUGUGUUUGUGAGUCCAUCCGUCAGUCAGGAGAAACUUAAUCAAGAACUGAUAAAUAUUUGAGCGUCUGUGACCGUGAUGGAUGAAAACCUCUGUAGAUGUUGAUGUUUUGACGAUGGUUGGAAGUCCCAGUGGACUGGGUAACUUAGGCUGCGCUCAAGUUUCCUCGGAGGUCAGAAGUCCGAGCUGAAAAUGACGUUACAUUCGAGUUCGCAGCGUUUCAGUUACCUAGUUGGAAGAAAGCAAAAUCGGAGGUGCAAACAAGAUGGCGACAUCUACGAAAGUUAGUUUAGCGCUCGCCUUAUAUUUGGAAAAGGCAUCUACAUUUACGAUUUUGCUUUUUUUGGACUAGCUAACUGAAACACUGGGAACUCAAGUGUGACGUCAUUUUCAGCUCAGACUCCUGAGGUAACUCGAACACACCAUUAUCGGUCGAUACGUGCUGAGUCGACCAAAAUUCUGAUUGGUCGACUCAGUUUUUUUCCGCAUCAGUUUACAGUCUGUGGUUAAUUUCAUCAGGAGGAACGUAUCAAGUGCUAAUGGGGGUGUUUUUACUGGAGACUGACGGGAAACAGGAAGAUUGAAUAGCGUCCACGUCAAUCAACGUCCGCUGGUUUGCUGAAUAUUUAUUUUUAUUUUGAAGGUUUCGAAUUUCAUCGUGUUCAAUCACCUUCUUGCGCUGAUAUCAGUAUAUUUUCUCCGAGCCGUGUCAUCCUCCGCUGCAGAAGGGUUUGCCAUCAGAAUUGGAAAAUCACCCCUCCGAUUAGUCGCUUUUUGGUCAAAAAUUUUGGGGUUUUAUUCGACCAAGAAUUUAGUUGAUUACAGCCCAAGUUUCGCCUUGUUUUGAAAUAAUUUUAUUAAGUCAAGAUGAAGCAGACACUAACACAGCUAUAAAACAUCUUUAUCACCACAGUUAGCUAUCUUUGUCUGAGUCUAAAGUUCCCAUGAAGGACUCUCAGUUUGUGAUAAAUUUGUGGACAAAGCCGUCUUUGCUCAUUUCGUCCUCUCAAAGCUUAAGUCGUGUAUUUUGACAAAAAUAAACUCCUCCUGCUGACUUCUGGAGGUUAAAUCGAUCUGUUUUUGAGAUUAUUUUAACUGGAUUAGGGUUUAAAUUUGCUUUCAUCCCAUAAUAAUGCACCACAUACCAUUCUUUUCUAACUGUAUAGACAAAUAUUCACUGAGCAGAAUCCUGUUGAUAGAAAAAAACAUGUUUUUCUGUUGAUGAUAAAUAUCCAGGCUUCGACUUCUCUUCUUCCUGAUACCUGAUCGUCCAUUUAAAGCAGGAUCAGAGGGAUUUCUGUGAUUGUUGUAGUUAUUGGAAUAAGUGAAACACACAGUAUCAGAGCGUCACAUCAAAGUCUCUUUGAAUGAGAAAUAAUCAGAUCAGCAGGUUCAGAUUUCUGGGCUUGAAUCCGCUCUUCGUACGCUUUGAUAUUUGUGCCGUUAAUUACAUGGAAACAGAUUUCUAGUGAAACAUUGAUGAGUUUGGUGCGCUGAUGUUGUUUGUUGUCGGCUGGUAUUAUUUCACACACACUUCUGCUCCUGAUGUGGCGUCUUCACCUGUAUGAACGCUUUUCAGGGUCGGCUCAUCGAUAUUCUCCUGAAGCCGACGGGAGUAUAUUAAAUCUCACUGCAGAAACAUGCGUGCACUGCAGAGUCGCUCGUGCCCCCACUGUUCACACGACUCCGCCCACCUCUGAUCACCCCAUGAACUCCGUGCGUACGAGGUGCAGGGGGGGGGGCGAGCCUGCGACAGCUGGGGCCGCGGUUCACAGGAAACUGGGUUGCAUGCUGAACCUCACCUGCUUUCCGGCUCAGCGCUCGGCGCCGGUGGGGCUCAUCACCAUCACCCCCCGCUUUCACAGCUUGUCUUUCACCGCACGGUACCCCCCCACCCACCACCACCACCACCACCUUUCUGCCCCACCCCCACCUCUAUCGUUUGAUUAAGACGCUGUUGAAUCCAGCUGCCUCGUCUCUGCUCCAGGUUCUCUGGAGAUACCGUCACUGAUCAUUUGUGUAUUUGUGCUCUCUCUCUCUCUCUCUCUCUCUCUCUCUCUCUCUGUGUUUGCCUCUGAGUGUUUGGAUUUAUUUUAUAUCUACUUCUCUUGGUUGUGUUUCUCCUGCACCAGCGUUGUGUCUCAGCAGCUUACGUCUCCUCUGAGCGUGUUCGCUAACCUCUGUACCGCGUCUCCGCUCAUUAGCCGGCGCUGCUCUGGCCUAAUUCUCCUCCCUUGUUCGAGGAGAUAUCCUGUUGCUUUGCGUUUCAGUUUUAGCUGCACUUAAAACCCCUGGGAAAUGAUGUCACUUUGGAAAUAGUCCUACUUCCUGUACAAUGGUGUUGAAAGAAGCAGGCUCGGGUGUGUCCUAGUUGAAUAUUGUUUGAACGGAUCGUAGAGUUCACACAAGGAAAGGAAAUACACCUGGGUCGUGUUUCAAAAGAUCUGUGUCAAGUAGCGAAGAGAGGGAGCGGGAAAUUAUGACAUUUGAAAAGGCGUGAUGAUGCAACAAAAGUCUAAAAAGAUUUGUCUUUGUCCGGCGCCGUCGUCACAGCGUUACAUAAUCAAUGAAUCUCGAUUUCUGCCAUUUUCUUCUCCGUUAUUUCCCCGACUUUGAAGCACAACGCUCCGUCAGCGCUCGCUCGGUUGCAGAGGGAGGCCGGCGGAGCGUCUCAGGAGCGAAAAGACGAGCUGUUGCAACUUUAAAAGUCUCAUCUUUAUGCCUGCCAGCGACUGAUGUUCCUCACUCAGCGAGCAAAUUGAGUUUGCAUGCCUUGAUGACUCAUUAACAUGGCCUUUGCAGCACUUCGCCGAUGCCCCUGUGCAUUCCAACAUAUUCCAUUUUUAAUGGUUUCUGUGGAGGAAUUGAUUCACGGCUUUCUGGUCUGAACUCAGCGCUCUGUGUUUGGCACAGUCCUUGUUUGUGUUUCCUUCACAUGGACGAGGCGCUUAUUCAUUUUUCGUUAUUGUGCAGAAGUGCCAGCGUGCUCUUUUAUAUCUUUGUGUUAAUUAGGAUGUAAACAGAGCGGUUUAAUAUUUAAAUACUAUUCACUUGGAGUAAAAGCGCGGUACAUUAAUGUAGAGCAUAAUAAAUGGACUUUGUCUGCCUAAACAUCAUAAUGAGCAUUCAGGCCGCGCUGUGUUAUUAGCCGUUUCCCGUAUUGGCGCUCUCACAUCUCUGUAAAUGUGUGCUUACAUUUCAGCGAUGUGCAUUAAAGCAUAAAGACCACACAGCUCAGAGACGAUCAUACAGAUUUAAUCGUAAUGUAGAGAGAAUUAGGUUUUAAUCCUUCAUGAUUUAUCAAACUUCAGAUCUUUAUGAUUCACACGUAUAUAAAGCUAACAAAGCUAACAUGUCCGCUGCAAUAAAAGGGGAUUUCCAGAUAAACGGUUCAGUGCAGGACAAAUCCUCUUCCAGGAAUCGACUGGACUCUGAUCGCUUUUUAAAUACAUAUAUUACUGAGUGGGAUACUCAAUCAAUGUAAGAUAAAUUCAACAAUCCCUGAGGGGAGACGGUAUUGUCAUCGCAGCAAAUGGUGUUAAACAUUACAAGGUAAAGAUCAGCAGAAAAAAGCAGAGGAAGAGGAGGAUGAUGAUGGGAGGAGGGUGAUGAUGAUGCACCGUCUGCUCAGGAGACGCAGACGAAUCUCCAAGGUGACCUCAGACAUAUUGUCAAGGUUGAUGUGAUAAAUGGUGAUUGAAGUGAUUAUAAUAAUCAGAAUAAAGACGGGGAUCAAAUGAAAGGGAAGUGGUCAGGUAGACUUUAAAUAAAAGUAAUCACCAUCUGUCAGUGAUUUUAAACGAUCGAUUUUAUCCUCCUAAACUCUGACCCACAAACUGACAUUUACACGACUUUAGAGACAAACACAUUAUUUCAUUGUUUCAGCCUCUAAACUCUGUAAUAGAGCUGGACGAUUCAUCAAGUUUUAAUCAUGAUUUCGAUUUUGUCUUCUUAUGAUCAUAAAAACAUUAUAAUCGAACAAAGACGAUUAAUGCGCCUCACGGUGCAACGUGUAUGCAAGUUCCUGUGCUUGAAAAACACCUUGAAUGCACCUCUGUUACGUGCAGCUGCAGCAAACAUGUGAUGUAUGUGGGUCAAUAAUAUGAGGAGCGAGCGAUUGAACAACUUCAGAAACAUUUUGGAUCAACAUGACGGACGUCGAGCAAAAGGAAGUGAUUUGCAAAGUUUGUUACACUGUCGCGUCUGCUCCCCAAGUAAACACGGCCGACUUCAGGGGUUUCCCUACAUGAAAUUGAUCGUGGCUCUAACUCUACCGUAUUUUUCGCACUAUAAGGUGCACUUCAAAUCCUUCUGGCUUGGUCAGAGCGCUGCAGCUACCAUAGCCUCGCGGCGUUAUUGAAUGAGUUCAGUAAAGUUUGACUAACUGACUGUUUUGUUUGGUUUAAUGCGCUUUAGAAUCCGGUGCGCCUUAUGUAUGAAAAUAGACGUGAAUAGACACAUUCAUCGAUGGUGCGCCGAAUAGUGCAAAAAAUAAGGUAAUUCAUAUACAGUUAAAACCAGAAGUUUAAAUACACUAUAACCUUUUUUUUUUCUCACCGUCUAACAUCAAAUCAGAUUAAACUUUUCCUGUUUUUGGUCAGUUAGGGUUACCUAAAUUAUUUUUAUUUGUUAAAUGCCAAAGUAAUGAUGGAGAGAAUUUUUUAGACAAUUUUUUAAUUAUUACUUUCUUUAAUAUUCUGUUUGCUGCAUGAGACACCAGAAAGUGAAGAAACUGGAUCUAACACCAUCAGGAUUUGUUCUAAAGUAAACUGACCAGGUUUGCUCCAGAGAGAAUAAAUUCUUAGUUGUCUUAAUAAACAAUAAAGUUUGAAGUCGUGUUUUAGUCUCUGAGGAAGAAUAGUUUCUUUAAAAGGUUGAAAAUUGACUCAUUUCUCUAAUCAGCCUAAACACGGGAUCACAGUGCUGUGAGACGCCAUCUGUCCUCCAUGUUUGUUUACACCCAGCAAAGCGUUCAGGCAGUAACCGCUGACUGGAGCCGCAGCCCGGGUUCGUGGUGGGUGGCUGUGCUGCAGCUGAGACUCCACACACCAACACAGUUUCCCUGAUAUCGAUCGUUUCUUUAAUCCGCGUGGGUGACGAUGACGUUAAAUCGCUUCGUCAUCUUAAUGCACACAUCCCUUAAAGUUGCUGAUCUUCACAAACAGGGAAAAAUGGACUCUGAUGAAGAAAAUAAUCUGGGACAGGAGGCUGUGAAGCUCCUCCGAUCCUGAUCCAGCUCAGUUCAGAGCAGGUCGGUCUGAUAAACACUCUCAGACUCCUUCACCUCGUUAACCACCGUUCAAACUCCAGCCAUGAAGACGUAAAACCGAGUCGUGCAAACGUGCGGCCCGCAGCGUUUCUCCACAGACUUUGUUGAUGGUUAACAACAUUAGCCGAGCCGCAGCCUCCAUGUUUUUCUAAUUACAGUCAAGUGAGGGGUGUGCGUAACCUCCAGUCGGCGGUGGGAACGGUUAAUGAAGACGCCGGAGAGAAGGAGAAAACCUUCAAUCAUCUGUUAGUCAGCCUGCUCACAACUUCAAAGAAGAAAUAAGAGAUUUCCUCUUUAUUUCUUCAGUCGGCUUUGAUUAGCUUCAGUCUGGAUCUGCUGAAUUUAACACGUCUGAAAAAACACUCGGCUUUGAUUGACAGCUCUCUAAAGUCUGACUGUAAACUAACCGUUCGUUUUUCUUAUUUUCUUCAAGCUCAUAAUUUCUCUUCUGAUUUCUAACAGGACACUUAUUUAGAGUUUCGGUUUUGCGUGUUUUCUGUUCUUCUCUAUCUCUUCCUCCUUCGAUCGAUGUGCUCACAUGCUCCCGUACUCCCCCAUCACAUCCUCUCCUCCUGCGUCUCUCUCUCUCUCUCAGGAUACCAGAGGGUCAGGCGGAGGCGGGCUCCCUGGCUGCCGGGAGACUGCGCUCCCUGGAGGACCAGCUAACCAGAGCCAAACAGAAGAUCCACAGCUUCCAGAAACUCACUGGAGACGGUAAGCAGAGCGCCGCCACCCGAAGGUUUGCGGGCGGGGAUUUGGCACGGCGCUCAGAAAUGUGAGAGGAUUGAUUUUAGAGGUGGGGAGGUCGACUGUAUAUGGUAUUACACCAGUCAAAGGCCUUCUUGAGCUUCGCCCUCCGGCGAGAAUCUCCGACUACUCCGAGGGUAAACCUGCCGCAGCUCAGCGGCGAUGAUGGCGGGGCCGGGCAGUCGGAUAGGCAGGGUUAUGUGCGCACUCGCCGCUCUAAGCAGCGGUCAGAGGAGCAGGAAAGCUGUCAGGGUAGAGGGGAAACGUGUGAAUGAAGUGCAAAGAGUGUGAACGCUCCAAUGGCAGCAUCGGAAACAGGCGGAGAGGAGAGAAAAGAGAGCGACAGGGAGAAAAUAAAGAAGGACAUGUGAGCGUGGAGGGCAGCGAGAGGUCAGCCUUUCCAUCUCGCCGCAGGGGAAGAAAAAGCUAAAAAUACCCUCCAGCUUUUUUUUCCGAGGAGGAAGAGGGAGAGAGGGAGAGGAGAACGAGUGGAAGAAAGGAAAAAAGAAAGAUUUUCCCUCUCCACCAACACCUCCUUUUUAUUCUGCUCGGGGCUGUCCUCUCCUCUCCUCUCCUCUCCUCUUUUUUGUGUUUGUUUCCCUUCACAGAAACCAGAGCAGGCAGAUGCGUUGUCCAUGCGAGUCUCUCCACAUUGUUUGUCCUUCGGAGGGGUGUAGAGUUCCUUCCUGUUGUUCCACUAGUCUGAGAAAACGAGGAAAAACUGCUCCUUAAUGAGGUCAAAGCAACACCCAAGGACAGAGUGAGCGAGGAGGACGGGUUUACGGUGUUUAGCUCAUAAUCGAACCCUCAAACGUUCCCGUCUCCUCUCUUACCUCCUUCCUUCGAGCUGUUUUCCCAAAGAGACGCUUUGAAGGCAAAAGUCAUUGAUUCUUUGUUUUAGAUCAUACAUGUGCUUCCAGCUGUAUAUCUGUGUUUUGUUUUGUUCUGAUUUCCCCUCCUCCCCCCUCGUCUCACAGGCCCGGGGCCCACUCAGGAGGAGCUGCGGAGGAGGGUGGAGAACGGCGUUAAGGAGUUCUGGUACUUUGUGCGCAGCGAGGUGAAGAAAUUGGCCAUCAUGGAGACCAGCGAGAGGCAGAAGUACGCCGACACGCUGCUGCAGGACUUAGGACACCAGGAGAGGUGGGGAACGGUCCACAGCCUGACAGUCAUGAGUGGAAACGUGGAAACGUCCCAGAAGGACUCGAAUCAACAGAAAUGAGUUUAAAUAAAUAAGACUGACGGGUGUUUAGAAACUCGCUCAUCAAGGAUAAAUAUUCUUAUUCUCUGACAUGACGGUCCGAGAGUUUCCUGAAGGUGAAAUCAGAAUCUCUGUUUGUAGAUCCUGAUCACAGCUGAAAUACUGACCUGCAUAUGGAGCCUCUUCUCUUAACGGUGUUAGUCUAAUUAAAUCUGUUACCAGAUUACGGGACUAUCCAGACCGAGCAUCAGCAUCGAUCACUCUGAUCGGAUUAGUGAUCCUCGCACUUUUUCAUCUCAAUGUGUGAGUUCAAAAGAAACGUUUAAUUCUCAUAUAGAAACUGAGAAACUGAAUCCACCCUCCGCUAACCACAGCGCUCUGAUUUUUACAGUGUAGUUUCAGCUCCACACAGCAGACUCGCCUCAAGGCCCGCCAAAAUAAAACAGAUAAAUCAGAACUGAGGAAGGUUAAAAUCAGCUAAUUUGACGAUUGAUUAAUCAGUCUGUAACCUUCCAAAAACUCCAAUCAAUCCAACGUCUUUCAGGCUGAAAACUUGAUCAGUUAUCAGAGCAGAACAAUGACUAAUUCAGGUAAGAAGAACAACACUCCUCCAGGUGAGUAGAGAUGAAUAUUCAGGCGAGCCGCGUUGUUUAGAGACUCACGACCUCCGGCCUGAUCGACCCCCGGUGUCAGAAACUUUUUACAGGCGCACUUGAAAGCAGCGCUCGCAGUUCUUAAAGGGCCGACGGAGAGCAGAGGCCGCGGGCGCACCCUGUCUGUGAUCCGGAUGACUGGUUUCCAUUCACCUGAGCGAGGAGCGGCCUGGUGUCACUGAGCAGAGAGCGCCUUUGUAAUCCUGCUCAAGUGGUUUAGAGCGUCUAUUGUCUCAGCCGCAGCCGUCUAAGCUGCUCUCAGAGGCUGACUCCUCACCCCCCACACACACACCUACACAUACGUGCACUUAGGUCACCGACUCUCCCAUGCAUUUACUCUGUGUGUGUGUGUGGAUCGGGGGCAGAGGUGGAGAGAGUCAUAAAAAGUGUAACCGGCGGUUCCUCAUUUGAAUUCUGCUCAGGAAACAGACGAGGUUCCAGUCUUCAAACGUUUCACAAGUCAAAUAAAACGCCGCGCAUUAAUAACACGUGCAAUUACCUUCCCGCUCCGGCAGUGAAAAUGAUCGCCGCAUUAUGAGGAGCGCUUAGUUCCUGUCUGCGGUAAAGACAGCCGAGAGGAGACGGUGAAGGAGAUUCAAAGAAAUCAGACGGAGAACUCGACCGGUUUGUGUUCAAAGUUCAGAUCAGUCUGCAACAGAAAAUGAGGGAGAUAAACACGUCUGCAGAUCUGACAGAAACAGAGAGAGAGAGAGCAUCAGAGCGCCGCUUUAAAACCAUCUGUAACUUCUCUUUAAUAUAUAUGUGAAAUACUGAGAAAUACUUCAUCUUCUGUUGUUUCCUGCUGUUUAAACACUUCAAUAAGAGAUCUCUGCGAUGUAAAACAAAACGCUUAUUUAACCUGAACACACGCCUGAAUUAUGAAGCCAAAGAAAAACCUAUUUUUGUUUUUAUAGACGACUUCUUAUAAAACACGGACUAAAUGACCUCAGACUCAUCGUAAACUGACGCUGAGGAGUAAAAAUAAGUCCGACAUGGUUCCUUUUUUUCUGCAGAAAUACCGAAACGGAAACAGCUGUAGAUUAGUUUACUGUCUUUUUUUUUAGAUGAACUUGUUUUUGCAGCUGCGAAAAAUCAAAGUGAAGCCAAUUAAGACUUACAGAUUUAAUUCUGGGUAUAAAAAAAACUGAUUUAGAGACGUUUCUGGGAUCUAUCCAAAUGUAAAAGUUUUUAAAACUGAAACUGAGAUGAAAAAAGAGAAAAAAACAACAUCGUAGAUUAGAUUCAGAGUCGAACAUCUAAAUACUCUGAAUUCCCCACAGAAAGGUAAAAAUAGGGUGACCAUUUUCUAACUUCCCAAAAAGAGGAAACAACUACGCGGGGGCGGAGUCACAGAGUCACAUGAGGUUAAUUUUAAGAUUUUUUGGGGGUUGGAUCGAGUGUCAUUUUUGCGCUUUUAACUCAGUAAGUCCUCGUGACGCAAACUCGAAACUUCCGUACAAAACCGCGGACAUUUGAAGGAUUUUAUAAACUUCCUUGUAAAAACCCGGACAGCCUCCAAUAUAGGACAUCUCCGGGUAAAAGAGGACGUAUGAUCACCGUAAUUAAACAAACACGACUCAAGGUGCAGCUUUAAAGUGGGUUUAAGUUUGUCUCCACUGAGCAACAGACGCUAUUAGACGUUUUUUAGACCUGAUUUCAACCGUCUAGAUUCUUUAUAUCUGUAGACGGAAUUUAGACGUUGCACUUUAACCUGCUAUUCGAUAAGUAUUUAUUUCAAAAAGCAACUGUAAGAUGCAUAACUGAUCUCCAAGUACUAAACCAGAAUAUUUAUGUUAGUCAUUGAGCAAAAUACAGGUAGACCUCUGUUAGCCGGCUAGUCUAAACUCGGUCUAAAUUUAGACGUCUGAAAACUUUCAUUUUUAGACCUGUGGUAACCUGAUUUUAGACCAGUCGUCUAGACUACAUUUAGACGUCUGUUAGACCUCUUUUAGACCGAAAAAGUCCUGAAACAACACGCCGUACAGCGAUGGGCGAGUCGACUCAGGCUGUAACGUUAGUUCACCUAAAAGCGUUUCCUCUCGGUGCGUUUUCACAGCUCGACUCCGCUGCCAAGCUGAGCCGCUGCAGCCUCUCCGUCUGUAUCAUCGGGGAAGCCCACCAGCUUCACGGAGACCACACAGCACGAGUCUAUCUACACACACUGGAGCCAAAACACCUCCAACACGUUUAGAUGUCAGGAGCGGAGAGCUGUGGCGGCGCUCCGUGUUGUGUUGUGUUCCUGUUGGGUCCCUCGGGGCCUGUCUGUUGAUUCCUUCUGGUUAAGAUUUGCGGCCGCUCAGGUUUGCUUUUCCUCCCCUCGGAGGGGCGGCGAUGGCUCCCCUGUGAGCUCCUCAAGGAGAGUUUGACACCCGUUCAUCACACACGUUCAUCUCACACUGUGGGUCCUGCUAUAAAUCAGGACAGUGAGUAAUGAUCCGGUGUUAGACGCAGAGAAAGGAACUCUUCACCCUGUUGAGAAAGAGGAGGCAUGCUUCCUUUGUCUGCUGCUGCGUGUGCGUGUGUGUGUCUGUGCACGCACUACUGAAUCCACGCUAAAGGAUCCUCACUCACACAGGAUGUGACUGAUUUGGGUCGAUGAUGUGAGUAAUAAAUGAAGCUUGCAUAAGUGUUUAUGUUUGUGCGAGUGUGUGUGAUGUGUUUGCUUCUGCCCUCAGCUGCACACUUCAGAGCUCUCGGCGGCGCUCUAAGUGGUCGGUCACGAUGUUUGGCCGUCUUUGACACGUACACAAAUUCACUGAUGGCAGAAGACUUAAUCUGAAAGAAGACGCUGACGUCAACAGAAACGACACUUGUGCUAAAAUUAUCCUGAGAGCGGUUUGAGCCUCGGUCAUUUUCACCGUCAAUAUUUGCUGUCUGGUGGGAGAAAACGGGGAGAGUGAUGAACUCUAGGAGCUGAGAUAGACCGAGAUUAACUCUGAGGUUAGUUCAGGAGAGUCUGAGUUUAAGACGAACAAAGUCAACGAGAAGAGACACCAGAUUUAUCAAAUAUCUAAGACCCGGUCCAGUUCAUGUCCACAAAACCCGUCUGUAUAUUUAUGAGGGUGAUGGUUUUAGGCAAGAAUAAGAUUUAUAUUUCAGAGUUUGGUGGUUUUAUUAAAUAAUAGUGUUGACUCCAGCAGUUACACAAGUUUAUUCUACAUUUUUAAAACACUUACACAAGCAGUAAGAGAUAAAAUACAGUUUUCAGCUGUUUUAAAGGAGAAUUACACUUUUUUAGGAGGUCAACGAGGAAGUAUAUUGUUCUUUUUUCAGCAGUUCUCAAAGCAGAUGUCGACUUUCUUGGGAGUAAAAGUAAGGUUUAUACUUACAAGUUAUUUGAGAAGAUGACUGAAUGUUUUUUCUGCAGUUUAACAAGUGCACUGUACAGUUUUGAAGAUGUUGCAUUAGAGUUUUUACGCUAAAUGAGCAAAUCGUAGAAGAAUAUUGUGAAAUUGCAGGUAAAUAAAGAUCUCGUUGGUUUUUACAGUUAUACUGUGACUUUGUUCACUCUUUAAGCAUUUUAGGAAGUUUUCUGUCCACUCAUAUGAAUUGAACAUUUUUAAAGGAAUCAGACACAAUUGUGUAAAAGUAUUUCUGUCACUUUUUGCAGGUUUUAAACAGACUUUGCAUUUUGCUUUUCAUGUAAACAAACAGUCGUAUCGACUGCGAACGCCGUCCUCCAUGUAUUCUCGUUUAUCGAUCCUUCCACCGUAAUAAUCAAACAGUUUCUUUAUGACUUUCUUUCUUCUUAAUUGAUUAGAAAAACCUUCUUUUCACAAAUCCAGCUCUGUACGGUCUCUUUGUCGAUGAAGCGGCGCCUCGUGAUCAGAGCUGAGAUUGCGGAUGUGACAUACAGACUAAAUGAGACACGCCGCUCGUCUGCCUUUCCCAAUUAGACUGAAUAUCAUUUGGAUUUUUACCAACUCUCGUCCCCGGUCAGGUGUUUGUUUGCCAGGAUCCAAACAGAAACACUUAUCAGGGUAUAAUUAUUCAGCGCAGAUCUCCUGUUCCCUAACAAGUACACUUUUAAUGUCAUGGUGACCGUGAACAUCGCCGUCUUUAAAACAGAAAAGGAGGUGAGCCGUCACAGAAUUAGUCAUUUUGUCUGUCAGCGUCAAAUUAGAGUCAAAUUUUAAACUAACAAAUAUUAAAGGCAGACUGAUGGAGAGCUUUAGCUUCGUUUGUCAGCAUGUCAGACUGUACUUGAAAAUGUGAAUACUGUGAAAACGUCGAUCGUACAUCCCUGCCUCCGUCUAAAGAUGGUGUUUCCACAUGUGUGUGUCUGCAGGUCCAUCAUGACAGACUUGUACUACCUCAGCCAGGCAGACGGAGUGGGCGAGUGGAGAAUAAAAGAGGCUAAAGACCUGUCGGAUCUGGUCCAGAACAGAAUCACCUACCUACAGGUAUCUACAGACGCACCUGCUGCUUCACCAACUGGCCCUGCACUCUCUCCCUCUCUCUCUCUCUCUCACUCACUCCUAUAUCAAGUCAUAAAACACACCCCUGGAUGUUUCCCUCACACGUACGCGCUCUCAUACGCGAUCUUCGGGACAUCUUUCACACUCGCUCAUCUCAUUUGCACCAUCCAUAACUGUCAGCAGCAGCUCCCACGAGGAGCAGGUGAGCUGCGUGAUAGCAGACUGUUCCAGCAGUUGGAUCUGACAAGCAGGAUUCUUGUUGCUUGUCAGCGCUUUAGCGGCACACACACACACAAACACGUGCACACACAACAUGCGCAAAAAAGCACAGACACCGACUCGCGAAAUGACAGAUCGGCAGACAGAUAUGCAGACGUGCAGAAAUGUCGACACAGAGCGGAGACAGACACGGGCGCAGAUAGAUGCACAUAUGCUUACAGCUCCAUAGAAACAACCUGAGAGGCGCCGUGACACAUCAGCUCACCCCCCGCCGACUCACUCCCCUUCCCCAAAUCUGGUUCUGCUCGGGUUGGGCGGCGCGGCGCGGCACCGGGCCCCGCAGCAUUAAUGAGCCGGUGUGUUUGAUGAAGAGGACCCAGUCAGUCUGGCUGGGUGGAGACAGCACCACUAACAGCUGCUGUCACCACCGCUGAGGGAUCACACCGCUCCACCAGCUGCCAUCACUAAUUCAUCACACACACACUCACACACACACACACACUCUCCCAAAGUCGUGCGCAGAUGGAUUCACCCACACCUAAGCGAGAAGUUGGCACACACGUAUACCCUUUGCCUCAAGAUUGAUGCACAUACUCAUAAGCAGAGAGAUGCUCUGCGUGCGUGUGUGUCCCCUGCUAUCUCUCUCUAUAUGUACACACAGCGACAGACUCCUCCCUCCUCCUCUCCUCUCCUGUCCUCUCCUCUCCUGCUGUCUCCUUCUCCCUCUCCAGUCUUGGUUUUAGUAACUCCAUCUCUGAGUCUCUGCUCCAUCUGUCCGCUCACAGCGUUCGCCGAGCAUGGCCGCCUUUCUCAGAUGGACUUCUGUCAGACGAGCUUUUCAUCUAUUUUUGUGUAAUGGGACGGGAUUGAUUGAUCAUGAGAAAUGGAUCUUUUCAUCUCCCAUGGAUCAGUUGUCCUUAAGUGGGACGGUCCUACAGCUGCUAUAAGGAUCAGCUGACCACACGGAGAAACGUAAAACAAAAGAACAUCAAACUGGCUCAGGAGUCGACCAGAAACAGAAGAAGAAGAUAUAUUUUAUAUAAGUAGGGCUGGGCGGUGUGGUAAAAAGUUUGUCACGACAUAUUUUUGUUGUAUCAGUCCAUAUCAAUAUAUAUCAGGGUAUAAAAAAUCUAAUUUAACAGCGUUUAUUAUUAGCAUGUCUUUUUCAAAACGGUAAUCUACUGCAUCUGCUCUUCGACGUUUUGUCGUACGGCGUUGCGCUACAGAAAGCAGACUAAAUGGUCACUUCAGCGCGGCGCAGACCCGUAGCAACUCCCCUUUUCAUUAGCUAUUCGAAAAGUCGACCAAAACAUGUCAGAAAAAGCAUAUUGACCGUGUUUUAUAUCAAUAUUGAGGAAAAUUAAUUCUUAAUAUAUAUCAUUAUCGUUUUAUCGCCCAGCCCUACAUACACACUUGUUGAGUGGACAGUAAAGCUCCAUCCCCCACUCCUCCUUUCUCCUGAAUCCCAGUCCCACCCACCAGAGAUAAGCAAGGAGAUAGGAAUGGAGAUAGGAAGGGAGGAAAGGAAUGAGGAAGGGUGUUUUCAGACACAAGACAUCCUUUCCUCCAGCUGUCUGUGUCUGCACACGUGCACACUCACAGAUAUUUCUUACCUGCUUAACAAACACCUGCAGAUGCAAAAAGAAACUCUACUGAGGCAAGUGUCUGAAAAAAUGAAGCGCAGGGUGGAUCGACCACAACAGAGCAGGAGAUGAACGGGACAUGAUGUUCUGAUACAGACGCUGGAGACUCUGAUCCAAUCAUAUCUGUGUAAAGUGUCUGAUCUGGUGUGUUUUUGUCCCGUUCAUACAUUCAUACGAAAAAGACGUGAGUGUGACACCAUGUUUGAUGGAGGUGAAAACAUGAUUUAAUGUUCCCACUUGAAUUUCUUAAGUUUCAUCCGUUUUUGUCAGACUAUGUUUCGCGGCGGUCUAAAUCCCGACUUUUUCAGUCCCGCAUAUAUAUGGAAUAUUCUCUGGAAAACGUUCCUCUACAAAUUGAAUUGUAGCCUCCUCGUGCCGGACUCCUUUUCAAAAGUAAAAAAGCGGCUUCCUCUCAUCCUCCACCACUGUUCCCAGCGUGGGCAUCACAGUGGAUAAUUACCUGAGUUUGACAUUCGAUUUCUCAUAUCCUGUUGUUCUCCCCGCACAUAAACAAUCUCACUUCAGUCUCUCUGAACUGCAUCACUCUGCGGCUGCCUCUUUGUUUCACACUCAGAAAAAGCACAUCGUUUAAAAAGGCACUUAACCUGCAGCACAAAGCCGCACUCAGACGCUGCCUUUUGUUGCACACAUCCGCCGUCAUUAGCCUCAAACCAAACCUCGCAGCAAUUUGGAGGAAAUUCUGGCCCGACGGCGGUCGACUGAGGUUGGUGGAUCAGAUGUGGACGGAAAGGCUUGUUUUUGUCGGGGGUGCUGAUGGAGAUGAUUGGUGCAGAAAGUCGGCUCAGAUCUGCGGGGUUGGUGGUGAAACUGCAGCCUGUAACUCAAAGGAAAGACGCGUGAGUCGUGUCAGCUGCGUGGUUAAUGUACUCUCAGUUCAUACGAUUCAAGAAGCUUCACUUCUUCUUCUUCUUCUAACUCUCUGUUUUCCCUCUUCUCUGCACCCCUCAUCCUCUGCCCUCAUCUCUCUCUCUCUCUCUCUCUCUCUCUCUCCUGCUCGUGUGUGAUAGGCAGCGUUAGCCGGUGGGUGCCGUGCGCCCUGAUUACUGUGAACCAUCCACAGCUGCAGCAGCCUAAUGAGGAAAACACUCCCAUCAGCCAGUAAUUGCUGUUUAGGAAGCUGGUUGGCAGGAGCAGUUGCAGAGUCGCUCACACCGGCUGCCGAGCGCAACACAAUCCGCCCGGCGACUCGACGACAGCACAGCGUGUGUCGCUCAGAUGUUUUUUUUAACUUUUCUUUUCCGCGCAGAAAAAAAAGAAAAGGCUUGUUUCAACCUCCAGUGCUUCUCAUUUGGUAUUCUUCCCCUCAGACUUAGUAUGAUAGUGAAGCUAAUUUAUAGGGAACAAGAGUGAGAAGGGGGCAGGAGGAGGAGGAGGAGGUGGUGGUAGGCGAUUAGAGAGAGAGCGGAGAGGGAGAAUGCAAAAGGAGCGAUAGAAUUAAAGAGAAGGAAUAUCAAAAGAUGAAGCUGGCUCUGCUCUAGAUCUGGAGUCUAGAUCCUCCUUACUGUCUGUAGAUUCGAGGAAAAACAGAAACAGUCACUCCACUUUGGACUGGGCGAUUAUAUGAUUGUGAUUCAUGAUUGUGAUAAAUUUCAGUUCGAUCACGGUGAUCAACGUCACAACAGCCAAUCAGAGUCAAGCUCUUCCCGCUCACUUCUGUAAGCUCCUCAGUAAGAAGUAAACAGAAUGACUGAACGUGGAGCUACACGCAGAGCUGAGGGCAGCAAAAUAGUUGUCAUCCAUGACUCUGAGUCAGAUGUCAUUGUUGAGAGGAAGUUAUUCAGUGUCGGUCGUGUGGAUAUCGUGUCGGUUUGGGUAUCUCCAAAGUGACGUUGAGCAGCGAGCUGAUGUGCAAGUUAUGUAGACAGUUGGUGCCCUGGAAAACAGGCAAAACACCAGAUCUGUUAAAUCAUUUGAAGAAUUACUUCCCAAGUCGUUAUGUGGAAAGCAUGAAAGUCCCAAAUUUCCACCGCAUCCGCAACGGCUGCAAAAAUGUCAUAUCCUCUGAUCAUAACUGAUCGUAAUCAUUCAAGUUAACGUGUCAAUUUACACCGGCUUCUUUCCGUAUUGCUACGGAUCAGCAGACUCCUCAGCUGAUCACAAGAGUUCUAUUUUUUCUGGACGCCGGAGCAUGGCGGAUAAAUUCAGCACAGAUUAACCUGUGCUGGAAAGGAAGUCAGGCACAGACACAAAAUAAAACAUCCGACUUCUUUUCAAAAUAAAACACUUGUGAUUUUUUUUUUGCCCAAUCGCCCAGUCCUAAUUCCACUUCUUCAAACUCAGUCCAAAGCUCGCUGAUCCCUAAAAAGCUGAACACAAACAGAUAUUUAGUUUUUAGAAAGUCCAUAACGAGCCAGACGCUAUAAUUUUAACCAAGAUAAUUCAAACUGGAAUAAAUAGUGCCUUUACUGAGGACUAUUUUCAGCUCCAUAUUAAAGUGCAAUCCUGAAUGUUAAGACCACAGAGUGAGCGUGUGUGUGUGUGUGUGUGUAUGAGCUGCUAUAAAGAUGAUUUACAGCGCCCGUGUUUACAGUAUUGAAGAGACCUGUUCGCUCGGUGGGCGGUCGCUCGGCUCAUUUAUGGUGUUUGGACAAUAAUGAAAGAGCUUCAUCUGGAUUUGAUAAAGGAGGACGUUACCUCCAAAAAAACUAGAGGGCAUUGUCAUUUUUAUCCUGUAACAAUAAGGAGCUAAGUGGAAGAAAAGCUGAUUGGAAACAGGAAGUGAGAAGGAAACUUUCAAGGUUAUCGUGUAAGAGCGGAGAGAGAGAGAGAAGCUGGCAGGUAAAUGGAGAGUGGAAACGUAGAAAUUGAGUGAAUAGGUGUAAAAUUAGAGAGAAGUGGAGUUAGAGACAGACAGGUGGAGGGAACAAAGGAAACAAUAUCAGCCGCGUGUUAUUACCACUCAGAGAGCGGGGCUUUGUGAGAUACAAGAGCGAGGUCAAGCAAUAAAAAAUGUUGAACCAUCUCUUCCUGUCUCCCCCCAGAACCCCCCAGACUGCAGUAAGGCCAGGAAGCUGGUGUGUAACAUCAAUAAGGGCUGUGGGUACGGCUGCCAGCUCCACCAUGUCGUAUACUGCUUCAUGAUCGCUUACGGCACCCAGCGCACGCUCAUCCUCGAGUCUCACAACUGGCGCUACGCCCCGGGCGGCUGGGAGACCGUCUUCCUGCCCGUCAGUAACUCAUGCACCGACCGGUCCGGGGCCACGACGGGACACUGGUCAGGUACGUCCUCACACACACACACACACACACACACAUUAGCAGUGCUCAGUGCUGCCUUUAAUUAACAUGAUUGGUUCCCGCCUCUUAUUUUGACUGUCGCAGCUGAAACGCUUCGCUCUGCCAGCGCCGGCGUUUGUGCUGCUACAGCGAAAAAACAAAAGUGUGAAUUCACUGGUUAAGCAGGACUGUGCAAUUCCAGUUAAAGCUCUUUGGCAGCCGACGUAGCAGCAGCAGCAGGUUAUUGUCCAAAGGUUUCAUUGCCAAGAAAUCACAUGACUGGAUCUGAGUAAACAGCCCGCUCCUCUGAUUUACAGUAAUCCUCGACUUGUGGCGAGAGAGCGAGCGAGAGAGAGAGAGAGAGAGCGCGAGGGAUGAGACUCAUCUUUUCUAUUAUUUAUUAACUCCGGCUCCUUGCACAACACUUCUCAUUGACUUUCCAGAACAACAGAAGAAACCUGUUCUCCUGUACGGCCUCUGGUUGUUGCAUAAUCUAACUAAAGGUCUUAUAUUUUUACAGUGAACGCUCGUCUCGUGCAACAUAAACAUUUUCCUGACAAAAAUCCACUCUGACGUUAAUAUUUAAUGUGGUUUUCAGGCGGAAGAAGACGUUGCUGUUCUUGAGAAUCUACUGCUGUGUGAGCGGGUGCGAACAGGAAUCGAUCAAACCCGUGAAUGUGCCCGUUAACGUCUAAAAUAACCGUAAAUAUCCAGGGUCCAGAGCUGAGAGGUGUUGGCUUGUAAUUAGUUUAAUCUGAACUUUGUGGUUCCUGUUUUUCUCAACACAAUUACGUCAACACAACCUUGUGAUGUUUUGCUGGAGGGCUAUUUUUUGCAUCUAAGCACAGCUGUAAUUAUGAGUUAAGAUUAAGCUCUGAACAGAGAACCAAAGCGCAGAGACACUCAGAGUUAGGGUUAGGAGUGAGUUUGAGCUGCUGCAGAACGAGAGAAAAAAACAGUCUCUGGGGAUGAAAAUGAUAAAGACGCUGUAGAGGAGAGUAAAUCAUAAAUAUUUCAGUCUCAGGGGUUUAUGUUGUUUAUGUCCAGAGCUAAUUACCACAAAUUAUGAUCACUUUCUCUGAAUACACAAAAACAAGGAUGUCGUUUUGAGCAUCUUACUGAGUUUAAUAUAGGGCUGGGCGAUAAACCCAAAAUUUACAGAUACCAAAAUAUGGGAAAAAUGACAAUAAUCAACGUCAUUUUGCCCGUAUUGGUAUAGUCAGGGUCAAAUAAAUAAAUAAAUAAAUGUUGGUUUUAAAUGUGUUAAAGUCUCAAAUCCAAGUCUGAAGUAAAAUCAAGUCAUUUGAGUCUGAGUUAAUUCUCAAGACCUCUAUGGCAAGUCUAUUCUUUCCAGUCUAUUUUCAAGUCACUUAGUGCAAAAACAAAAAAUGUCUUAAUCUUGCACUUCAAGUUAGGGGUGGGUGAUAAACUGAAAAUUUAUCAAUACUGAAAUUUACAACAAUAACUGACAUCAUUUUGCCCAUAUUGGUAUAGUUAUGUCAAAAAAAAAAAUAAAUCAAAGUUGUUUUUGGAUGUGUGUAGGUAGGCUAUGGUCUCAUGUCCCUUUAAGACACUGUCCUACGUCAGAGACGUGACUCCACCCCAUCCAGUCUGUAACAAAGAGGUAAAGACAGGUGAGGAGAUGGAGGACGGUUCAGAAGCUUGAGGUAGUAAUCAUCCAUUUAUGGUUUUCAAGGUGAACUGAUCAAUAAAUCGUGAUUUCGAUUUGAGGACAUAUCGCCCAGCCCUAGGUUAUUGUAAUUAAUUCUAGUCUUUUAUUUUAUGUAUUUAAAUUCACUUUUAAACAACCUGAAUGGUAAGAAAGUGUUUUUAAUUCACUUAAAUGAAUCAAUCUUGGACUGUAGUGGAAUUUGACAUCAUGAUCCCCAGAGGAUAAACCACACUUACUAGAUAAGCCUCUCUUUUUUCCGAUAUUUAAAGAGCGAUUUUUUCCUAUUACAGUGUCAGUGUCUCUGCUUCUAAACAGGUAAAUAUUUAGAUACAGAUAUUUGUGGUCCCCAGUUUAAAUCUAAGUUUGCACGACUUCAAACCUCUCCCUCUGGUCAGUAGAUGAGCACUUUGUGCAGAGAGUGUAUCCUGACCCAUCGAACAUCCUCCACUCUCAGUAUGAACUCUAUUUUUUUUUCUCUCUAUAUCGUCCCUCUGAAAGUUUCUUUACAUUAUUUACUCUUCAACAAACUCUGAAUAUAUUCAGACUGCUGUCUUUGAAAACCCUCAUUCAGCGUCUGUCUUCAGCCUCUUUCCCUUUAAGUCAGUUCCUCAGCUGUCCACUUGAGGCCGACUCUAAAAGCUGAUAUUGAACACAUCAUGAUACCAUUAUUCAUUCUUACCUAAUUCUCUAAUUCUCUGAACACUUCACGAUGUUGUGGUGUGUCGCCUCGGUUAGCUAGCUCGGUCAAUAUUGAGUUCCUGGUUUUUAUUUUCGGUUUUUAGAGAACACAGAGGGAGCAGAUUGACUUCAGAGUGAUGCGCAGAUUUCAGGACAGAGCUCAAUUGCGCUUUUGUUGAGAUGAAUAGGUGGAGUUAUGGUCUAAGUAUGCUUCCUCCGCUCGGAUCAGUGAUAACUUGGAGCUUUUAUAUGACGCUGUGUCUGCCUCUCCAUCAUUUCCUCGCUCUGUCACUGCUUUUUUGUUCUCAUUUCUGCAUCCUUUCAGCUCCUCAUUUUCUCCCAAUCGCUCCAUUUGGCUCGUGCUCUCCUGGGCUCCCCCCCGUCUUAUCUCCUGCUCUCCCGGCACCUUUCUUUUCCUCUCCUCCUGCCUUUCAUGUGUCCUUCCACGCUAUCUGUCUCUGUCUCUGGUUUCUGGUCGUGCAAACAUCCUCCCUUAGAUCAGAUCCAUACAUAGCCAUCUCUCUCUCAACCCUUCCAUUAGAAAUUCCUGCCCUGAGAAAGUUUAGCAUUUUGCAGAGCUGGUAUUUUCUCCUGACCGGCCCCUUUAACCAGCUGUGCAUGGCUAAUGUAAGCCUGUUGGGUACUUUGCUACGCCUGUUUUGUUAACAGUGCAGGCAGAACCUUCCUGAGAGUGCGGGACCUCAGGGGGACGCUGAGGCCUUGAAUGAAUAAGUGGAUAUACAUUGAGUAUUAUACUAAUUAAAUGUAGUGUUUGCCCAUGCCAGGAAGAUUACAGCCGCUGACCCCGGUGAAUACUGAUCUGUGGAAAACCUCCCAGUGUUUUGGUCGGUUCCUCUCACGAGCUGAUAAAGGGAUUCGUUUAAGUUUUGAGAAAUUUGCACCUCAAGGACAGUCAUUUUGUCCCUCCUGAGCCUCCAUCAUCCCGUGGUAAAUACCAGCGACGCUUUGGUCACCUUCACAUCAAAAUGGCGCUGACAGCUGGAGGAGUCGUGUGCUCUGAGCUCGUCUUUGUUUUGUGUUUUUUUUUAGGGGGAAACUGACUUUGUUUGUGUUUUAUGUAAGAGCUCCACCACCGCCGCCACGUUCCACCUUUCCUCGUUUAUUUUCAGAUGGUUAGCCCACUUUCUGUUGAGUGUUUCCCCCGGGACGUGAGACAUUUAAAGACAGAGAGAGGAUGCCGAGUGGGUAUGCAUCUGUGACAGGGUAUUUCUGUCAGGAAAACAUACAGCCUGGGGGAGGAAAUCAAAGAUAGCGAUAAAGUCAUUAUGGGACCUGCUGAUUCUCUUCCCCCCCCUGCAAAUGGGAAAUGAGAAAAACAAAACCUAAAGAGAAAAUCCACAUGGAAGAGCUCGGGUACCCGUGUUAUGAUUUGUUUUCUGUCAGGAAAUGGAACGUUUAAAAGGAGGAAAGUCGUCGUUUGCUGAUGUUCAGGCGGGUAAAGCGUCAAAUCAUCGGCGUAGAGAACGAGACAAAAACUGGACGAACGCGACAGAGUUCUUCACCUCAUAUUCCUACAAAAACAUCCCGUUUGAAGAAUCUGACUCGAAGCUCACAGUUUGAUUUUAACGUGCGCUUUUAGACUCGGGAAAUGUUCCUGCUCGGUUCCAGCCUCGAGCACACAGAGCCGUGUCAGAGUUUGUAAUGUAAACAGACUCUCAGGUGAAGGUGUUUCUCACAGCGCUGCAGGGAUCCCUGUCUCUGUUAUCGUGUGUCUACCGGCCUGAAGGUGUGUUUAAAAUCUCCUCAAGACUUCGUGUAGCCCCUCCCCCCUCUUUUGACUCCGCCCUUUCUUAUGUUGGCUUGCGUUUUGGUGGUGAGGCGAGCAGAAGUGGGGUUUUUUUGCGUCCUACGCUACUUUUAGCCGCUCAGAGCUCCGAGGAGGGCCGAGGGAACCACGAGAGAGGGGUGUGCGAAUACAGCGAGGUGAUUGGAUGGAGAGGCGGAGCAGGAGUUUGACCAAUAGGAGCUGUCUGGGACGGAUGGCUCCCAUUGGUCAAUGAUUUAUUCCAUUCUUUUUUCUCUUCACUUUGUGGAGAUCGCUCUAUAGGACCAUGAUCGCCAUAGAAACAAGGUUCAUAAUAAUUACCGAUCUCUCCAGUCGUCAACCGUGACUUUAAGUGAUGAUCUGGUUUCAGAGGUGGGCCUUGGCUGUGUGACUCCUGAUCUGUCUGAUCCUUUUAACGCUGUAAUGGUCAAAAUGAAAAUGUUGAAUAUUUCAGGUCGUCUCACGUGUCCCUGCCUGCACCUAAAGAGAGUAAUGAGUGUUCGAUACUCAGCCCUGCGGUCUUUUUUCGCUCGGCGGAGCGUUCAGCUGUUUGAAUACAACUUUUAUGUUGAGCGGACAGCAGAGAGGACUCAGCGCCGUCUCACCGGGCCGGGGUAGCAGACUUAAAUUCCGAACACAUAAAACAGGACCCGGUCUUCUCGGGGAACAAUGGUCCGCUGAUCAAAGAGCUAAUUUGCCAAAGAGAGUGUAUUCCUUUGAGGUUCUCAGCGGAGAUAUUACCGCCGCCGUAUGAGUGCGAGCGGCAGGAGAAACAUAAUGUUCUCUGCAAUAUAAAGACGGGAACAAGAGUUCUUCAAGUUCAUCAAGUUUGUCUCAAAUGUAUAAUAAAUGGAGAGGUUUUGGAUGGUGUCACUCUCGCCUUCUCCCGGUUCCUCGCCGUGUUAAUCGAUGAAAUAUUUAUCAGCCUCUCUAUGUAUCUUCGAAAACAUAAUGCAGGAACUCUGCAGACCUAUGAGCUCGGAGUCAUGACUCAUACAGGGAAACAUAUGCCUUCAGAGUGGAGAUGGAAUUUAGAGGAAAGCUUUGUGAUCUAAUUAAGUAGCAGUGGGAGGAAGACAUACGGCGGAUCUGUGCGUUUUUGCCAAGAAGAGCGAGCCUCCAAAUACGCCCGUUCCCCCCUCUGUGAAUCAUGCCAGUGUGCCGUUAUAUAAGCAGAGACAUGCCUGGGAAUAUUUUCUCUGCUCAAUAUUUAAUGCUUCCACCCAUUUAUAUUCACUGCAUGUGCACACACACUCACACACACACACUCGCGUUGUGUUUUCCUCCUUGUUUUCACGUUUUCUUUUAUGUUCCCUGUUUUCAGCAGAAGGACGUUUUUAAUGAAUCAUUACGCCGUCGAUUCGGAGGUGUGUGUUUGCGGUCGUAUUAGGGCCUGUCUGUCGUGGUUAGAGGAGCCACUUUAGUCCGACGGAACACGGGCCUCAAACUUGUUUCCACGUAAAUCGGUUUACACACAAAUGCGCACACAAACGCACAAACGCACACAAACACGGGCGGACUGAAAAAACCUCUUUGGGUUUUAAGACUGAAAGGGAGCGAAGGUUUUGUCUGCCAGGCAUAUCCCUUCUGGUGAGAUGAGAUUAGCUGAGGCUGUUGGUGUGCGUGUGCAUGUGUGUGUGUGUGUGUGUGCGUGCGUGUGUGUGUGUGUGAAUACAGAUUUCUUUUAAUUUCGUUGAAUCGAAUCCUUUCACUCAUCACUGUAAGAUCACAUUUUUCCAUCUGUUCACAAAAACCCCGCACCCUGCGAGUGUGUUCAUACGUGUGUGUGUUUCCAUGCGUGUUUGUGCGGAUGUUCCCUUUUUGCUCGAGAGCACGCACGCUCCUCCGUGUAUGGAUUCUUGGCCUCGACGCGUACGGAGGUCUGGCGGUGCACAGGGAAGGCUUUCUGCCGCCGAGAGAGGUGACCUUCAUAAUCAGCUGUGCUCAACCUUCUGCCCACGGCUUUUUCUGCCAAGCAGGACUCAGCCUGAAGGGGCCACUGCCAGACCACCAGCAACCCCCCCCCCAGUAACACCUCCAAUCCAGCUCUUUAAAUCAGCCCCCGGCCUUACACAGCCUUGAUAAAAAGGAGCUUACCUGAGCUUGGCCUUUGAGCAAGGACAGGAAAGAGCUUCCAUCAAUCAUAAAGACCGGACUCUCCGCGGCUGAGCGAUGAUUUUCACUCCUGUUGGAAACCAAACAGGAGGGGAAAUAAUCAGAGAGAGGAAGAAAAGCAGAAAGAUUCCCAACAUCUCGACGUUUUCUUUGACAGAGAAACUUCAGUGAGAGACUGUGAGGCUCGGUAACACCGCAGACAGACAGACAGACGAGGGCUCGUACAGUUUUGUCAGAUAUCCGACAGAUCUGACACACAGCUGGACUGACAACUGCUGAAGCCUCGUAACUCCACGCCUUUAACAGGAGAUAAAAUAAUAAUCGAAAAGUGCAAGUGUGAAUUUUCUGAGAAAGUGUUUCAGGCACAUUUGAUUCUAUACAGAACUCAACCUGCUGUAACGCUGACUCUCUUUAUGAACCUUCACACCUCCUUCAAGACUUUCACCGCCUACAAAACGUCACCUUCUAGUUUUACCACCAGUUUCCACCUUCAUCCAGAACGGCUACAGAAGGCCGUAUCCGCCGAUCGCAGCUGAUCGUAACCAUUCAAGUUAACGUGUCAAUUUCCACCGCAAGACUUCUAUUUUUUCUGGACGCCGGAGCAUGGCGGAUAAAUUCAGCACAGAUUAACCCGUGCUGGAAAGGAAGUCGGGCACAGACACAAAAUAAAACAUCGUGUAAAACUCCGUGUUUCAGGAGGAUCGUAUUUCACACCAUGCAAACGGGCGGAGACGAACAAGUGAAAGGUUUUUAGAUGUCAUUUCACCCCGAUGACACCAUGGAUGAGGAGAUGCUGAUUCUAGAAGUCUAGAAGUAGAUUUCCUCCUCUGGAAGGACACAAUCUACUGCUUAUAUGUCUAUGUGUCUGUCUUUAGAGAGACAACUCGUUAUCGUGUGAUUUCACAUGUGAGUUCUCGCGAUAACUGCUGUCCGUAAUCAAACACAAAAUUCGCCUCACCAACGGAUCCGGUAGGAGGAUGUCGAAAAUCGCUGCCGUUCUGGACUGGAGCCGUUCUGGAUGUGGUGAAAAUUUGGGGUUAGGAGUUCGGCUUGUACACGAAGUGUCGCCUAAAUGAGGACAAACUCGACACUGACUUCAGCCUCGCUCGGCGCACUGCAGCACUAACACACACUCACUGAAAACUUAUCAGGAGGGGAACAAAAGCAGAAGCUGCUGAGCGUAGCAGGACGACAGUGCCGAGUCCUCUGACAAAGGUCAGCUGGGAGACAGGGACAGGUGGUUUUUACCAGAGACCAGAGAAUAUUUGACGUUUUUGAAACUUCUCAGAGUCGUCCGUUUCUGUCUCGGGGGGUUUAUAAACAGCUGUUGAGUGUUUUUGUAUCUGCGGCUCUCAGAAUAGAGCCUAUCACUUAAUCCGGCCUCCCUGGAUCGUAUUUCAUACAUCACUGGUACCUGAGUGUGGAGAUAAUGGAGGAAACGUAUUGCAAAUGGAAUAUCUUUGAGUUACAGACUCCUGGUUGCACAAAAACUUGAAAGUUCAUAUUUGAGGCUCUUACUCAGAGAGUGAUUUUCUUUUGUUCCUGAAACUGCACGCAGGGAAAAUUCAUCUCAUUACUGUCCUGCGCCGCUCUGUCGGUGUGUUUUAUCUCUGUGUGUGUGUGUGUGUGUGUCUCACACUCAUCCCGCUUCUCUUUGGACCCUCCAGGUGAGGCGCACGAUAAGGACGUCCAGGUUGUGGAGCUACCUAUCGUGGACAGCCUCCACCCUCGGCCUCCUUACCUGCCGCUGGCUAUUCCCGAAGACUUGGCCCCGCGCCUGCACCGUCUCCACGGCGACCCCUCCGUCUGGUGGGUGUCACAGUUUGUCAAGUACCUGGUGCGGCCUCAGGCGUGGCUAGAGAAGGAGAUUCAGCAGAGCACCGCCAAGUUGGGCUUUAAACACCCCAUCAUCGGGUAAGAACACACACACGCACACACACACACACGCGCGCGCACACACACCUCCAUCUCUGAGUGUUUCUUAUCAACUCCUCGGCUCUAAUGACUCUGGAGCAAAACUCUACAGUUUAGUUUACAAUUAAGACAAAGAGAGGCAGAGCUGUUGGAGAUUAAAGCCACAAACACAAACAGGAGUUCAGGUUUAGGUUAAUGUGAGGUUAAUUCAGCGGCGCUGGGUUUAACUUCGUUUGAUAAGAGAGGGUUUCCUUAAUUUACCACCUCUGUUCAUCCUCAGAGGACGACUUUACAGCUUCACACCCAGUCAGCCCAUCUUUAUACUCAAGGAGCCUUUUAAUAAAAAAGCCCUGAGUCUGUUUUCUUCACUUUGACUGAUGUCCUCCUCAUUAAAGUCCCACUCCAAUCUUUUUUUAAAGUACUUAAAGUCUUCUCAGUCGUUUUUAAAAUGUGAUUACAAGGUUUUUUUAGCGUCUUUUUCAGAGGCUUUUCUUCUGCAGAGCUCCAGUAGAUAAAUUAGUAAUUCACCUCUGAGUCGUGGGCGGAGUCAGCGCUGCUCUGAACACUGCUCCUCCUAAUAUUGCCGGGAGUAGAAGUAGCAGGUAACAAAGGAGGUAUUCAGCUCUCGGACACUAACGUCUUUGGGGACACGAUGAAAGUUAAUAUCAUCAUUAGCUUUCUUACGAGCGUUACAAUCCGCUAACGCACAAUCGUUCUCUCUACUUCUCAGAGUCUGGCCUGCAUAGCGAGGUUCUGCAUGCGGAGCUUACUGUAUUUUUCUGAUAAUAAGGCGAACUUAAAAUCCUUUAAUUUUCUCAAAAAUCCUCAGUGUGCCUUAAGUAUGAAUUCUGGUUGUGCUUACUGACCUCGAACUGAUUUCAAGUGGUACACAGCGCUCAAAAAUCUGUCAAAAUGCUUGUCGGAGCACUUAGUUUGGCUCAAUGGGCUUUAUAAUCCGGUGUGCCUUAUGUAUUAAGAUAGACGCGAAUAGACGCGUUUAUUGAUGGUGCGCCUCAUAAUCAGGUGCGCCUUUUAGUGCGAAAGAUACGGUAGAUUUGUGGCGUUGGAAAUCUCACUUUUUUCUGAACCUGCAGUUUGUUUUUGUAACAGAUUCACCUCGAUUUAAAUGCAGAAAUACUCAGAAAUGCAGUUUCACACUUAGUUUCCUCAUGAUAUGUCCUGUAGCAUCAGAAAAAUGACAUAUGAACAUGAAGACAACAAGAAAAACAAGAUUUUCAUCGGAGCGGGUCUUGAAAUCCUCGCUUGCUUCUCUGCAGUUUACCUCCUGAUCUUCCACCAACUCCCUUUAAUUUAAAGCCUGAUGUUGUUUAUUCCUCUGAGCUCCAACCCUGUAUAGAAUAAACUGGAUACUAAACUCAUUUAAUUGGCUGCUAUUUUUGCUCUGAAUAAUACAUUCAUUUUUUACAGGAGUUAUAGAAACUGUCUCUCAUUUAGAGUCGAGUUUCUGCUCCUGAUCAGUAUUUUUAAUCUGUACUCUCGUCUGAGCGUCCGUGCUAAUCUCUGUUCUGCUUGACUUUGAGUUGGAUGCUAAUGUUAGCCCAUGCUAACGGCUCACAGGGUCAUUUCUAACACACUGAGCCCGUCACUGUCGCUGAGUUUGUCCUCUGAGAUUCAUCUGAAGUUUCUUUUAGAAGGAAGAGAGUCGUAUAAAAUCCUCACACAGUGACCACUGCAGGGAACACUUCAGUAUUCAAUUAUAGCGCGCUCCAGGGUGCUCAAUAAUCAUUUACCCCCAAAACUAGAGAGAGAGAGAGCCUAUCGGAAUAAGUGAAAUAAUAUUAAGUGAAACAUAAAAUAAUGACCUUAUUAAAUAGUGUUGAAAGAAAAGGAAAACCCCAUACCCUAUUCUUUAAGAAGUUCAGUUCCACUUAUCGAUUUUUUUCAGAAUUAGAUUUUAAACUUUAAACAGUCCGUGGUUUUGUUUGAAGGAUCCGGCUAACGCUGAGGAUUUAAGUGAAACGUAACCAUAGUAACCAAAGAGCAAAAGUUCUGUAUCAAGCCUCGGCCUCGACACAAUUUAAGAGGCUUUCUGCAAUCCUCCUAAGAGGAAGCCGUGAGCUUUUGGAGGGAAAAUUCACAUCAGAGUUGAAAUAAAGUUUGAAGGUAGUUUUUCAAACCAGUUACUGAUGUUAAGUCGACGUAAUGCCGAGCAAAGUUAGUCGGCUUUAUCCUGAAAAAAUCAACGUAAAGGAAUAUAUCCAACAAAAGAGAGAGUGUCCGACCUCUGUUCUACGCAAUAAUCCCAAAUAAAUCAUCAAAUAAUCCCCCAUAAUGCACCUCAGUGUCCGAACGUCUGAAUACGACACCUUUUCAUAAAACCUGGCGUCCCUGGACCAGAUGAGACGACACCAACCUUCUCAAAUCCGCCUCUUUAAGGUCUGAUUACUGAGCGCCUGAGUGUCGUCUCUGUCUUGUUUUGCCCCCAGAGAUUCGUCUCUCUGCUUCAGACCGACUCGGGACUUGUUGUUUUCUAGUGCGGUAUGACUGGAGAGAAUCCAUCAUCAGUAUGAGGUCCUCUGUUCCCCUGAGAGCCGUCCCGUCCCAGGGGGAAAUGUAUGAAGUCCUAAUACUGUUCGGCUCUUUUCAAACAGGCGUCUCAUAAAUUGGAGAACACAUUCAGCUGCUCGUGUUGAUUUUUCUCUCUGACCUUGUCAGGCGGACAUCAACAAACAUUAGUCUGCUCUCUGGCAGCUCCUCCUGAUUAAUAAAUAAUUCUCCUCCGUUCUGUGAGCGUCACAUUACACCUGAGUAAAAAAAAAGGAGAUUUUCAUUAGUGUCCUCCAUCUUCAGCAAAUAUCCAGGGGAACCUCAUCAGACCCCAGGUCCCCCAGGACAGAGACCAGACCUUCCUAUCCAGACAGAAACCUGGAGCAGAACCAGAUUUAUAGGUGGACAGUCAUCUGCCAAGACUAGCUGAGCAAAGAAAGGGUUGAGAGGUUAUUUAGUCUUGUUUAAUAUAUGGAAAUAUUUUUGGAUUUGAUUCUGACCCCAAAUUUCCACCACAUCCUGAACGUCUCCGUUCUGGCAGCAGUUUUCGCUGUCUGCCAAUUCGGGAAGUGGGAAUCGUGAGAACUCACAAGAACCCGCGGAUUCACGUGAAAUCCCGCAAUAACGAGUCGUCUCUAUAAAGACAGACACAUAGACAUAUAAGCAGUAGAUUGUGUCCUUCCAGAGGAGGAAAUCUACUUCUAGACUUCUAGAAUCAGCAUCUCCUCAUCCAUGGUGUCAUCGGGGUGAAAUGACGUCUAAAAACCUUUCACUUGUUCGUCUCCGCCCGUUUGCAUGGUGUGAAAUACGAUCCUCCUGAGACACGGAGUGUUUUAUUUUGAAAAGAAGCCGGAUGUUUUAUUUUGUGUCUGUGCCCGACUUCCUUUCCAGCACGGGUUAAUCUGUGCUGAAUUUAUCCGCCAUGCUCCGGCGUCCAGAAAAAAUAGAACUCUUGUGAUCAGCUGAGGAGUCCGGCGAUCCGCAGAGGAACGGAAAGAAGUCGGUGUAAAUUGACACGUUAACUUGAAUGGUUACGAUCAGCUACGAUCGGAGGAUACGACCUUUUAGGAGACAUUCUGGUUAAGUUAGUGAAGUUAGUCUGGUUUAGAUCGUUGAGUUAGUCUGGUUUAUUUCAUGAAGUUAGUCUGUUCCAGUACUCUCAGGUCCAUCUGGUCCUGGUCCCCCUGCCCUUCAGAUCUCCUCUUUUUGUCGUCUUCCUCUUUACAUUUUGCUGCGAGCGAUCAGCGCUCCUCUUCCUCUCUUCUUCCUGUCCUGCUCUGAUUGGUUCUCUCUCGCUCGUGUUCCCUCUCUCCUUCUUUUAUUCCCUCUCCUCUCCUCCUCUCCUCUCUUUGGUUGUUACCUCUCUACCUUUCCUCACCCUGGCAGCUGCCGUCUCUUUCUCUCUCCUCCCCCUUUUCCCCUUAUUUUUAUUUCUUUUUUUUUUAUUUUCUCUGACUUCUCCAAACUUUUUCAAUCUUCAUUUGUUCAUCCAGCUUUGAGAUUGUUUAAAUUUUGAUAUUUCACACUCACCUCUCCUCACGUUCCCCAGGCGCCCAUCCCUACCCACAAUCCUCUCUCUCUCACUCUGAGCUUUACACACAUCUCAGCCGCUCCUCCUUGUGUUUCCACUCCUCCUCCCCCUCCUUACUCACCCGUUCCUCCCCUCAUAUCACUGGGGAAAGGGUUAUUGAAAUGAAGUGCUGGAUAGAACAAAGUUUCAUCCCUUUUUUCCCCUCCUUUCUAAGCUCUUGAUACCUCCAUUUCUCCCCACACUGAUGUAGCAACAAAGUGCCUGUGUGCUUCUAUCAGCGCCGAGGGGGAAGGUGAUAUAUAAGGGGGAGGUGGGGGAGAUAUAAAAGGGAGGUUGAAAAGGAUCCAUAGUGUCAGUGCAGGAGAGAGAGAGAGCCAAGAGGGACAGCAAGACAGCUUGUCCCCAGAGCACCCGAUGAAAACCAGCUGACCCCCACCCACUGUCAGCCGUCACUGCCUCCUCCUCCACCCUCCUCUCCCCCGCUGCUUCUCCCCCAGGAUGGGAGCUGCAGGAAGGACUAAAAGCCUCCAUCAGCAGCAGCAGCAGCAGCAGCAGCUCCAUCCUGCUGCCUCUGUUUAAUGCUUCCUAAUGGUGAGAGAGAGAGAGGGGAGGAGGCACACUCGCCGCCUCUGUUGCAGCAUUAUCGCCGUGGCGAUGUGGUUGCCAGGCACCAGAGCUACUAUUUAUCUUUUCUAAUAUCAUGUGUCAGGUCUGUGCUGUAUAAAUAAUGCCUAGAGUGUGUUGUGUAUGUAUUUUUAUCAGAGUAAAACCUUAAGAAGAAUCAAUAACACAGAAAGGUCAUGAUUUAAAAACAGAGAUUUUCUUCUUCUUCUUCUCCAAAUUUAGAGCCUCUGGUGAAUAAUCAGGAGGAGCAGAGCUGCAUCUGAACCAUUUUCUCUCUUCUCCCAUUUAUUACGAGCUUUUCUGCGCCGCUACAACCAAACAGAAUCCACAGAACCUGAAAUGUGAGCCCGUAUUUCAGGGUUCUUGUUUCUGUUUUCAUAUGUUUGUGUUCAAAGUAGGAUUAAUGAUCUUUAGGAGCAGCUUCGGUGUUUGUAUGAAGAGUAAAAACAGGUGGAAUACAAUCUGCUGUGUUUAUUCAUCUCUAUCAGCAGAUACCUUCAUGCACAUGCAGCCAGUGAGACGUUCAAGAUGAGAAAAUAUCUGUGAAGCUGCAGGAUGCUGUUAAAUCAAAACCCCUCAGAGUUCAGAUUCACUGAAGUCAAUUAAAAAGGGAGUUUUUCUGGAUUUCGUUGCACAAAGAAACAUUUUCAAAGCUGUAGAGUAACAAGACCUCCUUUUUCAUUUCUUACAGAUCUGAUUUUAUUUUAACAAACUGAAAAUAAAAAUUUUAUUUAAAUAUUUAGUUUUCAGCUUAAUACCGCUGCAGUAAAUCAGAGUGAAGCUGUGAGUAACAGAGGAUUUACAAUGAGACCUGUCAGAAACAGAUAAGAAUGAUGUAAUGACUGUUCGAAGUAGGUCUGAGCGAUAUGGCCUUAAAAUCAAAUAUCAUGAUAUAUUGAUCAGUUCACCUCGAUAACGAUAAAUGGACGAUAACUACUCCACAAGCUGUUCACCCCCUCACACAUUAACUUCGUCUUUUCAACUUUCUCUCCGUCCUCCAUCUCCUCACCUGUCUUUCCCUCUUUGUUACAGACUGGAUGGGGUGGAGUCACGUCUCUGAUGUAGGGGGGACAUGAGACCAUAGCCUACCUACACACAUCCAAAAACAACUUUGGCAAAAUGACGUUGGUUAUUUUGGUAUCAGUAAAUUUUCGGUUUAUCGCCCAGCCCUACUAAAUUCAAUUUAAUUAAAAUGUCCGUAUUUCGAGGCAUGCAGAUGGCCGAUUGGGUAAGAGCGCUCCAUGUAUGGGGACCUACAGUCCGCCUGGGGUCGCAGGUUCAAGUCUGGCCCCAACCACGUGUUGCAUGAUGUGUCCCAUGUGCCCCCGCAUCUCCCUACAUAUCAAUAAAAGACAAAAAAUCGCCCCAAAUAAAGGCAGUUUUUCUGGAUUUCGUCGCACAAAGAAACAUUUUCAAAACUGCAGAGUGACAAGACCUCUUUUUUCACUGCAAACCAGAGUGAAGCUGUGAGUAACGUAGGACUUACAGUGAAGCUGAGACCUAUCAGAAACAGACGUGCGUGUUGUAAUGACCGUGUUUGAUUUCACUUCUGAAGCUGCUAAUCGGACUGUAAACGACAUGACAGCAUCCAUCUUUAAAAUUCACCCUGUCAUCUCAAAAGGCCGAUAGAUCCUCUUCAGACGAUAACAUGAGGACAGCGGUUAAGGAUGUCUCCUCAGUGAACCAGAAAAUCUAUUUAUAUAUUUGUCUGUUUUAUUAAAUAAUGAGUAAACGAUGUUAUUCAAUAAGUGUUUUCUUAUUUAUAAAAAUAUGCUGCAGGUCAUUAAAUUCAAUCUUACAUCACGUAUAGAGCGCCGAGCUGUCAGCUCUGUUCUUUGAAGAUGAUUUGACGAUUUUAUUUUUAUUUUGAAGAUGUUUACAUCAGUUUUUUAACACCAAGAGUAAAAAUAACUGACGGGUUUUAAUGUCAGAAAUUCUACAGUCAGAUUUUACAGAUACUUCAGGACAGACAUCUACGUUUGCAAAGGUUAGCGGCCCAGACCUGCUCCUCUCUCCUUAAUCGGAGUUAUCGUCCCAGUCUGCUCCUCUCUCCUGGUGUGGAGCGUGGGUAUGUUUGAUGUGAGCUUUUACGCCCACAGUGAGGAUCGCCCUGCCUUUCCAAAAACUGUCUGAAUAGAGAGAAAUGAAUUAUAUUGAGGCUGUGAAGGGGGGAUGGGGGGUCCUGCUGAUGGAGAGAGAAAAGGACAAGACAAAAAGAGGAACAAAAAGCAGCGGACAUGAAAGGCGUGAGGAAACAGGAGAGAGGAACCCUGACAAAGGACGGAGUCAGGACCCCUGUCUGAUCACAGAGACCUAGAGUCCAUGAUGGACUCUGGCACCUCUGCCUCCCACUCACCCACUAUUCCUCACUGAGCUUUUAUUCAGCUCUGAAAUAAAGGGGCUGUUUCUCCAACAGCAGACCUCCUGCUGGUCUCUGAUUGAUCACCGCUGAAGGGUAGAGAUAAGGUCCAGCUUUCCUCCACCUUUGGCUCCUGCUCUUAUUUACUCUUCUGCCUUUUUCUCAGUCAAACCAGGAGAGUCCCAGGAGAUCCAUGUUCAGAGUUUUUCUGGGUAGCUGCUACCUGAAGCUUCGCUAACAUCCAGCUCAGACGGAACAACGCUGACGUCUGAUCGUCGUCGUCGUUUUCUUUCGCCUCUAACCGGAGGCGUCCAGAAGGCGUCCUAACCAGAUGCCUGAGCCACCUCAGCUGACUCCUCUCGUCAUGGAGGAGCAGCGGUUCUCCUCUGAGCGCCUCCUGAGUGUCCGAGCUCCUUCCCCUAUCUCUAAGGCUGAGCCCGGACACCCUGAGGAGGAAACCCAUUUCAGCCGCUUGUAUCUGCGAUCUUGUUCUUUCGGUCAUUACCCAAAGUUCAUGACCAUAGGUGAGGAUCGGGACAUAGAUCGACCGGUAAAUCCAGAGUCUCGUCGUACGACUCCACUGUUUCUUCACCACGACUGAUCGGUUAAGCGUCCGCAUCACUGCUGACGCCGCUCCGAUCCGCCUGUCGAUCUCCCACUCCAUCCUUCUCUCAUGAACAAGGGAUUGGACGGCCCUCAAUAGGGAACCCUCCACCCCGUACACCCGCAGUACCCCCCACAGGAUCCCCUUAGGGACACGGUCGUAGGCCUUCUCCAAGUCCACAAAACACGUGUGGACUGGUUGGGCAAACUCCCAUCUCCUCUCAAGAACCCGAGCGAGGGUGAGGAGUUGAUCCGUUGUUCCGCGACCGGGACGAAAACCGCAUUGUUCCUCCUCGAUCCGAGGUUCAACUAUCGAUCGGACCCUCUUCUCCAGCACGUCUGAUCUUGUUUAAAAAAGAGAGCAGCUCCUCCCCUCAAUAAACACGUUUUUACCUGCUGCUUCGCCUAAAAUAUGCAGCAGGAUCCACCAGAUAUUUGAGCGACGACGUUACUAAGGUCCUGAAACAAACACAGCUGACUCACUUUGGCGCCUAAUUCUCUUGGAGAGGUGAAAAUGAUGAAAUCUGUUACUAAGAGAUUCGACCUGUUUUCUCCAGACCUAAUGAGUUCUGCUCCCAGAUGAGGCUUUGUCAAUUUUAAGUGAAGGUCAGAUUAAAAAAACAAAAAUCACUUUUUUUCUGUUAUUGUGAAAAUCCAGUCGGUCCUCAAAGCCAGGAGUCAACAGCAGCUGCGGCUCGUUGGUUGUAUAAUUUAAUAGGUCAAGUUGGAGUAAAGUGUGUUUCAGCAUCCAUCAGUUUGAGGGAUGCCUCUUUGUCAGGAGAGGAACUAUUUCUGCUCCUGCCUCUUUUUGUUCGGCGUUAAAAGCUCGUCUCUCUUUUUUCUUCUUCCUCAAACAUCUGCUGAAAGCUCCGUCUCUUUGUCCUUGCUUACUGAGAGUGGUGACAAGGACACGGGGAGGAAAAAACAGACUAUGUGUUUGUUAUUUCUCUAUCCGCUCUACUUUUAAGCUCACUUUAACGUCGCUCAGCUGCACUCUUCUUUUUCUUUUUUCUUUGAUUUUCUGUUUUUUUUACGUUAUAUCAACAAAAAGAAGUUUCAAAAUCAACCGUUUAUGUUCGAGUGCAGUGUCUUUACUUUGACAAAAUGGGCGUGUUAUCAGGGAGACUGUUUUCUAGAGAACAUAUGAACACCAGCAUCAUCUCAGAGACUCAUAUAGAUAUUAGAGAUGCAUUUUUAAAUGUGAUUAUGAUGCUUUUUAACAGGUGGGUUCAUAAUAAGAAGUAUCACAGACCUUAAUGACAAUGAUGUUUCUGCAAAAUGUCUUUAGUGUUCAAGAAUCUUUUAGUUCACAUUAUCGUCGUCUAAUCGAGCGUCCAAAGAGGACGGAGAGAACAUGCUGGAACAAAUGUAAGGUCUCUGAUCGUUUUAAUUUAAAGUGUUAAAGAAGUGUUAGACCUCAUUAAGUGAAGAUUAAAAACAGUCAGACUCAGUUUCGACACGCUGCGGUCGAGUUGAGAUAUUUUUCAUUUGUCACAGAUUCAAAGAAGUUUGACGUGGAGUAAAGUAGGGCUGGGCGAUAAACCGAAAAUUUACCGAUACCGAAAUUUAGGACAAUAACCAACAUCAUUUUGCCCGUAUUGGUAUAUUUGUUGUCAAAUGCAUAAAUAAAUCAAAGUUGUUUUUGGAUGUGUGUAGGUAGGCUUUGGUCUCAUGUCCCUUUAAGACGCUGUCCUACAUCAGAGACGUGACUCCACCCCCUUCAAAUGAAACACACCUUCAGCUGCGCGUCAGACCCUUUCUCUCCACCCUUUUUAAGAAGUAGAAGUUUCUAAUCUGUUAUAAAAGCUUUAGCAGUGUCACAAAGAAUAAAGAACACAGUGAAUCCAUCAUUUCCUGGUUUGAUUAUCGGGUUUGAUAAUUAUCGGAAAAUAAUCCGACUGAAGUUGCACCAAAUUCAACUUUUGUUCGUCAAACUAACAAACUUAGAUCAUUUGGAUCGGGUAGAUUUUCUUUUUCAUUUAGAGUGAAACUGACCCAUGUGUGCUCCAGAGUUCAUGCUCUGAUCCUUAAUAUAAAAGUUGAACAGCACAAGUGUGUUGCCAGUAGGGCUGGGCGAUAAACCAAAAAUUUACUGAUACCGAGACGUGACUCCGCCCCAUCCAGUCCGUAACAAAGAGGGAAAGACAAGUGAGGAGAUGGAGGACGGAGAGAAAGUUGGAGUGGCUGAAGUAGACGAAGUUAAAGUGGGAGGGGGUGAGCAGGUUGGGGAGUAGUUAUCGUCCAUUUAUCGUUAUCGAGGUGAACUGAUCAAUAUAUCGUUAUCGUGUGACGUUAGAAGACAGUUCAGCUCUGAACGUCGUUUCUUUUGGACCGUUUUCAAGUGUUUGAGUCUGUUUUUGAAGCGACCAUCAGGAGUCUUUUUAAAGAUGGUGGUCACCCGUCAUGCACUGACCUAAUCCACUUUCAGAACAUCCAGACCUCCCACUGCACCAGAGUGUGUCCGAAAGUAUCUAGGACACACUCAGAGGAUAGUUUUCAGAGGAUUAAACCGUUUUCUUCUCUUUGUCUGUUUUUACAUCGACUAAAUAAAACUUCUACAGUCCAAAAACACAAAAAAGAAACUGACAAAACUCUUUAUAGUGAACUGUGGGAAUGUCUCCUGACCUGGUCUGUGUCUGUGUUUGUGUCUGCAGAGUCCACGUGAGGAGGACUGACAAAGUGGGGACAGAGGCGGCCUUCCACCCCAUCGAGGAGUACAUGCUUCACGUGGAGGAGCAGUUCCAACAUCUGGCCCGGCGAGUCCACGUCGACAAGAAACGAGUUUACCUGGCGACUGAUGAUCCCUCGCUGCUGCAGGAAGCCAAGACCAAGUCCGUGACCUUCUGAGUGUCUAAACUUCUUCAUCUCACCUCCUCCUCCAACCGGAUCUGAUCUCAUGUGUGUCGCUCCUUCUUCCAGGUAUCCAGACUACGAGUUCAUCAGCGAUAACUCCAUCUCAUGGUCCGCCGGCCUUCACAACCGCUACACCGAGAACUCGCUGAGAGGGGUCAUCCUGGACAUCCACUUCCUGUCUCAGACGGACUUCCUGGUGUGCACCUUCUCCUCGCAGGUCAGUUCAUCUCUCCUCCGUCCACGUCAUUAAAGACGCCGCGGUUUUACAGAGCUGAACGGUCUGGAGGAUUAUUCAAGUGAAGGAUAAAUGUCUGAAUUAACAAAACGACUUUUUUGUCAGAUAGUAUUUUGACACUUUUGUUGUUGUGAUCCUGACAGUCCCGUUUACGUCGUAUUUACCAACAAUAAUCCCAAAUCAACAGUGAUAAUCCACGUUUAAAAAACACACCUCAUCAGAUAAAAGCCUCCGUCAGAAGAAAAGACGAAACGACACGAACAAAAAACCUUCAGAAGACAAAAUCAGGUUUCUGUAACAAACGCCUUUUUUCCUUCAAGAAGCCUCUUCAGCGGUAAAAGAGCAGAAACACAAAGACGAACCUCAUCAUGUGAUUUUCAACAACCUCAUUGUCUCGUGAUCACUCACACCUUUCAAAGCAGGGAAACAAUGAGCUCAUUUAGAGCAGCUCCGACAUUAAAACGCCGUUUAUCAUCCAUUCUUCUUUAACGCCGAGUGGACGGGCGCCACGCCAACACUCAAAAUAGAGAGAGAGGCGCAUCCUCUCCAUUCACACUCCGGGUUUAUUAAUCCUCUCGGAGUCUCUGAGCUCAUUCGAUCCCCUUUUUUAGUCGCGGCGAGAGGAAACGCGUUUGUCUUAGAGUCUGUUUGUCAUCAUGAAUGUUUUAGUUUAUCGUGUUAAUUUUGAUUCCGUCUCCUCUUCGCUCUCCUCCUCCUCAUCCUCGUCUCUCAGGUCUGCCGGGUAGCGUACGAGUUAAUGCAGAUGCUUCAUCCAGACGCCUCCUCCUUCUUCUACUCCCUGGACGACAUCUACUACUUCGGAGGUCAGAACGCCCACAACCAGAUCGCCAUCUACCCACACCAGCCGCGCAACAGCGAGGACAUCCCCCUGGAGCCCGGCGACGUCAUCGGCGUGGCGGGCAACCACUGGGACGGAUACUCCAAAGGCAUCAACCGCAAACUGGGCCGCACCGGCCUCUACCCCUCCUACAAGGUCAGAGAGAAAAUCGAGACGGUGAAGUACCCGACGUACCCGGAGGCGGACAAACUGCUCAACUCUCAGAGGAAGUAAAAAGAAGAAAAAGGAAAAAAAAACAAAAGAAGAAGAGGAGAAUCACGCAGACUCCGGUUCCAGGGAAGGAGGCUGCUUUUGUACAGAGAGAGGUGUACUUAGUGCGCUAAGCUGAAGAGAAAAGAAAAGCCUGUACCCAGGGGUGGUAGGGAAGAGAAUGCACUCUGUGUCUAUGUGAGGGUGUGUGUGUGUGUGUGUGUGUGUGUGUGUGUGUGUGUGUGUGUGUGAGAGAGAAUGUGUGUGUGUGUGCGCACUUGUGUAAAUGCCUGUGCAUAUGUCGGGUCAUGGCAGACUUCCACCCCACCACUACUCCCCCGCCCGGCGCUCUGACGUCGGGUCUGUAGAGACGUAGACAUGAACAUCGAUUUUAAAUAAAGCAAGAAAACAAUUAAAUCCACACGACUGACCGAGCUCGCUCUCUCGCUCGCUCGCUCAAUCUCUCGCUCUCUCUCCCGGGACUACGAGGACUGGGACUACUGUAAGACUGGCACACCCCAGAGUUCGCUUCAGAAUCAACGACGGAGAAAACAAAAAAAAAAAAGAAAAGACAAAAACUGGAAAAGUGUUUGAUUUUUAUUUAAUUCCUUUCGGUGGUUUUUUGAUUCUUCUCUUGCCUUUUUUUUCUUCUUCUCUUGUUUUAUUUUUUUGUUUACUGAAUGUACUGUAUCCUCUUCUUGCCAUGCUCACAGCUGCCCCCCCCAACACUUCCUCCUCCUCCUCCUGCUGCUCCUCCUCCUCCUCCUCCUCCACUCACUGUGCUUCCUCCACCUCGUCUCUCUUUCUCUCUAUAUGUGCAAUUAAUUUUUUAAAACCAUAUUGUGCUUUUUAUGGAGUGUUUUUAAACGGUCUUAAUUUGAGUGUAUGGGGCUUGUGCAUUGUAUACUGUACAGUGUGUGCGUGAGUGUGCGAAAGUGUGUGCGGAUGUGUGCGAGCGAUCAAGCGUGCCUGCGUUCACGUCUAUAAGGGGCCAUGUCUGAACCUGGUGCCUGAUGAGUCUCAUGAUGAGCAGUGUGUGUUUGUGUUUUUCUUAUUUUCCCACUUUUCCUCCCAGUUGAAUCGUGUUUGUGUGGCCGGCGGGGGGAGACUGGCAGUGACAGAGGGGGACUGACUCCGCCCUCCCUCCUUCCCUCCCUCCUAGCACUUGGAACAAUGGUGAACUCCAGUCACUCCUCUGGUGACCUCUAGUGAACAAUGGUAAGAUUAUGUGGAGUACGGUGAACUCAUGGUGCACGCACACACGCAGACACAGGAGCCGUCCACCAAAAAAAAAAAGAAGCACUCCGCGGCGGAGAAAUGUCCUCUUUUCGCACCUCUGCUGUCCAACUGUUGUUUUAUUUUUCUUUAUCAUUGCUGUUUUAAAACAAACAAGGAAGAAUAUGCCUCUGUUUUCAAAAAUGAUACUGCUAUGUCAUGUCCAACUCUCCCAUCAUGAAGGCUUUUUUUCAUAACUUAUGUUCUCGGGCAUUGUCUUUGAUAACCACAGAUCAAAUAAACUUGAGAAACCAACGCA